UCACCAGAAACGGAGAAGAAGAGACGGAGCUUGUGCAUAAAGCUUGCGCGCUGUUUACAAACAGACAGUGGAGGGAGAAUCCAAAAACAAGAAGAAGAAGACGAAAAUGGCGGGUGCAAGGAAACCAGAAGCGUUUGUGUGGAUCGAUAAUGAGGUCGAACUGUUGCUGCGACUCACACUCGACUACAAGGCGAGUAAGUUGCAAGAAACACGAACACAAGCAGUAGUCCGCCAUUGCUGUUGUUGUUGCGGGGUUCAGAGGUCGAGAGGUGGGAAAGUAUGCGAAUUCGCCGUCCACACAAGAACUGGAGGGCUGCGUUUUUGGAUUUUUCCACCCUGGGACCCGCUUUCCAAAAAGUGUGUUGACAGGAUCCGUGUGGACGGACCGUCGGUCCAAACGAUGCAAUACAUUUGCGUUUUCGUGUGGACAGCCUCUUCACCUGGUUUUAACAGCCCCGGGACCACAAAGAUAAAGUAAAUGAUUAACGCUUCCUUAAAGGGACAGCUCUGUAAACUGAGAGCAGUAAUCUGAUUGGCUGAUGUGGAUUUAUGAACAUGCACAGAGGACAGAGAACCAGCCCCAGACACCACAUGCAUGCUGGGAAACAUUAGCAGGACGGUACGAGGCUGACCAAUGGCGCCCCCCGGCCUCUGUGAUGUCACAGAGAUAUAAAGCCCCCCGCCGUGCUGCUGGCUCCUCUGAGCAGAGUCAGCGUUCCCGGCCUGGACGCCUCGGCUGGAGGGACUGCUGUCAGUUUGAAAAACAAAACUACACGGCACUGACCGCCUGUAGUUUUGUUUUUUUCUGUGGGGUUCCUUCGAGGCUCAGCUCGUUCUCCUUUUGGAUUUUCGCACAAAAUUUUCUGGAUAAAGAGAUUUUCGAUUUUCUGAAGACAGCCCUCUGGGCAUCCCAGGCAUCCUUGUGCACACAAGGUGCCAACCAACAUGUCAACACAGGCGCCAACAUUCACACAGCCGCUGCAGAGCGUCGUGGCACUUGAGGGUAGUGCCGCGACGUUCGAGGCUCAAGUUAGUGGUUCUCCAGUUCCUGAGGUGAGCUGGUUUCGUGAUGGCCAGGUUCUUUCCACCGCCGCUUUGCCCGGCAUUCAGAUCUCGUUCAGCGACGGCCGCGCUGUUCUGAGAAUCCCCGCUGUGACUGCCGCACACAGCGGAAGAUUUUCCGUCAGAGCUACCAAUGGUGCUGGACAAGCCACGAGCACCGCUGAACUCCUUGUUACAGCCGAGACGGCACCUCCAAAUUUCCUUCAGAGACUGCAGAGCUCCACAGUGAGACAGGGCAGCCAGGUGAGGCUGGAUGUCAAAGUCACAGGAAUCCCAACACCUGUGGUGAAGUUCUACAGAGAGGGAGCUGAGAUCCAGAGCUCAGCCGACUUCAGGAUCCUCCAGGAGGGAGACCUGUACAGUCUGCUGAUCGCCGAGGCUUUCCCAGAGGAUUCUGGGACAUAUUCAGUGACUGCAACAAACAGCAGCGGACGGGCCACCUCCACAGCUGAACUGCUGGUUCAGGGUGAGGAAGCUGUACCUAUGAAGAAAACCAAGACUAUUGUGUCCACAUCACAGAUGGCAUCUGCCCAGACCAGAGUUCAGAGGAAGGUGGAGGCCAGUUUCCAAGCCGCCACCAUGAUGGAGAUGCGUGUAGAAGGAGGAAUGAUGACUCAACAUAUGGCUCACAAAACCCCUCCACGGGUUCCCCCAAAGCCGACCUCCAAGUCCCCACCGUCCUUCGUUUCCAAAGUGUCAGGAGGACGCCAGCAGUCGCCCUCACCUGUCAGACACGUGAAAGGGCCGACGCCCCAACCUGUCAGACCUGUUUCUCCCUCCACCAGAGUGUCUGUCUCUCCCAUCAGACCAGUCAAGUCUCCUUCACUGACCAGGAAACAGGUAUCUGGCUCUGCAGAGGUUUUGCCCCCCUGGAAGCAGGGAGACUAUAUGGCAGAAGCUAGCUACACCACUAUGAGCAGCAUGACCAGUGUAAGUAGCGCCACCCAGCUACAUAUGGAGAAGCACUGGGAGCAGCAGGUCACCGCCACCAGAGAGGUAGAGCAUGUUUCCCACGACGAUAAGAGCGAGGCUGUGGCUACAGUGGUGGCAGCUGUGGAUCAGGCUCGUAGCCGGGGGCCACCUGAGUCCAGAGAGCAGGCUGAGGGAGGGAAAAAAGCUGAGGCGGUGGCCACAGUGAUGGCUGCCGUUGACCUCGCUCGUGUCCGCCUGCCUGUACAUGGGGAGGGUGGUGUAGCUGAAGAGGAGGAGGCUUUAGAGGUGGAGAUAAAGCAGCAGGGCAGAGAAAUGGCUGCAGAGAAACAUGUUGUUGUGACAAAAACAUCUCCUGCUGAACCGACAGCUGCUGUAACUGCGAGCUCAGAGCAGCGCACAGUCCAGGUCUCACAGAUUCAGAGAACAACAGAACUCCAAACCCAUGUGGACACGGGUGUUGCCCCGUCCCCAGUUCCACAUUUCACAGUUUCUAAAGUUUCCGUCCCUAAACAUGAAACAAGCCACGAGGUGUCCAUCGCUGGCUCUGCUAUCGCUACUCUGCACAAAGAGUUAAGAUCUCCCCACACUGCCAGAAAGAUCAUCAAACCAGUCAAGUCUCCAAGUCCAUCCCGCAGAGCGGCGGUGGAGGUGCGAGUGACACCAGAGCCCCUCCCCCCACCAUUCAAAGACGUCAGAUAUCAGAGUCAGUUUGAGUUACAGGCGGGCGGAGCUUACGCAGUGAGUGAGGAGGAGUUUGAGGACUGGGAACCUCAGGAGGCGGUUGCUGUGCCCACAAGAGCUCAGGAGCAGGUUGUUCCUCCAACUCUUAUCGCUGGCCUGAAGAACGUGACUGUGACCGAGGGUGAGUCAGUGACACUGGAGUGUCAGAUCAGUGGCCACCCCACUCCCGUCAUCAUGUGGUUCAGAGAGGACUACCAGAUCGAGAGCUCCAUUGACUUCCAGAUAACCUACAAGAGCGGAUUUGCACGGAUGGUGAUCCGCGAGGCGUUCGCUGAGGACAGCGGCCGCUUCAGCUGCACUGCCACCAGCGAGGCUGGAACCGUCAGCACUUCCUGCUACCUGCUUGUCAAAGUGUCAGAAGAAAUUGAGAGCAGAGAGGAAACCACAGCUGUAACUGAAAUUGGUCAAAUCACUCAAGAGAAAACUGUUUCCAUCCAGACAAAAGAACAGAUGGUGGCAGAGGUGACUACAGGAGAGUCUGCUGCUCCCUUCUUCAUCAAGAAACCGACCGCACAGAAGCUGGUGGAGGGAGGAAGUGUCGUCUUUGAAUGCCAGAUUGGAGGAAACCCUAAACCUCACAUCAUCUGGAAAAAGAGUGGUGUGCCACUCACGACUGGAUACAGAUAUAAAGUUGCCUACAAGAAGGAGACUGGAGAAUGUAAACUGGAGAUCUCUAUGACCUUUGCUGAUGAUGCUGGAGAAUAUGCCAUCUUCAUCAAGAAUCCACAUGGAGAAGCCUCAGCCUCCGCCAACCUGCUGGAGGAAGAGGAAUAUGAAGCCUAUAUGAAGCAGCAUGACGUGACAUAUAAAACUGAAGUGACGACGACAGUGAUUCAGGAGCCCUCUGUGGUUGUGAGUCAAUAUGAAAUGGAACAGAGGAGGGUGACAACCCCCAUGAGCUUUGUCUCAGAAACGGAGUUUCUUGUUUCGGCCUUUGAAGAGAGGAUCAUCCAAGAGAUUGAGCUCCGUAUCAUGAGGAUUACUUACAGAGAGCUGGUGACAGAGGAUGGAGAGCUGAUGGUGACUGUUGCAGAGGAGGAGGCAGUGCAGCCGGUCUUCGAAACACCGGUCAAGAACUACAGGAUUAUGGAUGGAAUGGGUGUCACUUUCCACUGCAAGAUGGGGGGAACACCACUGCCAAAGAUUGCUUGGUACAAAGACGGCCAGCGCAUCAGAGCUGGUGGCCGUUACCAGAUGGAGGUUCUGCAGGAUGGACGAGCCAGUCUUCGUCUGCCUGUGGUGCUGCCAGAGGAUGAGGGCGUAUAUACGGCCUUUGCAUCUAACAUGAAGGGAAAUUCUGUCAGCUCUGGAAAGCUCUACAUCGAGCCAUCUGGAGCUGUGACACCUCAGAGAUAUACACCACAGCCACCAAUGCAGAGGAUCAGAUCCACAUCUCCUCGUUCCAUGAGCCGCUCACCUGGCCGUUCCUCCAGCCGUUCUCCUGGACGCUCUCCUGCCCGCAGGCUUGAUGAUACCGAUGAGGCUCAGCUGGAAAGACUCUACAAACCCGUGUUUGUCAUGAAGCCUUCCUCGAUAAAGUGUUCUGAGGGGCAAACUGCCAGAUUUGACUUAAAGGUUGUUGGCAGACCUAUGCCAGAAACAUACUGGUUCCACAAUGGACAACAAGUGGUCAACGACUACACCCACAAGAUAGUGAUUAAAGAGGAUGGUAUCCAGUCCCUGAUCAUUGUCCCAGCCAUGCCAAAAGACUCCGGAGAGUGGACUGUUGUUGCUCAGAACAGAGCUGGACGCACGUCUGUCUCUGUGAAUCUUACUGUUGAUGCUAGAGAAAGCCUCGCACGUCCUCAGUUUGUCGAGAAGCUGAAGAACAUCACUGUAAAACAGGGCACUCUGGUUGAGUUGGCUGUCAAAGCCAUUGGAAAUCCCCUGCCUGACAUUGUCUGGCUCAAAAACAGUGACAUUAUCACCCCACAGAAGCACCCACAAAUCAAGAUUGAAGGAACCAGAGGAGAGGCCAAAUUCCAGCUUCCCUCAGCAGCUGGCUCAGACAGUGCCUGGUACACUGCUACAGCCAUUAACAAGGCUGGCAGAGACACCACUCGCUGCAGAGUCAAUGUGGAGGUCGACUUCAGCGCUCCUCAAGCUGAGAGGAAGCUCAUCAUUACCAAAGGCACCUACAAAGCCAAAGAGAUCGCAGCUCCUGAGCUGGAGCCCCUUCAUAUGCGAUAUGGUCAGGAGCAGUGGGAGGAGGGUGACCUUUACGACAAAGAGAAGCAGCAGAAACCGCAGUUCAAGAAGAAGCUGACAUCUAUCAGAAUGAAGCGCUUCGGUCCCGCUCAUUUUGAGUGCAGACUGACACCUAUCGGUGACCCCACCAUGGUAGUGGAGUGGCUGCAUGAUGGCAAACCUCUGGCUGCUGCAAACAGGUUGCGCAUGGUUAAUGAAUUUGGAUACUGCAGUCUUGAUUAUGAAGCCGCUUACGCCAGAGACAGUGGUGUCAUCACCUGCAGAGCCUCGAACAAGUUUGGAGUCGACCAGACUUCAGCCACCCUGAUUGUCAAGGAUGAGAAAGGCCUCAUUGAGGAAUCACAGCUUCCUGAAGGCAGGAGGGCACCACACAGAAUGGAAGAGAUUGAGCGAAUGGCUCACGAGGGGGGACCUGCAGGAGUCAGCACCGACGACGAGUAUGAGAAGACCAAACCUGACAUUGUCCUAGUUCCCGAGCCAGCCAGAGUCGUGGAAGGUGACAUUGCACGAUUCCGUUGCAGAGUGACCGGUUAUCCAGCACCCAAAGUUAACUGGUAUCUCAACGGACAACUUAUCCGCAAGAGCAAGAGAUACAGACUUCGUUAUGAUGGUAUUUACUACCUGGAGAUUGUCGACGUCAAGUCCUAUGACUCAGGAGAGGUCAGGGUGGUUGCAGACAACCCUCUAGGCACAACUGAGCACACUGUGAAGCUAGAGAUCCAACAGAAGGAGGACUUUAGAUCUGUACUGCGUCGUGCCCCAGAAUCGAGGCCUGCAGAGGCCGCACAUGAGCCUGGCAGAGUCGGAUUCGAUGUUGUGAAGGCUGACCGACCUCGUGAGGGCUCGGAGGAAAGGGAAGUUGUUACGCUGCGUAAGGCACAGAGAAUUGUUCACGAGAAAACCUCAGAGGAGACAGAUGAACUGAAGAGCAAGUUCAAGCGUAGGACAGAGGAAGGUUUCUAUGAGUCCAUCUCUGCCGUGGAAUUCAAGUCUCGCAAGCGGGACGAGUCUUAUGAAGGUCUGCUGAAGAAGACUAAGGAGGAGCUGCUUCAUCAUUUGAAAGAGAAAGAAGAAGCUGAGAGGAAGAAGUUGGAGGAACAGGGCAAAGUCACCAUCCCAACAAUCAAACCAGAGAGGGUCCAGCUCUCCCCCAGCAUGGAAGCACCCAAGAUCCUGGAACGUAUCACAAGCAAGACAGUGUCCCCGAUGGAUGAGGUCCGUUUCCAUGUCAGAGUCGUCGGCAGACCGGAACCUGAGUGCCAGUGGUUCAAGAACGGCAUUCUAGUGGAAAAGUCUGACCGUAUUUACUGGUAUUGGCCUGAGGAUCAUGUGUGUGAACUGGUGAUCAGAGACGUCACAGUCGAGGACUCUGCCAGCAUCAUGGUCAAAGCCAUGAAUGUGGCUGGCGAGGCCUCAAGCCACGCCUUCCUGCUUGUGCAAGCCAAGGCAACAGUUAAUUUUACCCAACGCCUCGAGGAUAGCAGUGCCAAUGAGAAGGACACCAUGGUGACCUUUGAGUGUGAAACCAACGAACCCUUCGUCAAAGUCAAAUGGCUCAAGAACAACGUGGAGAUCUUCUCCGGAGACAAAUAUAGGAUGCACUCUGACAGAAAGGUCCACUUCCUGUCUGUGCUGGUGAUUGAAAUGAAGGACGAUGCUGAAUACACUUGUGUGGUUGUGGAUGAUGAGAGCAUCAGGACGAGUGCAAGGCUUUAUGUAGAAGGUGCUGCCCUGGAGCUCAUCAAACACAUGGAGAGCAUUGAGGUUCCAGAGACCUACGCUGGAGAGUUUGAGGUUGAGCUUUCUCGUGAGGAUGCUGAGGGCAGCUGGUUCUUUGGAGAUAAGGAACUCUCUCCCAGCAGUAAAUACAUCAUGUCCUCCCGCCGUGGCAGACACAGCCUGUCCGUAAAGGAUGUCAGGAAAGAAGACCAGGGGAAAUAUUCAUUUGUGUGUGGAGAUCUGAGGACCAGUGCCUCACUGAAGAUGAAAUUGCGCCCUGUGACCUUGAUGCAGCCCUUGACCGACCUCACUGUGUGUGAGGGUGACAUCGCUCAGCUGGAGGUCAGGUUCUCCCAGGAGAACGUAGAGGGAACCUGGAUGAAGAGCGGCCAGGCCAUCUCUGCUUCGGACCGUGUCCACAUCGUCAUCGACAAGCAGGUUCACAAGCUGCUGCUGGAAAAUGUCAGCACAGAAGAUGCUGCUUCUUACUCUUUUGUGGUUCCUGCCCAAGACAUCUCCACCUCGGGCAAACUAAGUGUUCAAACUAUCGGCAUUGUGGUGCCACUGAAGGACGUCUCCUCCAUUGAAGGCACUAAAGCUGUUCUGGAGGCCAAGAUCUCCGCUCAGGACAUCAGCUCAGUCAAAUGGUACCACAACGACAAACUGCUGACAGCCAGCGACAGAGUACAGAUGGUGGCCAAGGGAGCCAAACAGCGUCUGGUCUUUGCCAGGACCUUUGCCUCUGAUGAAGGACACUACAAACUGGUGGUUGGCAAGGUCGACACCAGCUGCAGCCUGACUAUCGAAAAGGUGCACAUUGUGAAGCACAUGGAGGACAAAGUGUGCUCAGAGUCCCAGAAUGUCACCUUUAAUGUUGAAGUUUCCCACACCGGUAUUGACCCCGUCUGGACAUUCAGGAACCAGCAGCUCAAAUCAGGACCCAAAUACAAGAUGGAGUCCAAGGGCAAGAAUCACUCUUUGACAGUCAUUGAUGCCAUGAAGGACGAGGAGGGACAGUACAUGUUCCACGCUGGUGAAAAGACAUCCAGCGCCAAGCUCACUGUCUCCGGUGGAGCCAUCACACGGCCCCUGCAGGACGUGACGGUGGCAGAGUCUCAGACAGCUGAGCUUGAGUGUGAGGUUGCCAACGCCAAUGCUGAGGGCAAGUGGCUGAAGGAGGGUCAUCCUGUGGACUUCAGUGAGAACGUGGUGAGCGAGGUGAAGGGAGCCGUCAGACGCCUCAUCAUCGUCAUCACCAGGCCCCAGGAUGUCGGAGAGUACAGCUACCAGGUGGCCAACUCCAAAACCACCGCUAACCUCAGGGUUGAGGCGGUAAAGAUCAAGAAGACUCUGAGGAACCAGACAGUGACGGAGACCCAGGAGGCGGUGUUCUCGCUGGAGCUCACCCACUCCAGUGUCAAAGGAUCCCAGUGGAUCAAGAACGGUGUGGAGCUGCAAAACAGUGACAAGUAUGAGAUCACCACCGACGGCAUGGUCCACACACUGAAGGUCAAGAACUGCAACACACUGGACGAGACAGUUUAUUCUUUCAAACUGGGUAAACUGUCUGCCAACGCCAGGCUCAACGUAGAGACAAUCAAAAUCAUCAAGAAGAUUAAGGACGUGACCUCACUGUUGGACGGCACCGCAUCCUUUGAGAUGAGCCUAUCACACGACAACAUCCCCGUCAGGUGGAUGUUUAAAGGUGUGGAGCUGAAGCCCAGCGACAAGUGUAAGAUUCUGUCGGAGCGUAAAGCUCACAAGCUGAUCCUGCAGAACGUCGACAGCAGCAACGCAGGAGACUACACCGCUGUGGUCGGACACCUGCAGUGCACCGCCACACUCAAUGUGGAGGCUCUGCGAGUCACCAAACCCAUGAAGAGUGUGGCGGUUCCAGAGACGCAGGUGGCCUCGUUUGAGUGUGAAGUUUCUCACUUCAACGUGCCGUCCACCUGGCUGAAAGAUGGAGUGGAGAUUGAGAUGAGCGAGAAGUUCAGGAUCGUGGUUCAGGGAAAACUCCACCAGCUGAAGAUCAUGAACACCAGCAGGGACGACUCUGCUGAGUACACCUUCAUCUGCGGGAACGACCGAGUGUCUGCAACGCUCACUGUUAAUCCCGUCCUGAUCACCUCCAUGCUGAAGGACCUGAAUGCUCAGGAGAGAGACACCAUCACCUUCGAGGUCACCGUCAACUACGAGGGCAUCACCUACAAAUGGCUGAAGAACGGCGUGGAGGUCAAGUCGUCUGAAAGAUGUCAAGUCCGCAGCCGGCAGCUCACACACUCACUCACCAUUCGAAAUGUUCACUUUGGAGACGGAGGAGAGUACCAGUUUGUGGCCGGCUCUGCAGCCACCACCGCAAACCUGUUCGUUGAAGCUCGUGUGAUCGAAUUCACCAAGAAAAUCAAGGACAUAAAGAUCACAGAGAAGAAGAAGGCGAUUUUUGAAUGUGAGGUUUCUGAGCCAAACAUUCAGGUGAUGUGGAUGAAGGACGGUCAGGAGCUGGACAUGUCUGAGGAGAGGUACACUGUCACAGCAGAGAAGUACGUUCACCGUCUGAUGAUCCAGACAGUUCGUAUGUCUGAUGCUGGACAGUAUUCUGUGGUGGCAGGAUCCAGCGUCUCCAAGGCCCAGCUGAUUGUGGAGGGUCGAGACAUCAGGAUCUCUGAACCUGCUGAGCGGGAAAUCACGGUUCUGGAGAAACACAGAGCCACCUUCGAGUUUGAGGUGAACGAGGACGACGUGGAGGGUCGCUGGUUGAGAAACGGCGUGGAGAUCCAGUUCUCAGUGGAGGAGAGGUUCAACUAUGUGACCAUCAGGAAACUGCACCGCCUCACCAUCUCUGAGACCUACAGGAGUGACGCCGGGGAGUACACCUUCAUUGCCGGCAAAAACAGGAGCACCAUGCACCUCCGGGUCAACAUCCCGGAGCCGCCUCAGAUCAUUCGCCACAUGGAGCCCCAGUCAGUGGAGGCUGGUAAACCUGCUCGCUUCUCAGUGCAGGUGACUGGUGUUCCUCAGCCUCAGGUCUUCUGGUACAAGAACUCCCAGGCUCUGUCUCCGGGCUUCAAAUGCAAGUUCCUCCACGAUGGCAAUGAGCACUCGCUGCUGCUGAUCGAAGUAUUCCCCGAGGAUGCUGCCGUCUACAACUGCGAGGCCAAGAAUGACUGUGGCACCGCCACGAGCACUGCUUCACUCAACGUGGAAGUGUCAGAAGUGGUUUCUCCAGACUCUGCUGCUACCGUCGCUCCUCCAGUCGUCAUCUCACCCAUUACCAGCACUUCAGCCAGCGAGGGAGAAUCAGCUCGCUUCCAGUGCAGAGUCCGCGGAGAUGAUGUGAAGAUCAGCUGGUUCCACAAGGACAAAGAGAUCAAGCAGUCAGACUUCUUCAGGAUGUCUCAGUUUGACGACAGCUGUCAGCUGGAGAUCUCCAGAGUUUACCCGGAGGACGAGGGCGAGUACACCUGCGUGGCCACCAACAACGCUGGCAGGGUGUCCUGCUCCGCCACUCUGACACUGGACGGGCAAAAACAAACAGCGGACAGUCCUGCUGAGUCUCAGUGGCAUAUCUCCACCAGCCUCACCAGUGUAAAGAAACCUUCCAUCGGCCAAAAGCCAGUUUUCAUCCAGCCACUCACAAGCUGCACUGUGCCACACGGGGAGGUGGCCCGCUUUCAUGCAUGUGUGUCCGGCCUGCCGAAGCCCGAGAUAAGCUGGUUCCACAACCGGCAGCCAGUCGUUCCCACGAAGAACGUGGUGUUUCAUUUCGAUGAGAUGACAAACUGUGCCAUGCUCAUCAUAGUCGAUGCUUUCUGGGAACAUGCGGGCCAGUACACCUGCAGGGCAGCCAAUAACGCCGGAGAGGCCGCAUGCUCCGCCACCCUCACCAUAACCAAAGAAGAAGAAGUGACUCAUGUGAGAGAGCAGAUUGAAGCCAAGAUUGAGCAAGAAGUCAAAGAACGUGUUAGCACCACCAUCACCACUGUGGAAGAGCAAGAGGAAACCUACUACACUGGUGUCCAGUUACCACAGAAAACAAAAACACUUGAACUCAAGCCAGAGUCCAAACGUUACUCUUCCUCUUUAGAGAAGAAAAAAGAAAAGCCAGUUUUCCUCAGCCAGCUCUCCCCAGCAGCUGUAACAUCAGGGGAGACAGCCAGGUUUACUGUCAAAGUGUCCGGCUUUCCAAAGCCGACUGUUCAGUGGUCACACAAUGGAAGAGUGAUAAAGAGCUCCUCUAUAUACAAACUGAUAGAAGAGAAGGAGGAGUAUACAUUAGUAAUCACCAAGGUCACAUCUGAGUAUGAGGGCGAGUAUUCUUGCACUGCUACCAACAGAUUUGGCCAGACAACGUGCACCACAUACCUCGAAGUGAAAAAGACUGAUGUUAGCCAGGCUGAGAGAUGGGUUGAAAAGAUGUUCAAAGUCACAGGUCAACCUCCGACUUUCACUGUUCAGAUUCAACCUGUGAGGUGCUCAGAAGGAGGAGAGGUUUCCUUUAAUUACAAAGCCAGUGGUGACCCAAUGCCUGAUGUGAAGUGGUUCAAGGGGGCUUUCCAGAUCCAGCACAGUAGAAAUUGUAUUAUUCUGGCCAACCCAGAUGGAUCUGGCUUCAUCAAUAUUAAGAGCGUCAAACAGGAAGACAGUGGUCUGUACACAUGUAAGGCCUCCAACCAGUUUGGGGAGGCAUCUUGUAGUGCUGAGCUUGUUGUGUUCAGAGAAUCUGUCUCAGUUUCUCGGAAACAGGAACAAAUGACAGUGGUUCAGAAGAAAGGCUAUAAAGUUUCAAUGACAGAACAAGCUACUGAGUCCCGCUUGUACCAGGUCAGCCUGCCGGGCCAGGACAGAGCUAGAUCAGAUCAGAUGGUUUACACCAUUGGCACUGAAGACCGGCAAAUAAUUCCUAGUGAGCAAGUGGGCUCCCUUAGAGAACUAGACAUCUCUGCUGCCACUGUUCAUCGUGAGCAGCUGACCCACCAGGCAGCAGUUCUUCAGUCUCAUGAGAUAGAGGAAAGGGUGUCUGUGGUUCCUACCCGCCCACCUCAGGUUUCAGCUAUUCCUGCAAAACAGAUCCACAUGGCAGCGUUUACAUCAUCUGUUGAAGAGAGUCAGGAUCUUACAGAGCAGCACUGUGAUCGCAUUCAAAGCCCUGAGGUCAUUGAGCUUCAGGCUGCUAGAGAAAAGAGGUCCAAGGUGAUGUCAGCUGUUGCUGAAGAGCUCAUCCCACUUUCUACUAUUAGCACAGAGCCCCUGGCUGACAGGAAGCGUGCAACUGUCAAGCCAACAUCAGAACCUAAACAUCUUGUCAGUGGGCAUCAAGUUGAGUCACAACUUUCUAUCCUAAACGAGCAGUCUCAGGAUAUCCCCAAACCUCAAGAGGAGAAGAGUUACAAGGUUAAAGAAGGUAUUAAGAUUUUAUACUCAGCCCAGUCUGCAGAGAAACGGGUGCUUGCAGAGGGCCACGCAACUGAAUUAGCAACAGCAGAUUCUGCUGUGAAAUCGUCUGUUGAGAAGGAACAGCACCAACCUGUAAUGGCCUCGGUUAGUGAGUCCAAACAGACUCUUUCCAAGGAGACUAAGUUCUCCAUGCACAGGCCCACAGAAGAGAUGGCCCAUCUUUGUAAGGAUAAAAUGAUGAAGGCAGCUCUAACUGCUGAAGAGACACGAACGCUGCAGGCUGAGCCCACUCAGCAGCUGCCAAGUCUAGACAGUGCCAUGUCCAUCCAGUCACAGGUAGAAGGAGACCAGUUAUUGCACCUACAGGUUAUCACAGAACAGGACCUCCUCCCAUCUGAGAAGAGCUUCACCUGUGAGAGACCAGCACCAGAACAAGCAGGAAGCAGGAAAAGUCCCACUCUGCUACACAUUGUUAGUCAGGAUGAGCAGAGGACAGUAGUUUGUGAAGACACAUUAGAGUUUGAGGCCAAGGCCAGUACCCUGACCAUCCAGCCCCAGAAAGUCGCCCCUACUCUGCUGCAUCUUCAGUCAACCCAACCUGUGGAGGCAUUACCCAAAGAGGGUAUUCUUAUAAUUGAGAAGCCUGACCAGCAGGUAGCGGCACAGAAACAAGAAAAGAAAAGGAGUCAUGCAGCCAUCUUGGAAGAGAGAAGGGAGCUCAUGGCAGAUUAUCACAAAGAGCUGGAUUUGUCUGUGACUGGUAUUCAGUCUCAGCUUCGAAUCGAGCCCAGGCCUGAAAACAUCCUCCAGCUCUCCUUCCAGCCCAUGCAGCUGCCAAAGGAGACACCACUUACUACUGACAUCAAGCAGCAGCGAGCUUUGGUGCAGAAGGAAGAUCGCUGGAAUGUGAUGCAUGUCAACAUUGUGGCAGACAGUCAGGCCUUAGAGGAGGGUCACACAGAGAGUCUUACAGCUGUGGAUAAAUUCACCUGUGAGACAGCUGUAGAGCCAAAACUUCCCACUGAACCAAUCCAGAUUGAAGAGAAAGAGAUUUCCACUGAAAGUAGUGUUCUCCUAGAGGCAGCAGAGCAGGACUUUGCUGUUCAGAUCCAAGAGGGGCAGUCAGUCAGGCAGUCGAUAGUGAUGGAUGAGAAACAAGUGCUGACGGGUGAGCUCUCUCAGGAGAUCACCAAGUCUGAGUCCACUAAAGUUGCUGUCACCACACAGCCGAAACUGUCCCUUAUGGCAUCAGAAUCAAAAGACAACACAGCUCUUCCCAAAGAGAUGACAUUUGUGAUUCAGGUCCCCAAAGCAUCCAGUCUGAAUAUACGCCAUCAGCUCAGAGAUGCUCUUCAAUCUGCUGUGGCCAGCGACCAGCAAGUGUUACUGGCUGACGUUGUGGGAGGGCUUCAGGCUGUAGAAGUACAGGAAGUCAAGGUUCAAAGAGAGCCCAAGCGGGCCAUGUUUACAUACCUGAUCACAACAGCAGGUGCCCCCAUGGAGAUCACUCUGGCUUUUGAGGGAAGCUAUCCUCAGACAGCUGACUUCAGGACUGAACUCCAGGCAGCUUUCCACUCUAUAGUAUGCCAGGAAGCCCAUGUUCUUACUUCAGAACAGCCGGGCACUAUGCAACUAGACAGACCUCAAAGAGCACAAGUCACCUCAGCCCGCUCUAAGCAAAUGCUGUCAUCCAUGGUAGAGACAGUGAGUAUAGCAGAGAGUGCAGUUGAUUUCACUGCUGUUAAAUCUCAGGCUGCUGCACUUAAGACUGAAUCUAAAAUGGUAGUUGAAUGUGCUGCACCUGAGCAACAGGUUAUGGCACAGGAAUACAAGGUAGCAAAAAUGGAGCAGACCGUCUCAUCCCAGGUCAAAAUAUCCACUGAGGCUCACAUGGCUUUUGAGCAGUCGGUCCAGGUAUCAAAACAGGAGGUGAGGUCGAUAACAGUGAAAAGCAGAGAUAGAGAUGUAGGAGCAGCUAUUGUUACCACUGCCCUGCCUCCCACCACUGUCCCCACCGAACAGGUAAUGGAUAUUAGCAUCCAGAGGGAGCACAGGGAGGAGAUCUUUAAAGAGGAGGUUACAGUAUCCAGGCCAGAACAGAGAGAAUUCCCUGUGAUCGUAUCCUCCCUGGAAGAUUUGUCCUUCGAAGAAGAUAGUAAAGUAACCUUUAGCACCACCAUUAAGUACGUCACAAAGGUAAACUGGUUUUUCAAUGGGCAAUUGGUAAAAUCUGGCAAAGAGUUCAAGUGUUCCAAAGACCACGACACAUACACAUUGGUUAUCAACAAAGUUGUCAAGGAGAAGCAUCAAGGAGAAUAUGUGUGUGAGGCUGAGAAUGAAGCCGGCAAGACUACAACAUCUUCAAGACUCACUGUGGUCUCAAGAGUGCCACCUGUGUUUAGGCAGAAAAUUACACCUCUGGAGAUCAACGUUGGCAGCAAUGCCAAGUUUGAAUGUGAAACUGAGGAUGCUCCAAAUGUGACCUUCAAAUGGUACAAGUCUGGCAUUGAGAUCAGACAGAGUGAGAAGUAUAGGAUCCUCAGCCGCCACACCAGUUCGUCCCUGGAGCUCAUGAACCCAGUCAAAGCCGACAGCAGUGACUACACCUGCAAGGCUUCUAACCAGCAUGGCACUGUCAGCUGCACUGCCUCACUCAUUGUCACUGAAAUGUACCCUCCGGUAUUUGUAUCAAAACCAGACCCAAUGACUUUAUAUGUGGGCAAACAAGCUGUGUUCCAGUGUGCACUCACUGGAUCCUCGCCCAUGGAUGUUGUCUGGCACAAGGACAGCAUAGCCAUCUCCUCUGGAGGGAACUAUGUCAUGAAAUGUGAAAAGAACAAGUAUUCUCUUCAGAUUAAAAGUCUUGAACUGACUGACCAGGGAGUGUACCUGUGCAAGGCCUCCAACAGUGUCGGCACUGCUACCUUUACUACAGAGCUCAAGGUUAUUAACAAGCCCAGCUUUGUUAAGACCAUUGAGCCAGUGUCAGCUGCUGUCAAUGACCCGCUGAGACUGGAGUGCCAGGUGGAUGAGGACACUGGUGUGACCGUCACCUGGACCAGGGAUGGCAAAAAAGUCCACCAGAGCAUGGAUUGUAAACUGUCCUUUGAGGACAAGGUCGCUGUUGUUGAGAUACCCAAGUCCAAACUGAAAGACUCUGGGAAAUAUGUUUGCACAGCCACAAAUGAGGCUGGGAGCUCAUCCUGUGAGGCUCUGGUAACAGUUCAAGAGCCCCCUACAUUUGUCAAGAAAAUGGAACCUAAGAUUACAUGGAAACAAGGUAUAGCGGCACGCUUACAGUGCUCCAUUAAAGGAUCGCCUGAACUUCACAUCCACUGGUUCUGGAAUGAGAGAGAGCUUAGCGAUGGAGAUAAAUACAAAAUAUCUUUCAAGAAUGGAAUUGCCACUCUGGAGAUAAUGAACCUUGUUGUCACAGACAGUGGAAGCUACACCUGUGAGGUGUCAAAUAAUGCUGGCAGCGAGAGCUGCAACACCCUUGUAUCUGUUAAAGAGCCACCUUCCAUUAGAAAAGACCUGCAGACACUAGAGGCUGUAAAGGGAGCAGCAGCUCAGCUGGAGUGUGAGAUCACUGGAACAGCUCCUUUUGAAAUCAGCUGGCUAAAAAAUAAGAAACCCAUCAGCGGUGAUCAGAAGUAUAAAAUAAUCUCCCAAGACUCCUUGUCAAGGCUGGAGAUUCAGACCUUUGAAAGUGCAGAUGUUGGAGAUUAUCAGUGUAUCAUAUCUAAUGAUGUGGGAAAAGUCACCACUAAGGCCCUAGCUAAACUUAAAGAGCCACCAACUUUCACAAAGAGGGUUGAGAGUGCUACAGCAGUGUUGGGAAAUACAGUGAAACUUCAAGGAACCAUUAAAGGCUCAGCUCCCAUCACUGUUAAAUGGAUGAAAGACUCUGAGAUACUGAGAGAUGAUGAUCCAAAUAUCAAGAUGAUGUUUGAGAACAAUGUUGCUUGCUUAUCGAUAACAACAGUGGCCAUCAGCCAUGGUGGCAAGUAUUCAUGCCAAGCUGAGAACGAAGCGGGUCAACAAAAAUGUGAAGCUACCUUGACUGUGCAAGAACCUGCCAGAAUUGUAGAACCUGCAGAGUCCAUUAGUGUGACUGCAGGGGAUUCAGCCACAUUGGAGUGCACGAUUUCUGGAAGCCCAGAACUCAAAGUAAAAUGGUUUAAAGACGGGAAGGAGAUGAUAAGUGGCCGAAAAUAUAAGAUGACUCUGAAGGACAAUAUUGCCACCAUGAAGAUUCUUACGGCAGAAAGAGGAGACACUUCAGAAUACAAGAUGGAGGUCUCAAAUAAAGUUGGGAAAGACCAGUGCACAUGCUCAGUCACUGUUUUAGAUCGGAUAAUGCCUCCAACUUUCACCAAGUCCCUGAAAAGAGUUGAUGGUAAUAUUGGUAAUGAUGUCUCCAUGGAUUGCAAGGUGUCUGGGUCCCAACCCAUGACCAUAGCUUGGUUCAAAGAUGACCAGGAGAUCAGGCCUGGAUCCAAAUUCCUGCCUGAAUUCAAAGACAGCUCUGCUACACUUCAAAUUAUUCAACUGGAGAAGGCUGACUCGGGAGUUUACAAAUGCAGAGCCACCAAUUCAGCGGGCUUUAAAGAAACAAGCGGCACACUUUAUGUCAAAGAGCCCCCAGUGUUCACACUGAAACCAGACAACCAGGAUGUUAUACCCGGAACCACUAUUUCCUUCAAAGCAGCCUUCACUGGAACAGCUCCUUUAGCUGUUAAGUGGUUCAGAGAAGACAAAGAGAUUAUAACUGGAGGCACAUGUUUCAUAAAGAAAGAUGCCUCUUCAACUUCUUUGGAGCUUCACUCUGUGAAACCCAGUGACUCUGCUAAAUACACAUGCCAAGUAUCCAAUGAUGCUGGAAAGGUGGAUUGCACUGCAGUCCUCUUUGUAAAAGAACCUCCCGUGUUUGUGAGAAAGCUUGAGGCGACUAAGCUCGUCACCAGCGGUGAUUCCUCCAGCCUGGAGUGCAAAGUGACGGGCAGUCCCGUCAUCAGUUUUAAGUGGUUCAAGGAUGAGAUGGAGAUUAGCUCAAGUCCUAAAUACACAAUCACCUUGACUGAUUUAGUGGCAUCUUUGGAAAUAGUCAACUGCACAGUAGAGGACUGUGGAGAUUAUGUCUGUGUGGCAUCCAGUGAGGCCGGUAGUGACCGCUGCAGCAGUACAGUUACAGUGAAAGAGCCACCAUUGUUUGUGCGUAGCUUGGAGCCCAGAGAUGUGGUGAAAGGUACUGAGAUGAUGCUGGAGGGCCAAGUCUCUGGUUCUGCCCCUUUCACAGUGUCUUUUUAUAAGAACACAAAGCUGAUUAGGAAUGACAAGAGACACAGGAUCACUGUGAAAGAUGACCUGAUAGCCCUGCAGGUGCUGGCAGUAGAAGCAGGAGAUGUUGGUUUGUACCAGUGUACUGUUGAGAAUGAAGUGGGGAGAGCCUCCUGUGAUUGUCAAGUGACACUAAAAGAACCACCAUCAUUUGUGCAAAAGCUGGGAAACCUCAGUCCCUUGGUGGGCAGCGAGGUUUCACUACAGUGCACUCUGAAAGGCUCAGAACCUAUGACGGUGUCCUGGAUGAAAGACAACCAUGAACUCAAAGAGGCUGAACACAUUCAGAUUACAUAUGAGAACAAGACUGCUCUGCUGCACAUCACAGACUUACAGAGCAAACAUGGUGGCAAAUACUCUUGCCAGGCUCAGAAUCAGGCUGGGAGUCAGACAUGCUCCGCUGUGUUGACAGUCAAAGAGCCAGCUAAGGUCACAGAGGAAGCUAAGUCUAUCAGUGUGACUCAGGGGGAUCCAGCCACACUGGAGGCCAGGUACUCUGGCACCAAACCACUGAAGGCCAGAUGGCUAAAGGAUGGCAAGGAGUUGACCUCAGGCCUGAGAUAUAAAGUGCACGGCACAGACACCAGCUCUGUGCUCAAGAUUAUUAAAACUGACAAAACUGACGGUGGUGAUUACACCUUUGAGGUUUCAAAUGAUGUUGGCCAAAGUUCUUGCGAGGCCACGCUCACCAUUCUGGAUCAAAUAAUUCCACCAUCUUUUACACGAAAACUGAAGCAGACGGAAGGUAUCAAAGGAUCAUUUGCACAUCUGGAGUGUCUUGUAUCUGGCUCCUUGCCCAUAACCAUACAAUGGUACAAAGAUGAAAAAGAGAUCCAGACUAGUGAGAAACACAAAUGCACAUUCUUUGAGAAUGUUGCUUUUCUGGAAAUCUCUGAUCUUGAUAGUAAAGAUAGCGGCAGUUAUACCUGCAUCGCUAAAAACAAAGCAGGAACUGUCCAGUGCUCUGGGAUCUUGUUUGUGAAAGAACCACCUUGCAUUCUCGAAAAGCCUGAAUCCAUGAAUGUUUUGCCUGGUUCAAAGGUUCACUUUAGCGUACUUGUCUCUGGCACGCCACCACUGACCAUAAAGUGGUUUAAAAACAAGAAAGAGAUUUUGUCCAGUGCAGACUGCAAUGUUGUCAAAGACAACACCUCAAGCUCACUGGAGCUCUUCUUUGCCAAAACCACAGAUUCUGGAGACUAUGUCUGUGAAAUACAGAAUGAUGUUGGCUCCACGUCAUGCCAGGCAACACUCUUUGUCAAAGAGCCACCUAAGUUUACACGGACCCCAGCACGUGUGUCUGUGAUCCGUCCUGGUCAGAAUAAAGUGUUUGAGUGCCAGGUGACCGGCACACCUGAGAUAGACAUGUACUGGUUCAGGGAAGGAUCUGAAAUCAGCCCCAGUGAUCGGUACAAGAUGGCCUUUGUUGACUCUGUGGCCACUCUGGAAGUUUGUGGGGCUGAUACCAAAGACAGUGGGCUUUACUACUGUGAGGCUCGCAAUGAAGCUGGCAGUGAGAGCUGCAGCAUGGAGCUCAAGGUCAAAGAACCGCCAUCAUUUAUCAGAGAGCUUGUUCCAAUUGAUGUUGUGAAGGGCUCCAGUGCUGGUCUUGAAUGUCAGGUUGCUGGGACUGCUCCGUUUGAGAUAACAUGGCACAAAGAUGCAAAGGAGAUCAAACCCAGUGCUAAACAUGGUUUCUCUCAGGUGAAUGGCACUGUUGGUCUAGAAGUGAACAAAUGUGACACUGUAGAUGUUGGUGAAUACCAGUGUACCGUUGCCAAUGAAGUUGGAAGCUGUACCUGUAAGACUACACUUAAUCUAAAAGAACCACCAACAUUUACCAAGAGGAUUGAGAACACUGCCACUGUUCUGGGUAAAAUGGCAGAGUUUCAAUGUAUUGUGAAAGGUUCUCCCACUCUCUCUGUACAAUGGCAAAAAGAUGAAAGCUGGAUUUUGGAGGAUCCAAAGAUUGAGAGAACAUUUGAGAACAAUGUGGUAACUCUCAGGAUUUCUGCCUGUGAGGCAACACACAAUGGAAAAUACACCUGCCAGGUGGUAAACGAGGCAGGGCAGGAUAAGUGCUUUGCUACCCUCACGGUGCAAGAGCCUCCUCAGAUCACAGAGAAACCUGAGGUGAUAAAGGUUACAGUCGGAGAUCCAGUCAGUCUGGACUGUAAGGUUACGGGCUCCCCAGAGCUCAAAGUGAAAUGGAUGAAAAAUGGCAGGGAGCUUCAGUCCAUAAGGCAGCACAAGCUGAUGUUUGAGAACAACAUCAGCAGCCUAAAGAUUCAGUCUGCUCAGAAAGAGGACGAAGGAGAGUACACCUUCGAGGUGGCAAACCACAUCAGUAGCUGCACCUGCAAAGUCAAACUGAUUGUACUAGAACAAGUAAUUGCUCCAAGCUUCAUCAAACCCCUGGUAGACAUGCACGAGAUAUUGGGCUCCUUUGUUCAGAUAUGUUGCAAAAUAUCAGGUUCCCUGCCCAUCUCUGUGGAAUGGCAGAAGGACGGGACCAAAAUCUCUAGUGGUAUAAAACACAAACUCAUUCAGCAGGACAAUUCUGUGUCUGUUGAAAUUGAACAGCUAGAGAGAUCUGACGCAGGAGUCUACUCUUGCAAACUGACCAACGCAGCGGGAAGUUGUCAAUGCAGUGGAUCCCUCAUGGUUAAAGAACCUCCCAGCUUUGUGACACUGCCUGAGUCCCAGGCAGCUGUGCCCAAUGCCACUGUACGCUUCAAAGGCACAUUUAAGGGAACACCUCCCUUCACAGUCAAAUGGUUCAAGGACGACACAGAGCUCAUGACUGGGCCCACUUGUUUUACUGGACUGGAUGGAUUGUCUUGCUUCUUAGAGCUCUAUUCAGUGGGUGUCACCCAGAGUGGAGUUUACUCUUGCCAAGUCAGCAAUGAUGCUGGCUCUGUACGCUGCAGUGCAAACUUGACAGUGAAAGAACCACCUGAGUUUGUGCUGAAACUCCCUGCCACUAAGUUUGUGAAGCAGGGCGAGUCACUCCGACUUGAGUGCAAAGUCAGUGGCACAGCCCCUCUCAAAGUGACCUGGUACAAACAUGACACCAAGGUCACAGAUGGGGGCAACUACAGGACAUCAUUUAUUGACUCGGUAGCAGUCCUCGAACUGCUGUCCACCAGCUUUGAUGAUGAUGGAGUUUACACCUGUGAAGCUCAGAAUGAUGCUGGCAGUGUCAGCUGCAGCACCACACUUACCGUUAAAGAGCCCCCAUCCUUUGUCAAAGUACCUCAGCCCAUUGAAGGGCUGAAGGGUAAGGACGUGAGUCUGUACUGCGAGAUGAGCGGUACAGCUCCGUUCCAGAUCACCUGGUUCAAAGACAGGAAACCUCUGAUGGAGAGCAGGAAGUAUAAGAUGGUGAGCGAGGGCAGCUCAGCCACACUGCAUGUCAUUGGGAUAGAGUCGUCGGAUGCUGGCGAAUACGAAUGCAAAGUGUCAAACAGUGUAGGAAGUGAGACCUGCCAGACAUCGGUUAAACUCAGAGAGCCACCGUCGUUCGUGAAGAAACUGUCAAACAUGACAGUGAUUCUGGGAGAGGAGGUGACCCUUGUGGCCACUGUUAAAGGGUCUGAACCCAUUACUGUGUCCUGGGUUCAAGACAAGGAUCACAUUCUCAGGGACGGUGACAACAGGAAAAUCACCUUUGAGAACAACCAGGUCGCUCUUAAAGUGUUUAAGGCCGAUGCCACCACGGCAGGCAAAUACACCUGCCAACUCAGAAAUGAUGCUGGGAGUGUGGAGUGUUUCGCUAACUUGACUGUUCUAGAACCUGCAAAGAUAGUGGAUAAACCUGAUGCUCUGAGUGUGACGGCCGGUGACAUUGCCGCCCUAGAGGUCAAAGUGUGUGGAACCCCGGAGCUCAAACCCAAGUGGUUCAAGGAUGGUGUUGAGCUGGCCUCUGGCAGGAAGUACAAGAUCUCAUUUUCGCGCAUGAUUUCCAGCCUGAACGUGCUCUCUGCUGAGAAAUUGGACUCUGGAGAAUAUACAUUUGAGGUCAUGAACGAGGUCGGGAAGGACCUAAGUAAAAUUAAUCUCACUGUCUUAGAUAAGAUCAUACCUCCAACAUUCACAAGGAAGUUGAAGGAUUGCAGCACAGUCGUUGGAACAGCUGGAGAGAUGGAGUGCAAAGUGUCGGGCUCCCCACCUUUUACCAUCUCAUGGUACCACGAUGGGGAGGAGAUACAGAGCGGGCCAAAUUAUGAGAUUUCAUUCUGCGAUAACAGCUGCACGCUCAAAGUGCCCACUCUGAAGUUGCCCGACUCUGGAAUGUAUAAAUGUAAAGCUGUCAACAAGGCAGGAUCCAGUGAAACCUUGGCCUCCUUGGUUGUUAAAGAGCCUCCAUCUUUUGUGGUGCCACCACAGCCAGUGGAGGCCAUGCCAGGCUCAAACGUGACAUUCUCAGCCAUGGUGAAAGGCAGCGCCCCCCUCAAACUGAAGUGGUUCAGAGGAGCAAAGGAGAUAUUGUCUGGACAGGGCUGUGAUUUCUCUCUGAAGGAUAACCAAGUUAUUUUCGAGCUUUUCAACGUGGACAGGUCUCACUCUGGAGAGUACACCUGUCAGAUUAUUAAUGAUGCAGGAAAGGAAAGCUGCCCAGUUAAUCUGACUGUCAAAGAGCCAGCAGCCUUCUCUAAGAAGCUGAAGGAUGUGUCAGUUGAGAAGGGCAAACCAAUAACGCUGGAGUGUACAUACACUGGAACUCCUAAGAUCACUGUGAACUGGUACAAAGACGGCCAGCAGAUCUUUGCCUCUUACAAAUAUAACAUCACCACGACUGAAAGCUCCUGCCUCCUGGAGUGUCUCAGCACCGAUGACAAGGAGGCUGCAGGGAAAUACUCCUGCGAAGUGUCCAACGAUGCUGGAAAGGACACAUGCGAGGCAGCCGUGUCCAUCCUUGAGCCACCAUACUUCGUCGAGUCCCUGGAGCCCAUGGAGGUGACGGCAGGAGAUGCUGUUUGUCUGAAGUGUCAGGUGGCGGGAACACCUGAGAUCAAGGUAUCCUGGUUCAAGGCCGAUGGCAAAGUACGGUCCAGCCCAACAUGUAAGUUAGAGUACACCAAGGGUGUCGCCUGUCUGAAGCUCAGCAAAGCCACCAAGGCCGACAUCGGAGAGUACACCUGCAAGGCAGAGAACCGCAUAGGCUCCGCCUCCUCCACCUGCAGACUCAGCGUGCUCGAGGCCAAAACGCCACCAUCCUUCCCAAAGAAAAUCACCAGCCUGCAGCAGACCGAGGGUCAGGCUGUCAGGUUCGAGUGCCGUGUUGCCGGCUCUUCGCCCAUCGAGGUGUCAUGGCUGAGAGACGGCGAGCCUCUGAGGCAGGGAGACGAGUUCUCCAUGCUGUACGAUGAUAACACAGCAGUGCUGCAGAUCAGCCGCGGCGAGAUGAGGCACUCUGGAGAGUACACCUGUGUGGCCACCAACAGCGUCGGCUCAGCCUCCUGCAGAGCCAAGCUCACUCUACAAGAACCAAGAUACCCUCCAGUCUUUGACGUGAAGUUGUCACCACAGGCAGUGACAGUGGGCGACAGCAUUGAGCUUGAGUGUCACAUGACCGGCUCUGCCCCAAUAAAAGUCACAUGGUCGAAAGACCAUAAAGAUAUUCGCACAGGGGGGAAUUAUAAGAUCAGCUGUGUGGAAAACACGCCCCACCUGACCAUUCUGAAGGCAGAUAAAGCCGACACGGGGAAAUACUUCUGCCAUGCCUCUAAUGACAUGGGGAAGGACUCUUGUUCCUCUGACAUCACUGUCAAAGAGCGUAAAAACCCACCUGUGUUCACCAAAAAGCCCUCUGAGCACAUGGAGGACAUGGAAGGCAAACUGGUGAAGAUCGAGGGCCGAGUCACUGGCUCACAGCCCAUGUCUGUCAUCUGGUUCAAAGACAGCUCAGAGAUCUACAGCUCUGACAAAUACGACAUCAGCUUUAAGAGUAACGUGGCCGUGCUGUGCAUUAAGAGCAGUCAGGUGGCUGACAGCGGCAGGUACUCCUGCCAGGCCUCUAACGAAGCUGGAAAAGCCUCUUGCGACGUCACUGUGGGCAUCUUAGAGGCCAAGAAGCCUCCAGUGUUUGACGUCCCCCUCAAACCGGUGACUGUGGACGAGGGCGAGAAGCUGAGUCUCAGGUGUCAUGUCUGCGGCUCUCCUCCUCUGAAGAUCCAGUGGAUGAAGGAUAGGAAGGACCUGACGUCCGCUGGCAGCACCAGGAUCAGCUUCUCUGACGGGACGGCCUGUCUGGAGAUCAGCUCGGCCUCCAGGCACGACGCUGGUGAUUACCUCUGCAAGGCCACCAACGACGCCGGCAGCGAGUUCUGCAAGGCCAAAGUCAUCGUCAAAGAGAAACCAGGAGCAGCUCCAGCUCCAGCUGAGGCUCCAGCUGCUGCUCCAGCCAAAAAACUGGACAACCUUUUCUUCAUCGAGGAGCCCAAGACUGCACACGUCACUGAGAAGGGCACUGCCACCUUCAUUGCCAAAGUGGGCGGUGACCCCAUCCCCAGCGUGAAGUGGAUGAAGGGGAAGUGGAGGCAGAUCACACACGGCGGACGCAUCUCCAUCGAGCAGAAGGGCCAGGAGUCCAAACUGGAGAUCAGAGAGGUGACCAAGUCUGACUCGGGUCAGUACAGGUGCGUCGCCUCCAACAAGCAUGGAGAGAUUGAGUGCAGCACCGACAUGCACGUGGAGGAAAAGAAAGACUCUGCAAUGCUCGAGGGAGACCUGCGAGCCAAGCUGAAGAAGACACCAUCGAAGCAGAAAAGUCCAAAGGAGGAAAAGGACAUUGACAUUGUUGAGCUGUUGAGGAACGUGGACCCUAAAGAAUAUGAGAAAUACGCCCGGAUGUACGGAAUCACCGACUACAGAGGCCUGCUGCAGGCCAUCGAGCAGCUGAAGAAGGAGAAAGCUGAAGAAAGUGGAAGACCGGAACUGGAACGUGGAGACAGAGAGUCUGAUGAAGAUAUGGCCCGACUUGUAGCGGACCUGCAGAAGAGGAUGGAGAGGACGGAGCCUGUCACUGUGGUGAAAGACAUCUCCGAUCAAUCAGUCUUCACCAACAAGGUGGCAGUGUUCGAGUGUGAAAUCAAGAUCAACUACCCAGAGAUCACCCUGUCCUGGUACAAGGGCACCCAGAAACUGGACACCAAUGACAAGUACGACAUCAGUAUCGUUGGCGACCGCCACCUGCUCAAGAUCAAAAGGUGCCAGGCGUCUGACCAGGGCAACUACCGGGUGGUCUGUGGACCGCACAUCUCCAGCGCCAAGCUCACCGUCAUGGAGGCGGAGGUCGAGAAGCAUCUGCAGGACACAGCGGGUAAGGAAGGCCAGUCGUGCACUCUGUCUUGUCAGUUGUCCAUCCCUAAUGUAGAGGCUCAUUGGUAUAAAAACGGCAAGCAGUUAGAGAUGAAGGGCAGAUACAAGUCCGAGGUGAAACACAAGGUUCAGAAGCUUCUGAUCAGUGACCUGAAGCAUGAAGACCAGGGCAGAUACACCUGCCGGUACCAGCACCUGGAGUCUUCGGCCGACCUCUGGGUGGAAGCUGAACAAAUUCAUUUCACCAAACGCAUCCACAACGUCGAAGUCAACGAGCGGCAGUCAGCCACCUUUGAGUGUGAGGUGUCCUUCGACAAUGCUAUUGUUUCAUGGUACAAAGACACCUGGGAACUGAAAGAGAGCUCUAAGUACAACUUUACAAGCGAGGGCCGAAGACAUUUCAUGGUCAUACGAAAUGUGACCAUCGAAGACGAAGGCGUGUACUCAGUGAUUGUGAGGUUGGAGCCCAGAGGAGAGGCUAAGAGCACAGCUGAGCUUUAUUUGUCUGGCAAAGAAAUUGAAUUAGCAAUGGUGCCCUUCGAUGUCCCAGACUCCUCAGUUCAGAGGCCUGAAGUGCCGUCUUCAGUGGCAAUUCAAGAAUCUGCUGAAUUCUAUCAGUAUGAAGAACAGAGAGAAUCAGCUGAAUAUUCUUAUCACUAUGAAGAGAAGGUGGAGGUGGAGGUGGAGCAGAGAGCUGCCAGAGUUCCCAUUGAGGAGACAGUGGAGACCAAGAAAGUUGAAAUGAGAGAGGAAAUCCCAUCUAAAGCUCCUAAAGCUGAGAAAAUGCCUGAGGAGAAGCCAACACCAUCUGUGAAGGAGCCAUCACCACCAAAAGUACCAGAGGCCAAAAAGCCAGUGGAAGAAAAGGUUCCUGUAGUUUCAGUCCCAGAGAGGAAGGAAGUUCCUGCUCCCAAAGAACCAGAGGAGGUUAAGAAGCCUGCUGCUGCUCCCUCACCACCUGAAGAGAAGCCAGGAGUGCCAAAGAAAGAUGAGCACAAGCCUCAGUUACCAGCUGAGCCCAAAAAAGUGGCACCUGCAGCUAAGCCUGAGCCUGAACCAAAGCCCAAACCGAAAGCAGAACCUGAAUUAAAGCCUAAACCCACAACGGCUCCCAAAGCAGAACCUGAAGCCAAACCUGCAGCGAAGGUUGAGCCGGAGCCAGAAGCUAAACCAGCCGUGCUGCAGAAGCCAGUGACACCACCAUCCAAAGUUCCUGUGAAGGAGAAAGAGGCGCCACCACAAGUCAAAGAAGCGCUGGUAAAGCCAGCUGCUCCUAAAGAAGAGAGCAAACCACAGCCUGCUGUAAAAGUUCAAGAAGCUGCCAUAAAGCCUGAAGUGACUGACAAAAAGUUGGAGAAGAAAAUUACUCCACCAGAAGAAAUAAAGACAGUGACCAAGCCACAGCCUGUCAAGAAGGCUGAAGAACCAACAAAGAAGGUUGCAGAAGAAGAAAAAGCAAUCAUAGAAAAAAUAUCUCCUGAGACAGAUGAAACCAAGGGACCCGUCCAGGCACCAGGAGGAGUCAAGAAAGAGGGACAACCAGCAGAAGAAGCAGGAAGAGGUAGAGGUAGAGGGCUGAAACCCAAGCAGACACCGUCCCCUGGAGAAGGCAGGGGCCGUGGCCUGAGGCCGGGCGGAAAAGGUCCGCCGCCACCAGAAGAACCUUUUGCAGGAUUCAAGCUCAAAGCCGUCCCUCUAAAGUUCAUUAAGAAGCUUCAGGACAUCGUGCUGCAGGAGGCCGAGUCCAUCGGCUCAUCAGCUGUGUUUGAAUGUGAGGUCUCUCCAUCCACUGCCAUCACCUCAUGGAUGAAAGAUGGCAGCAACUUGCGCGAAAGCCCAAAGCACAAGUUCACUUCUGAUGGCAAAGACCGCAAGUUGAACAUUAUUGAUGUCCAGCUGUCUGACACCGGUGAAUACACCUGUAUCGCCAAGAAUGCUGGCAAGGAAAUAUCAUGCACAGCCAAGCUCAUUGUGGAAGAGCUGCCUGUAAAAUGGAUCAAAGAGCUGGACGAGGAGACUUCAGCUCUGAAGGGUCAGCCAGUGUAUAUGACCUGUGAGCUGAACAAAGAGAGAGAUGUGGUCUGGAAGAAGGACGGCACGGUCCUGAAGAAAAAGGCGAACAAGGUUCAGAUCAAUGUCAUUGGUAUGCAGCACGCUGUGACCAUCCAGAACUCAGCUGAGGAUGAUGCUGGUUCCUAUUCCUGCGAAGUCGAUGGCCAGGAAGAUGUCAAGACCAUUACAAAUGUUAAAGUGAUCGAAAUCAUCAAAGACUGGAUUGUGAAACCGCUGAGAGACCAGCAUGUGAAACCGAAGGCUGCCGCUGUAUUCAAAUGUGAGCUCUUCAAGGACACUCCUAACUGGAAGUGGCUCAAAGGAGAGAAUGAGGUCGUGCCCUCUGACAAGAUUGAGAUCAAGAAGGAAGGAAAAGAGCUGACGCUUACCAUCAAGAACUGUCAGCCUGAGGACGUAGCAGAAUAUGCCAUGGAGGUGGAAGGACGUCUCUACACUGCCAAGCUAACGCUAGGAGAGCGUGAGGCUGAGAUCCUGAAGCCCCUAGCCAGCGUUGAGGUCAUUGAGAAGCAAGAUGCCACAUUUGAGACAGAGAUCUCUGAGGACGAUGUUCCAGGAGAAUGGAAGCUCAAAGGAGAGGUUUUGACCAGAUCUCCGACAUGUGACAUCCAAAUGGAGGGCGGCGUGCGUAAGCUCAUACUGAAAAAUUGCCAGUUGGAUCAAGCCGGAGAAGUGUCCUACCAGGCCCUCAAUGCCAACACCAGUGCAAUGCUUAAUGUCAAAGAAAUUGAAAUGGAGUUUGUAGUCCCGCUGAAGGACGUUUCUGUGCCUGAAAAGAAACAGGCCAAGUUUGAAUGCACCAUCACGAAAGAUGUCUCUAAGGUCAUGUGGUAUAGAGGGGCUGACAUCAUCACCCCAGACCAAAAGUAUGACAUAAUCGAUGAUGGAAAGAAGCAUAUGCUGAUUAUAAACUGCUGUGAGUUUGACGAUGAGGACGAAUAUACGAUUGAGGUUUUGGGCAAAACCUCAACAGCUAGACUCACAGUGGAGGGUAUCAGGCUCAAAUUUAUCUCGCCAAUAAAGGACCAAACUGUAAAGGAAGGCAAAACUGCUCGGUUCGAGCUGGAGCUCUCUCACGACAACAUCCCUGUCACCUGGUACAAGAACGAUGUUAAGAUUCAUCCAAGCAGGACAGUGGUCACUCAUGUGGAUGGAAAGAAACACGUCCUUGAAAUAAAGGAAGUGACUCUAGAUGAUACUUGCCAAAUUAAGGCUGAGGCCAAAGGAAUUCCUUCCAUGGCCAACCUGACGGUCAUAGAGGGAGAUGCAUACUUCACGGUUAAGCUGCAGGACUAUACUGCAGUGGAGAAAGACGAGGUGGUUCUAGAUUGCGAGCUCAGCAAAGACGUUGAUGUCAUGUGGUACCACAAUGAGGCCGAGAUCAAGCCCUCUAAGGUGGUGGCCAUAAAGGCAGAGGGCAAACGCAGAACCCUCAUCAUCAAAAAAGUUGGUGACAAAGACAAAGGACAGUACUUAUGUGACUGUGGAACAGACAAAACGACUGCAGUGCUUCACAUUGAAGCUCGCCACAUCAAGGUGGUUCGGCCAAUGUACGGCGCUGAAGUGUUUGACGGAGAGACAGCUCGAUUUGAGGUCGAGCUCAGUGAGGACGAUGUCCACGGCCAGUGGAAACUGAACGGCGAAGUCCUCAGUCCAUCUGCUGACGUCGAGAUCGUGGAGGAUGGAGCCAAACACACUCUGGUCUUGUACAACUGCAAAUUGCCUCAAACAGGCGAGGUGGCGUUUACCGCUGCCAAUGCCAAGUGUUCGGCUAACCUUAAAGUGAAGGAACUACCAGUCUCAUUCCUUACACCGCUGGCUGAUGUGCAUGUGUACGAAAAGGAUGAGGCGAAAUUCGAGCUGGAAAUUUCUAGAGAGCCCAAAAGCUUCCGUUGGCUGAAGGGAUCUCAGGAAUUGUCGAAUGAUGAUAAAUUUGAACUCCUGAUGGAGGGAAAUAGACAUACUCUUGUUGUGAAAUCUGCCAGAUAUGAUGACGAAGGCAAAUACAUGUUCGAAGCUGAAGAUAAGAGGACGUCUGGAAAAUUGAUUAUCAAAGGUAUUCGGCUCGAAUUUAUUAAGCCGAUUAAAGAUGUGACUGUGAAGGAACGUGAAACGGCAGAGUUCAGUGUUGAACUCUCUCAUGAAAAGAUCCCAGUGGUCUGGUACAAAAAUGACAUCCGUCUGCACCCCAGCAAGGUGGUGCACAUGUCAGAGGAUGGAAAAGUCCACACACUGGCCUUCAAGGAGGUCACCAUCGAUGACACCUCAAUGAUCAAAGUCGAGGCCAUGGGCAAGACCUCAGAGGCCAUGCUCACUGUGCUUGAGGGCGACCUGUAUUUCACGGUGAAGCUCCAGAGCUACACCGCUGUCGAGAAGGACGAGGUGAUUUUGUCCUGCGAGCUGAGCAAGGCCGUCGGCGAGGUGAAAUGGUUCAAAGACGGUAGCGAAAUCUAUCCCUCCAAAAACAUUAUCUUCCAAUCAGACGGCAAGAAGCGCUUGCUGGUCAUCAAGAAGGCGGCGAAGAGCAACGUGGGAGCGUACACCUGCGACUGUGGCACCGACAAAACCACAGCCGACCUGAACAUCGAAGAGCGUGAAAUCAAGGUUGUUCGCCCGCUGUACAGCGUGGAGGUCACAGAGACCGAGACAGCCAAGUUUGAAACAGAGAUUUCAGAGGAGGACAUUCACGCCACCUGGAAACUAAAGGGAGAGACACUCCACCCGUCUGCUGAGGUGGAGAUCAAGGAGGAGGGAACCCGACGCAUAUUGAUCCUUUACAACUGUAAGAAGGACAUGGCCGGAGGCGUCGACUUCGCAGCAGCGAAUGCCAAAUCAUCAGCUCAGCUCAGAGUGAAAGCCCGAGUGAUCGGCCUGAUGAAGCCUCUGAACGAUGUCACCGUGACCGCCGGAGAGACGGCCACCUUCGAGUGCGAGCUGUCAUACGAAGGCAUCGUUGUCGAGUGGUUCCUUGGGGGUACAAAGCUGGAACCCAGCGACAGAGUGGUGGUGAAGGCAGAGGAUAAAGUCCACAGCUUGACUCUGAGGGACGUCCAGCUGAAUGAAGCCGGACAAGUCAAACUCACCGCCAAGGACUUCCAGACCGACGCCAACCUCAUCGUCAAAGAGCCAGCAGUUGAGUUCACGAAGCCUCUGGAGGACCAGACGGUGGAGGAGGAAUCCACCGCCACACUCGAGUGUGAAGUUUCCAGAGAGAACGCAGAGGUGCGAUGGUUCAGGGAUGGACAGGAUAUCCGCAAGACCAAGAAGUACGAGAUGAUCGUUGAUGGCCGCAAGAGAGCGCUGCUCAUUCAUGACUGUACUCUUGAUGACUCAAGGACAUACACUUGUGACGCCAAAGACUUCAAAACCUCCUGCUUCCUCAAUGUUGAACCUCCACAUAUCGAGUUCUCGAAGCCGCUGCAUGAUGUCGAGGUCAAAGAGAAGGAAUCUGCCAGGUUUGAAUGUGAAGUCUCCAGAGAGGACGUCAAAGUCCGCUGGUUUAAGGAUGGAAGUGAAAUUAGAAAGGGGAAGAAGUAUGAAAUUAUUGCUCAAGGUCGCCAACACAUCCUCAUCAUCCACAAGUCUGUGUUUGACGAUGAGGCUGAAUACGAAUGUGACGCUAAAACCUCCAAAUCCUCCGGCAUGCUCACUGUCGUUGAGGAGGAGGCGAGGUUCACCAAGAACUUGUCCAACGUGGAGGGAACUGAGACGGACAGCGUGAAGCUGAUCUGCGAGGUCUCCAAACCCAGCGCUGAUGUUAUCUGGUACAAAGGAGAUGAGGAACUGCCCGAGGGCGGUCGCUACGAAUACAUUUAUGAUGGGAAGAGGAGGAUCCUCCUCAUCCAGGACCUGAAGAUGGCCGACGCUGGAGAGUACAACUGCAGGCUGAGUCCCAGUGUCAAAACCUCUGGAAAUCUCAAGAUUAAUGAACUGGCUGCUGAGUUCAUCUCUAGGCCUCAGAGCCAGGAAGUGGUCGAGAGCCAGAAGGCGGAGUUCACCUGCUCCGUCUCCAAGGAAACCUUUGAGGUCAAAUGGCUUAAAGACGACAAAGAGCUGGAGGCAGGAGACAAAUACCAGAUGGUGAGCGAUGGCAAGAGACGAACUCUGGUCAUCAAGAACUGCGAGCUCAAAGACGAGGGCGGAUACGUAGUGAUGAUCGGAGCGACAAGAGCCAGCGCUGACCUCACUGUGCUCGAAAAACUGAAGAUCAUCACGCCACUGAGGGACACGGAGGCCAAAGAAGGACAGGAAGUCGUCCUGAACUGCGAGGUGAACUCAGAGGGAGCGAAGGCCAAGUGGCUGAAGAACGAGGAGACAUUGUUCGAGAGCAGCAAGUACGUGAUGGUCCAGAGAGACAACGUCUUCUCCCUGAGGAUCAGAGACGCCAAGAAGGGAGAUGGUGGCAACUUCAGCAUUAACCUGACCAAUCAGAGAGGAGAGCAGGCCAAGAGCUCCUGCGUUCUCUCCAUCAAAGAGGAGAGUCUGAGGAUCGUGGUUCCUCUGGAGGACAUCGACACUCAGGAGAAGAACAGCGUGAGCUUCUCCUGUAAAGUCAACAGGCCCAACGCCACCCUGAAGUGGAUGAAGGCCGGCGAGGAGAUCACCUUCAACAAACGCAUCGUUUACAGAGUUGACAAAGAAAAGCACAUGCUGACAAUUAAAGACUGCACGCUGGCCGACGAGGGCGAGUACACUGCAGUCGCCUCCGCAGACAGCAAGUCCACCGCAGAGCUGAUCAUCAGCGAGGCGCCGACGGACUUCUCCAUCCAACUGAAGGACCAGACCAUCACCGAGUUCGAGGACGCAGAGUUCACAUGCAAGCUGACCAAAGAGAAAGCUGAGGUUAAGUGGUACAGAAAUGGACGUGAGAUCAGAGAAGGACCAAGAUACACAUUUGAAAAAGAAGGAAAGAUGUGCACCUUGCGUAUCAAGGAGUGCAGACCCGAUGAUGAGUGUGAAUAUGCCUGUGGUGUGGACGACAAAAGAUCCAGAGCCAGGCUCUUUGUUGAAGAGACCCCGGUGGAGAUCAUCAGACCACCACAGGACGUGUUUGAACCUCCAGGCUCGGACGUUGUGUUCGAGGUGGAGCUUAACAAAGACAGAGUGGAGGUGAAGUGGUUGAGGAACAACAUGACAGUCGUCCAGGGAGACAAAUACCAGAUGAUGAGCGAGGGUAAAAUCCACAGACUGCAGGUGUGUGAGAUCAGACCUCGAGAUCAGGGAGAGUACAGAAUCAUCGCCAAGGACAAAGAUGCCAAGGCCAAGCUGGAGCUGGCAGCUGUGCCGAAGAUAAAGACCACAGACCAGAACUACGUGACAGACGCAAGGAAGCCCAUUGUCAUGACCGUCCCCUAUAGCGCCUACCCGAAGGCCGAGGCCGACUGGCUGUACAACAACCUGAGUCUGCCGAAAGACAACAUCCACACAUCUGCCGACCGCACAGAGUACCGGCUGAAGGACCCCAUGAAGGCCGAUGAGGGCCGCUACAAGAUCAUCAUCAAGAACAAACAUGGAGAGGGAGAGGCCUUCAUCAACCUGGAGGUCAUCGACAUCCCGGGACCCGUGAAGAACCUGCAGGUGAUCGACACGGCUGAUGGCGAGGUCAGCCUGGCAUGGGAGGAGCCCGAGAGCGAUGGUGGCAGCAAGGUCAUCGCAUAUGUGGUGGAGAGACGUGAUGUGAAGCGUAAGACCUGGACACUGGCCACAGACCACGCUGACAGUCCUGAGUACACAGUGACAGGACUCCACAAGGACUCCAUGUACCUGUUCAGAGUCUGUGCCCGAAACCGGGUGGGCAGUGGACCCAACGUAGAGACUGACAAACCUGUUCAGGCCAAGAGCAAGUUUGACGUUCCUGAGGCUCCUCUGAAUGUGAUUGUUGGAAACGUCUCCAAGUUUGGCUGCACCAUCUCCUGGGAGCCUCCUGUGUCGGAUGGAGGUUCACCCAUCACCUCUUACAUCAUUGAGCUGCGUGACAGGACGUCGGUGAAGUGGUCACCUGUCCAGCUGACCAAAGCUGAUGAGCUCAGCGCCAUUAUUAACGAUGUCAUCGAGAACAAAGAGUACAUCUUCAGAGUCAAAGCAGAGAACAAAGCUGGUGUCGGCAAGCCGAGCGCUGCCUCAAAGCCCGUCAAGAUCAUGGAUCCAAUCGAACCUCCCAGUCCUCCUCAGAACCUGGUCUGGCAGGAUCAGAACAAGAACUCAGUUCAGCUCACCUGGGAGACUCCUCUGAGGAACGGAGGCACUAUGAUUACCGGAUAUAUCAUCGAGCGCUGUGAGGAAGGCACCGACAAGUGGCUCCGCUGCAAUGCCCGUCUCUGCCCCGACCUCUUCUACAAGGUGUCUGGUCUGAAAUAUGGAACCAAAUACAACUACAGAGUGUUUGCUGAAAACGCUGCUGGACUCUCUGACCCAUCAAACAUCAUCGGACCUCUGCUGGCUGAUGACCCACACUUCGCCCCAGCCUUCGACCUGAGCGGUUUCAAAGAUGGCCUGGAGGUGAUCGUCCCUCAGCCUCUCAGUAUCAGAGUACCCAUCACCGGAUACCCAACCCCCAUUGCCAAGUGGACCUUCGGAGAGAAGGAACUGACCACUGCUGAUGAACGUGUCACCAUGACAACCAAGUCUACAUUCACAGAACUGAUCGUCACACCGAGUGUCCGACCAGACAAAGGCACCUACACCCUGCAGCUGGAGAAUGAUGUAACAUCCGUCUCUGGAGAGAUCGAAGUCAAUGUCAUCGCGGCGCCCAGUGCUCCAAAAGACUUUAAGGUUGUGGAGGUGACCCGGCAGCAUGUCCACCUGAGCUGGGAGACUCCAGAGCAUGACGGAGGAAGCCCUCUGACUGGCUACCAGGUGGAGAAACGCGAUGUGUCCCGUAAGACCUGGGUCAAGGUUGUCACAGGUAUCCAGGAUCAGGAGUUCACAGUCACUGAUGUGGUUGAAGGGAAGGAGUAUCUGUUCAGGGUCACUGCCUGCAACAAGUGUGGACCAGGAGAGCCAGCAUACAUUGACGAGCCUGUCAACGUCUCCUCUCCUGCCACCAUCCCCGACCCUCCAGAGAACCUGAGGUGGAGAGACAAGUCAGCCAGCGGCAUUUUCCUGACCUGGGAGCCACCCAAGUACGAUGGUGGCACUGGCAUCCGAGGCUACAAUGUGGACCGCUGCCAGAGAGGAACCGAUAAGUGGGAACCCUGUGGCGACAUGGUGCCAGAGCUGAAAUGCCAGGUGACGGGUCUGAUUGAGGGUCAGUGGUACGCUUACAGAGUCCGAGCCCUGAACCGACUCGGAGCCAGCAUGCCCUGCAAGGCCACGGACGAGAUCCAGGCUGUUGAUCCCAAAGAGGCUCCAGAGAUCCAGCUGGAUGCCAAGCUACUUGCUGGUUUGACCGCCAAGGCUGGCAGCAAGAUUGAACUCCCCGCCGAGGUGACGGGUAAGCCCGAACCUCGUGUGAAAUGGACUAAGGCCGACCUGGUCCUCAAACCUGAUGACAGGGUGUCCAUUGACACAAAGCCAGGACACUCCACUGUCACCAUCACCAAGACCAAAAGAGAUGACAGCUCCACCUACAUCAUUGAGGCCACCAAUAGCAGCGGCCGCGCCACUGCCACCGUUGACGUCAACAUCCUUGAUAAGCCUGGCCCUCCAGCUGCCUUUGACAUCUCUGAGAUCACCAACGAGUCCGCCUUCCUGGCCUGGAACCCGCCACGUGAUGACGGCGGCUCUAGAGUCACCAACUACAUUGUGGAGCGCCGAGCUGCCGACAGCGAGAUCUGGCACCGGCUGUCCUCCACCAUUAAACAAACCACAUACAAACCUGUGGGCCUUGUCAAGUUCAAGGAAUAUAUCUUCAGAGUCUUCGCUGAGAACCAGUUUGGUGUUGGCCCACCAGCUGAGCACCCAUCCAUCAUUGCCAGAUACCCCUUCGACACUCCUGGAGCACCUUACAAGCUGGAAGCUUCAGACAUCGCCAAGGACUCCCUGACACUAGCCUGGUAUGAGCCUGAGGAGGAUGGAGGAAGCCCCAUCACCGGAUACUGGGUGGAGAGAUACGAACCUGACCACGACAGGUGGAUGAGAUGCAACAAGCUGCCCAUCAAAGACACCAACUACAGAGUUAAAGGUCUUCCCACGAGGAAGAAGUACAAGUUCAGAGUCCUGGCUGAGAAUCUGGCUGGAACUGGAAAACCCAGCAAGGAGACAGACCCAAUCCUUGUCAAAGAUCCUAUUGAUCCUCCAUGGCCUCCUGGUAAACCCACGGUGAAGGACGUGGCAAAAACUUCCUGCUUUUUGAUGUGGACCAAACCAGAGCACGACGGCGGAGCCAAGAUCGACGGCUACAUCAUUGAGAUGCUGAAGAGUGGAACCGUGGACUGGAUUCGCGUGGCAGAGGACAUCAAUAUCCUAGAGCACUUCCUGAAGGGCCUGAUGGAGAAGCAGGAAUAUUCGUUCAGGGUGCGAGCUGUUAACGUGGCCGGAGAGAGUGAACCGAGCGAGCCCAGUGACCCAGUGCUCUGCAAAGAGAGACUCAAUCCUCCUACCGCUCCUCGCUGGUUGACCGUCGUCAGCAUCAGCAGGAAAAGUGCCGACUUGAAGUGGACAGCUCCUGAGAGAGAUGGAGGCUCACCAGUCACCAACUACGUGGUGGAGAAGCGUGACGUCAGGCGUAAAGGCUGGCAGGCUGUGGACACCACAGUCAAGGAGCUGAAAUACACCGUGACUCCACUCAAUGAUGGAUCACUCUACGUGUUCCGUGUUGCCGCAGAGAAUGCUGUGGGACUCGGACCGUUCUGCGAGCUGCCAGACUCUGUGCUGGCCAAAGACACUUUUACUUCUCCUGGGCCACCGUACGCUCUCACUGUUGAUGCUGUGAGCAAGAGAUAUGUGGACCUGUCAUGGGAGGCACCUAAGAAUGAUGGUGGCAGACCCAUCCUCAGAUACUCUAUUGAGAAGAAGGAGAAACUUGGAACUCGCUGGGUGAAAUGCGGUAAGACUUCAGGUCCAGACUGCAAGUACAGAGUGACCGACAUCAUCGAGGGAACAGAAGUUCAGUUCCAGGUCAGGGCCGAGAAUGAGGCCGGUGUCGGUCAUCCAAGUGAACCCACUGAGAUCCUCACCAUCGAAGACCCAACAGGUGUGCCAUCACCACCCAUUGAGCUGCACGUGACUGGAGCCAGCAGGGACUUCCUGUCCAUCGCCUGGAAGCCUCCGCAGAGGACUGGCGGCUGCCCCAUCAGCGGUUACCAUGUUGAGAUGUGUGAGGCCGGCACAGAGAAGUGGAUGAGGGUCAACUCUCGUCCCGUGAAGGAGCUGAAGUUCCGUGUGGAAGAGGGUGUGGUCCCUGAGAAGGAGUACAUCCUGAGAGUGAGGGCCAUCAACUCCGUGGGAGUGAGCGAGCCCUCCGACAUCUCUGAGAACGUCUUUGCCAAAGAAUCUGACUGUAACCCAACACUUGAAUUCCAGACUCUGGACCUGGUUGUUGUGGAAACAGAGAAGCUUCACAUUCCAGUUCCCUUCAGAGCUGUCCCCUCACCCAGAAUCACCUGGCACAAGGACGGAAAGGAGCUGAAGGCUGACGAACGCCUCGGCUUCAGGAAGGAGUAUACAUCCUGUCACCUGGAGGUUGACAGCAGCAUUCACGCUGAUGCAGGACAGUACAAAGUGACUCUGGAGAACAAACUUGGAGCUGCCAGCGCCACUAUCAACGUCAAAGUCAUCGGUCUUCCUGGUCCCUGUAAGGAAAUCGUGGCCUCUGAGAUCACAAAGAGCUCAUGCAAAUUGUCCUGGGAUCCUCCAGACUAUGAUGGUGGCAGCCCAAUUGUUCACUACGUCCUGCAGCGACGUGAGGCUGGGAGGCGAACAUACGUCAACAUGAUGUCCGGAGAGAACAAAGUGAGCUGGCCCGUGAAAGAUCUCAUCCCCAAUGGAGAGUACUACUUCAGAGUUCAGGCUGUCAACAAGAUCGGAGGAGGAGAGUUCAUUGAGCUCCGCAACCCCGUCAUUGCUGAGGACCAGAAACAUGCUCCCGACCCCCCCGUGGAUGUGGAGACCCAUAACCCCACAUCGAACACCAUCACACUGACCUGGAAGCCACCUAUGUAUGACGGUGGUUGCAAGAUCAUGGGCUACAUCCUUGAGAAGCAGCAGAAGGGCGAGGACAAGUGGGAGAGGUGCAACGACUUCCUGGUGCCCGUCCUGUCCUACACCGUCAGAGGGCUGACGGAGGGCAAGAACUACACCUUCAGAGUUAAAGCUGAAAACGCUGCCGGGGUCAGCGAGCCAUCACGCAGCUCACCGUACAUCAAGGCGUCGGAUGCUGUUGAUCCUCCAAAAGUUUUCCUGAGUGGCAGCCUGCAGUCCGGGCUCAGCGUGAAGCGAGGCUGUGAGAUCUGCCUGGACGCCAACAUUUCUGGUUCGCCAUAUCCACAGAUCACCUGGUACUGGAACAACCAGGUGAUCCAGCCUGAGCCACUCCGCAAGAGGCCUGAAAAACCCCUGAAGAAGAAGGUGGAGAAGAAGGAAGAGGAGAAGAAGGAGGAGGGAGAGGCAGAGAAGAAAGAAGUGAAGGAGGGAGAAGAGAAGAAGGAAGGAGAGGAGAAGAAGGAGGAGAAGAAGGAGGCGGAGAAGAAGGAGGAGGAGAAGAAGAAGGAAGAGGAGGCAGCAGAGCCGGAGGUGGAAGAGAUCGACUACCCAACAAUAAACGAACGUCUGACCAUCAACAACAGCCGCAGGGGAGUGUCCUCUAUCGUCAUCACAGACUCGAUGAGGGCCGACCACGGCGUUUACAUGGUGAAGGUGGAGAACGACCACGGCAAGGCCUCAGUGACCUGUGAGGUCAACGUGCUCGAUACUCCUGGGCCUCCAGUGAAAUUCAGAUUUGAGGAGGUGAGGAAGAGUUCUGUGAUUUGCAAGUGGGAUCCUCCUCUGGAUGACGGUGGCAGCGAGAUCCUCAACUACACUCUGGAGAAGAAAGACAACUCAAAGCUGGAGAUUGGCUGGAGUUGUGUCACUUCCACACUGAGAGGAUGUCGAUACCUGGUGCCCAAACUCAUCGAGAAGAAGGAGUACAUCUUCAGGGUCAAGGCAGAGAACAAGUAUGGCGCUGGUCCAUACUGCAUCUCCAAACCACUCAUCGCCAAGAAUCCUUUCGAACCUCCAGAGGCUCCUGAGAAGCCACAGAUUGACGAUAUAACGGCCACCAGCAUGCUGGUCACCUGGAAUGAGCCAAACGACAACGGCAGCCCCAUCUUGGGAUACUGGGUUGAGCGCCGUGAGAUCAAUAGUUCACACUGGACACGUGUCAACAGGAACAUUGUUGAAGACAUUGAGCUGAAUGUUCAAGGUCUACUAGAGGGGAUGACUUACAUCUUCAGGGUGGCGGCUGAGAAUCAGGCUGGCCCCGGAAAGUUCAGCCCCCCCUCUGAACCCAAGACAGCUCAGGCUCCAAUCUUACCUCCUGGACCUCCAGUUGCCCGAGUAGUGCAGACCACUGACCACUCCAUCGAUGUGGAGUGGGACCCACCUGUCGACAACGGUGGAGGAGAGAUCCUGGGAUACCAUGUGGAUAAGGCCAUGGCUGCUGGUACCAGGGACUGGUCCAGAUCUACUGAGCGUCCUUGGAAGAGCCGGGCCUUCACAGUCUAUGGAGUCCGUGAAGGAGCCAAGUAUCUGGUCAGAGUUAUUGCCUGCAACUCUGCUGGAGAGGGAACGCCAGGAUUUACGGAGUCUGUGUUUGUCAGGAAUCCUGCAGAGACUCCAGUGAUUGAGCUGGACCUGGCAAUCAAGAACGGCGUGGUCAUCAGAGCUGGAGAGAACCUCCGUGUUCCUGCUACAGUCACAGGUAAACCCUACCCCUCCAUCACCUGGACCAAGGAUGAUGCCAAACUGGACAAAGACCGCGUGGAGAUCCUCACUGAGGGCAAUGACAGCAUUGUUUCAAUCCAGAACGCUCAGAGGAAGGACUGUGGCAAAUACCACAUCUCUGUUUGCAACCCCAGUGGCAUCAAGGGUGCUUCGAUCAGAGUGGAUGUCAUGGAUGUCCCCGGACCCGUCACGGACCUGAAACCAGUUGUUGUCACUCGUAAGAUGAUCUUCCUGAACUGGGAUGAUCCUGAGGAUGAUGGAGGCAGCGACCUGACCGGCUUCAUCGUUGAGCGUAGAGAUGCUAAGAUGCACACAUGGAGGCAGCCUAUUGAAACUGCCUCAUCUAAGUGUGAGUGUGUUGGCAUCAUGGAGGGCCAGGACUACAUGUUCCGGGUCAUUGCAAAGAACAAGUACGGCAUGGGUCCACCUGUUGAGCUGGGACCCAUCAAGGCUGUGGACCCACAGGGCCCACCAUCAUACCCUGAGAAGUUCCACUACACUGAGCGCACCAAGAGCUCAGUUACACUAGCCUGGAAGCCACCUCGUAAUGAUGGCGGCAGCCCUGUCAUUGGCUACUUCGUUGAGAAGAAGAGGCAGGACCAGCAGGCCUUUGAGCCCUGCAACACAGAGAUCUGCCCCAACAUGACCAUGACUGUAGAAGGCCUGGAUGAGGAUUGGAUGUAUGAGUUCAGGAUCAAGUGCGCCAAUCUGAUUGGAGAGAGCGAGCCAUCCAUCCCACUCCUUGUGGUCAUCCAAGAUGAUGAAGUGGCUCCUGAGGUCCAUAUGCUGAAGAUCUUCAAGGGAGACUCCAUUACCGUGAGGAAGGGUGAGCCCAUUGAGAUCCCAGCUGAUGUCCUGGGCCUACCUAUCCCCAAGGUCGAGUGGUCCAAGGAUGAUGUUGUGAUCGAGAAGCCCACCGAGACUUUGCUGAUGGAGACUGUAGUGACUGGCAGGUUGAACUGCAAGACUACGCUGUCCAUCCCAGCAGCCAACAGGAGGGACCGUGGAAGCUACACUGUGACUGCUUCCAACAACAUGGGUUCAGCCAAACACACCACCUUUGUCAUGGUGCUAGAUCGGCCACUUCCGCCCAGGAAUGUGAAGGUGUCCAACAUCAAGGCAGAGUCUUGCUACCUCCAGUGGGAUGCACCGCUGGAUAAUGGUGGCAGCGAGCUGACAAACUACAUUGUUGAGAAGAUGGACGUAAGGACAGAGGAGCCAGAGCUGGAAGAGGGACAGGAAGCUCCUCCUGAGCCACAGUGGGAGCAGGUUACCAACAGCAUCAUUGAGAGGAAAUACGGGGUGUGGAACUUGGAAACAAACAAGAGCUACCUGUUCCGCAUCAGAGCUGAGAAUCGUUACGGCAUAUCUGACCCCUGUGGAACAGAGGAAGUCCAGAUCACAGACCCAUUCGGCCUUCCUGGCCCACCAGAGAAACCGACCAUUGCAGAGUUCUCCAAGACCUCCAUGACCCUCACCUGGGAGCCUCCCAGAGACAAUGGCGGCUCUAUGAUUAUUGGCUACUGGCUGGAGAAGAGGGAGAAAGGCAAUGACUACUGGGCCAAAGUCAACAAGGUGCCAGUCACCAAGAGGGGCAUGAAAGGCUGGGAGUACCAGGUGACUCGUCUGAUUGAAGGAACAGAGUACGAAUUUAGGGUUGCUGCCUGCAAUUCUGCAGGAACUGGACCAUUCAGCGCACCGUCCGACUCUGCUUUUGCUGUCGAUCCCAUCACUCCUCCAAGCAUGCCUGCUGCUCCUGAGAUAGCAGAUAAAACAAAGUACAAUGUCACCCUGUCCUGGAAACCACCAGAGAGAGAUGGAGGAAGCCCCAUCAAGGGAUACAUCAUCCAGAUCCAGGAUGAGGGCAAGUCAGACUGGGUGAGUGUGAAUGACGCAGACAGUCUGUGCCCCACCACCGAGUUCACCGUACCAAAUCUCCGCGAGCUCAAACGCCAUCACUUCAGGAUCAUCGCUGUCAAUGACAUUGGCGAGUCUGACCCCAGCCCCCGCACUGGAGAGGUUCUGGUUGAAGACAUCCAGCUUGCGCCUUCCAUCAGCAUUGACAUAGUAAUGGAAGACCUGCUGUGCAUUCGUGCUGGAGAUCCGAUCAGGAUCCCCGCCACCAUCAAGGGACGCCCUGUUCCCAAAGUUACCUGGGACUAUGAUGGCAAAGCCAAGUCGCACAAGAAGAAGAAACUGCACACACUUCCCGUGGACUCUGAGGUUGAGUCCACCGACACCACGUCUGUCGUGAUCAUACCAGUCAGUCUGAGAAGCCACUCUGGACGCUACACCAUCACUGCCAAGAAUAAGUCCGGACAGAAACACAUCAACUGCAGAGUCAACGUCCUCGACGUUCCUGGACCUCCAAAGGACCUGAGGGUUACUGACAUCAGCCGUUCGACGAUGAGGCUGAUCUGGAAACUCCCUGACAACGAUGGAGGAGAGAGAAUCAAGAGCUACUUUAUCGAGAAGAAAUGUGUCACUGACAAGGCUUGGACAACGGUGAAUGCAGCCUGCGCCAGCCAGGCCUAUGUGGUUCCCGGCCUGUUAGAAGGUCAGGACUACCUGUUCAGGGUGCGAGCUGAGAACAGACUUGGAUUCAGUCCAUUCACUGUGACCACUGAGCCUUCCCGGGCUAGAGACCCCAUCUACCCACCUGACCCCCCCACCAAAGUGAAGGUGAACCUGGUGACGAAGAACACCGUCACUUUGAGCUGGGAGCCUCCCAAAAACAAUGGUGGCUCUCCGGUGAAGCACUACAUCAUUGAACGUUUGAGCUGGGACACCAGUGGAAAGGAGAAAGAGACCUGGAAGCAGUGCAACAAGAGAGACGUGGAGGAGCUCACCUUCGUGGUGGAGGACCUGAAGGAGGGAGGAGAGUAUGAGUUCAGAGUGAAAGCCGUGAAUGCUGCUGGACCCAGCCGACCCUCUGCCACCGCUGGACCCCUGGUCAUCAAGGAUCAGACAUGUGCUCCAACCAUUGAGCUGCGUGAGGCCAUGGAGGGCGAGGAGGGCUGUGAUGUCAGCAUCGUGGCAAAGGUGAGCGGCUGUCCAUUUCCCACACUCACCUGGCACAAAGCCAGUCUGGCCAAACCUGAGGAGAAGGCUCCAGUCCAGUACGACCAGCACAUGAACAAACUGGUGACCCAGAACAAGUGCACGUUGCUGAUCCAGCAGGCCAGCAGGCACGACAGCGCCCUCUUCAGCCUGACUGCAAGCAACAGCCUAGGCUCCGUCACCAAGGACAUCAAGCUCUCCGUGCUCGGACCUCCUGGCCCACCUGUCGGACCAAUGAAGUUCACCGAAGUGUUUGCAGAGAGGAUCGGUCUGGCUUGGAAUCCCCCCACAGACGAUGGUGGAUCAAAGAUCACCAACUAUGUGGUUGAGAAGCGCGAGGAAAACAGGAAGUCCUGGGUCCACAUCUCCAAUGACCCCAAGGAGUGUGCCUACGUGGUGACUCGACUGACUGAGAACCACGAGUAUGAAUUCAGAGUCAUGGCCCAGAACAAGUUUGGAGUUGGACCUCCACUGGUCAGUGAGCCAGAGAAGGCCAGAAACCUCUUCACUGUCCCCGGUCAGUGUGAGAAACCGACUGUAACUGACAUCUGUCUGGAGUCGAUGACUGUCAACUGGGAUGAGCCCAAGUAUGACGGCGGCUCCUCCAUCACUGGCUACUUCGUCGAGAAGAAGGAGACCACCUCUAAGCGUUGGACCCGCGUCACUCGCGAACCAAUCCGAGCUCUGCCACUGGGCAACAAUUGGGACGUCACCGGCUUGCUGGAGGGUGCCAUGUACCAGUUCAGGGUCAUCGCUGUCAAUGCUGCCGGCUGCGGUCUGCCCAGUGUGCCCUCUGACCCAAUGCUCUGCAGAGACCCCAUCGCACCUCCUGGGCCCCCGAUGCCGAAGGUGACGGACUGGACAAAGUCGACGGUGGAGCUUGAAUGGAUCCCUCCUCUGGUGGACGGAGGGUCAAAGGUCACAGGCUACAUCGUGGAGUUUAAGGAGGUGAACAAGGAGGAGGAGGAGAAGAAAGCUCAGAGGAAACUGCUCAUGCUGGGUGACGCCGAGGAGGAGGAGAAGGAGCCUGAGCCAGAGGAGGGCUGGGAGAAGGCAAAGGACACAGAGAUCAGAGGAACAAAGUUCGUGGUGGCCGGUCUGAAGGAAGGUGGUCUCUACCGCUUCAGAGUCAAAGCUGUGAACGCAGCCGGAGUUGGAGAUCCAGGAUUCGUGUCCGAGCUGAUUGAGACCAAAGACAGAACAAUUCCUCCUGAGAUGGACCUGGACGCCUCAGUGAAAGAGAAGAUUGUGGUCCAUGCAGGUGGCACAAUCCGCAUCAUUGCCUACGUGUCCGGUAAACCCGCCCCACAGAUCAGCUGGUGCCGUGACGAUGCUGAGGUACCCAAAGAAGCCGUGGUGGAGACAACGGGCAUCUCCAAUUCGCUGGUCAUCAAGAACUGCAGGCGCCAGCACCAGGGCAUUUACACACUGAGUGCCAAGAAUGAGGGAGGAGAGAGGAAGAAGGCAGUCAUCGUUGAGGUCCUAGACGUCCCUGGACCAGUUGGUCUGCCAUUCGCCGGCGAGAAUCUGACCAAUGACUCCUGCAAGCUGACCUGGUACUCCCCCGAGGAUGACGGUGGCUCAGCCAUCACCAACUACAUCAUCGAGAAGAGGGAAUCAGAUCGCAUGGGCUGGACUUCUGUGUCCUACACAGUGACGAGGAACAACGCCGUAGUGCAGGGACUCCUCGAUGGCAAGGGCUACUUCUUCAGGAUCGCAGCCGAGAACAUCAUUGGCAUGGGACCAUUCAUCGAAACCGACAAGAUGGUUCUCAUCAAGGACCCCAUCUCCGUCCCGGAGCGUCCAGAGGACCUGAUCAUUACUGCUGUUACCAAGGACUCCAUCUCCGUCGCCUGGAGGCCACCAAAGUACGAUGGCGGUGCUGAGGUGACUGAAUACAUCCUCGAGUCCCGCAUGAUCGGCCGGGACAGCUUUACACGGAUAGGUGCAGAGGACAAGCUGAUGGACAGAAAGUUCACACUGACAGGGCUGAAAGAUGGCUCGAGCCACGAGUUCAGAGUCUCUGCCGUCAACCACGUGGGACAAGGCAAACCAUCCUUUGCCACCAAACCCAUCCAGUGCAAGGACGAGCUCGAACCACCUAAUCUGGACCUGGACUUCAGGGACAAGAUGAUGGUGAAGGUGGGAGACAGCUGCUCGCUGUCUGGACGUUACACCGGCAAACCGACCCCGACUAUCACCUGGACAAAGAACGACGAGGAGCUGAAGGCAGACGAAGAGAUCAGCUUCCACAGCACUGCUCGCCACCUCAGCCUCAACAUCAGUAAGACUAAGAGAGAACACAGCGGCCGCUACUGCGUCAACCUGGAGAACGCCGCCGGAACUCGCACAGGACUCUGCACCAUCACUGUGGUCGACCGUCCUCAGCCUCCAGAGGGCCCUGUUGUGUUCAACGAGGUCUACAGGAGCUACAUGAUGAUCUCCUGGAACCCUCCUCUGGAUGACGGAGGCUGCGCCAUCUCCAACUACAUUAUUGAGAAGAGAGACACCAACAGAGACCUGUGGAUGCCCGUCACCUCAUCCUGCACCAGGACCUCCUGCAGGGUGCCGAAGCUGAUCGAGGGUCGUGAGUACAUCAUCAGGAUCAUGGCUCAGAACAUCUACGGCAUCAGUGAUCCCCUGCUGUCUGCAGAGAAGAAGGCUAUAGACGUCUUCAAAGUGCCUGACGCUCCUAAACAGCCCACAGUGAAGGAAGUUUACCAUGACUCUGCCCUCAUCAGCUGGGAGCCUCCUGCCGAUGGAGGAAAACCAAUUACAGGCUACAUUGUGGAGAGGAAGGAGACCAAGGCCAACAGGUGGGUUCGUUGCAACACAGAGAGAAUUUAUCCAAAGGUGGAGUACUGGGUGACAGAGCUGCUGCAAGGCUGUGAGUACGAGUUCAGAGUCAGUGCUGAGAAUGUGGUGGGAGCCGGGGACCCAAGCCCACCAUCCAAACCUGUCUUUGCCAAAGAUCCCAUUGUGAAACCCAGUCCACCCAUAAACUUACAGGCCAUUGACUUCACCAAGGAGUCAGUGACUCUGUCCUGGCAGCCGCCCACCGACACCGGCCGAGGAAAAAUCUUUGGAUACCUGCUGGAGUUCCAGAAAGCUGGAGAGGAAGAGUGGUCCAAGGUGAACCAGACUCCAGACUCCUGCCAGGAGACCAAGUUUAAGGUGAUCAACCUGGAAGAAGGUUCUCUGUACCGCUUCAGAGUCAUGGCUGUGAAUGCUGCAGGAGAGUCUGACCCUGCUGACCUGAAGGAACCAGUCAGAGCACAGGACAGGCUUGAGCCCCCAGAGCUGAUUCUGGAUGCUGGAAUGACCCGCGAGGUGAAGGCCAUGGCUGGCACUCACAUCACACUGAUGGCCACCAUCAAAGGUGUCCCAUUCCCCACUGUCACCUGGAAGAAGAACGAUGCAGAAGUUCCCACCAGAGCUGACAUUGAGACCAGCCAGGCAGGCACCAAGCUGGAGAUGAGGUUCUGUAACCGUGGUGACUGUGGAGACUACACCCUAACUGUGGAGAACCCGGCUGGAUCCAAGACAGCCACCUGCACAGUGCUGGUCCUCGACAAACCUGGGCCCAUCCAGCACCUCCGGGUUUCUGACGUCAGAAGUGACUCCGCCUACCUGUCCUGGAAGGACCCAGAGGACAAUGGUGGUACUCGAAUCACUAACUUCGUAGUGGAGAAAAAAGACACAGCAUCCACUCAGUGGGUCCCUGUCUGCUCCACAUCCAAGAAACGCAGUAUGAUGCUGAAGCACUUGAUGGAAGGCACAUCCUACUCAUUCAGAGUUGCUGCUGAGAACCAGUACGGCCGCAGUGAAUAUGUUGAGACGCCAAAGGCCAUCAAGGCAAUGAACCCACUCUUCCCCCCUGGCCCACCUAAAGACCUGCACCAUGACGAUGUUGACAAGACUGAGGUGUGGUUGGUCUGGAACUGGCCCGACCGCAAUGGAGGAAGUGAGAUCACAGGCUUCCUGGUGGAGUAUCAGGAAGAAGGAGAGAGGGAGUGGGACGAGUGGAAAACCGUCAGCAUCCCUGAGAGUCAUGUGACUGGCCUGGAGGAAGGAAAGACCUACAGAUUCAGAGUGAGGGCUGAGAACGCCAUUGGCCUCAGCAGACCUGAUACAACAGUGCCUAUCCUCUGCCAGGAGAAACUGGUGCCUCCAAUUGUUGAGGUGGAUGUUAAGUUCACUGAAGGCAUCAUUGUUAAGGCCGGCACCACCAUCAGGCUGCCAGCUAUCAUGAGAGGAAUACCCAUUCCUACUGCUAAGUGGUCCAUCGAAGGAGAGGAAAUUACCAGCGAGGGCAAUGUCAAGAUUGACACUGACAACUUCUCAACUGUGCUUAGCAUCAAUGAGUGCACCAGGAACCACACUGGCACCUACCUGCUUACUGUGUCCAACCCAGCUGGAACCAAGACAGCGGCCUUGAAUGUAACUGUCCUGGAUGUGCCCGCUGCUCCUAUUGGACCUGUUGAUAUCCUGGAGGUCACUCCAGACUCCAUGAUGAUUGAAUGGCGUCCUCCCAAAGAUGACGGCGGUAGCCCUAUUACCAACUACAUUGUAGAGAAGAGAGAGUCCAACAAGGAGACCUGGGGAGGUGUAAGCUCUGGAAGCCUCGCUACUAGUCUGAACAUCAGCCGCCUGCAGAGGGGAGCGGAGUAUGUUGUUCGUAUUCGUGCUGAGAACAAGAUGGGUAUUGGCGCUCCUCUGGAGAGCAAGCCCACUGUUGCUGAGCACUCCUUCAUGCCACCCAGCCCACCUGGUAAGCCACAAUCCUCUGAUAUCGCAGAGGAUGCAGUUACGCUCAGCUGGACCAUGCCCUUGUCUGAUGGUGGCAGCCAGAUCACUGGCUACAUCAUUGAGCGCAGACACCUUGGAGGAAAAUGGAUCCGUGUCAACAAGAAACCCUACAGGGACAUGAAGUACAGAGUCCUUGGCCUGUUCGAGGGCAGUGAGUAUGAGUUCAGAGUGUUUGCUGAGAACAUUGCUGGCUACAGUGGCCCCUCUCCCAUCUCUGACCCCUGCAAGCCCUGCAGGCCCAUCACUGUUCCCAGCCCCCCCAUCAAUCCCAAAGUUAAGGAUUACAGCAAGAACACAGCUGACCUGGUGUGGACCAAACCCACAAAAGAUGGAGGCAGUCCCAUCCUGGGGUACACUGUGGAAAUGAAGAAGGCGGACACUGAAGAAUGGAAAAAAGUGAACUUAGAUGACUUCAUAAAACGGUGUGCCUACAGGGUGAAAGGUCUGGAAGAAGGUAUGACCUACAGAUUCAGAGUCUAUGCCUCAAACAUGAUUGGAGAUGGAGAGCCCAGAGAAAUACCAGAGUCCAUCACUGCUCAGGAUAUCCUAAUCCCCCCAGAGAUUGAGAUGGAGGCCACCUGCCGGGAGCGUGUCACUGUGCGAGCUGGACAUAACAUCAACAUCAUCGGUUACAUCAAAGCCCGUCCUGAUGCUGAAGUGCUUUGGUCUAAGGAGGAGAACAUUCUUGAGAGCAGCAAACGUGUCAUUAUCAUUCAGAACUUCCCUGUUGUCCACCUGAAGAUCAAGGAGGCCACAAGAGCUGACCAUGGCAAAUACACCUUGAAGGCUUCAAAUGAGGGAGGUGAGGCCUCUUGCACCAUCACAGUAAAUGUGUUAGACAGACCCAGCCAUUGCCAGAAUCUACACAUUACUUAUGCAACCAAAGACUCAUGCAUGAUCAACUGGGAGGCGCCAAAGGACAAUGGUGGAUCCGAGAUCACCAACUAUAUUGUGGAGUGCCGUGAGCCCAGCAUUAGCAUGUGGUCCAUGGUUUCCUCCAACUGCACCAAUCGCAAGAUCAAAGCCAAGUUGAUGGAGGGGCAUGAGUAUCUGUUCCGUGUCUGUGCUGUGAACAAGAUUGGACUGGGGCCCUCUGUGGAGACCAAGACCCCUCUGCUGGCCAUUGACCCCCUCGAGAAGCCCGGUGAGCCUGAGAACUUCAAAGUCAGUGACAUUGGUAAGAACCAUGUCCAUCUGACAUGGAGGAGGCCUGACUACGAUGGUGGCAGCCCCAACCUAUCCUACAACCUUGAGUGCAAAGCCAAAGACGCUGAGGACUGGCAGAAACUCACCACCGGCACUCACACUGACACCUUCUUCCUAGCUGACAAAUGCGUAGAGAACCAGACAUACACCUUCAGGGUGCAGACUGUCAAUGAGGGAGGUGAGAGUGGUUGGGUGAAGCUUGCAGAUAUUCUGGUGAAGGAGGAGAUCCAGAAGCCUGUCAUUGACCUCAAGCUAGCAGGAACUUUGACAGUGAAGGUUGGAGAAUCAGUGAGAAUGGAGGCCGCCCUGAGAGGAAAGCCCCAGCCAGAGGUCAAAUGGUUGAAAGACAAGGCUGUUGGAGACAACCCCAGACUAAGCUAUGAGACUGGCCCUGACUACUCCAAGUUCCUUUUGACCAAGUCCAGACGUAGUGACACCGGAAAGUAUAUCAUUACUGCCACCAACUCAGCUGGCACAUUCACGGCAUAUGCCAAUGUUAAUGUCCUGGAUGUCCCUGGCCCGGUGAGGAACCUCAGGAUUACUGGCAUCGGAUCUGACAAGUGCAGAGUGGUGUGGGAUGCUCCAGAGGAUGAUGGAGGUUGUGAGGUAGACAGCUACAUCCUGGAGAAAUGUGAGACAAGGAGGAUGGUCUGGUCUACAUAUUCAGCCUCUGUUGUCACACCAUACUGUAAUGUCACUCGUUUGGUGGAGGGCAACGAGUACAUCUUCAGAGUUAGGGCUGAAAACAAGAUGGGAACAGGCCCUGCUAUGGAGAGCAAACCUGUUACAGUCAAGACUCAGUUCAACAGACCUGGACCUCCUGAUGCCCCUGAUGUCACCAAGGUGAGUAAAGAUGAGAUGACAGUUGUCUGGGCUCCUCCUGAGAAUGAUGGAGGAAAAUCGAUUACUGGCUACAUCCUUGAGAGGAAAGAGAAGCGUGCGGUGCGCUGGGUUCCAUGCACCAAGAGCCCCAUCUCUGAGAGACGUAUGAAAGUCACCAACCUGAUUCCCAACCAUGAAUACCAGUUCAGAGUGAAGGCUGAGAAUGAGGUUGGCCUUGGAGAGCCCAGCAAACCCUGCAGACCAGUUGCAGCUAAAGAUCCCAUUGAACCCCCUGGCCCCCCUGCAUGCCUGAAGGUGGGCGACAGCACCAAGACCUCCAUCACCCUAUCUUGGUCUAAACCUGUAUACGAUGGUGGUGCUCCCAUCAUCGGUUACAGCCUGGACAUGAGACUGAAAAGCGAGGCAGAUCCUGAAAAGCCCACAGAGGGCUGGAAGAGAAUUGAUACCCAUGGCCCAUUGGUGCUCACCGAGUUUACCAUCAAUCAGCUGGAUGAGAAGCUGGAGUAUGAAUUCAAGGUGUCUGCCCAAAACCAGGUGGGCUGGGGACGCCAUGCUUACUUGAAGGAGGCUGUAUCCCCCAAGGAGAUCCUGGAGGCUCCAGAGAUCGACCUGGAUGCCAGUCUGAGGAAAGGUCUGGCAGUCAGGGCCGGCUGUCCGAUCAGGCUUUUCGCUGUGAUCAGAGGAAGGCCCGCCCCGAAGGUUACUUGGAAGCGCUUGGGUGUGGACAAUGUAAUCCGCCGAGGCCAUGUUGACCAGGUUGACACCAUGUCUUUCCUGGUCAUCCCUGAGAGCACCAGAGAGGACUCUGGGAGAUAUUCCCUGACUCUGUCCAACUCUGCUGGAGAGAAAGCUGUGUUCGUCCGUGUCAAAGUCCUCGAUACUCCCGGUCCCGUUGGUGGCCUCGAGGCAAACAACAUCACCAAGACAACAGCUCAGCUGUCCUGGUUGCCACCAGAGAAUGACGGUGGCAGCCCAAUCCUCAACUACAUUGUGGAGAAACGUGAGGUGGAUAGGAAGACCUGGAAUAAGUGCGUAGAGGACCUGAAGAAGACCAGCUUCAAGGUGACCAACAUGACGCCUGGCAUUGAGUACUACUUCAGAGUCAUGGCCUGCAACAAGUACGGCAUUGGAGUUCCACAGGACUCACCCAAGUCAUAUCUGGCUGUUGAUCCUAUCAGUGAGCCAGACCCUCCAAAGAAGAUGGACGUGUUGGAGAUCACUAAGAACAGCGCCACACUGGGCUGGCUGAAGCCACUCAGGGAUGGAGGAGCCAAAAUCAACGGUUAUGUUGUGGACUACCAGGAGGAGGGUGCGACAGAGGACAAAUGGACACCUUACUCUGUGGUCAAAGACCUGACCAUUGUGGUGGUUGGUCUGAAAGAAGGAAAGAAGUACAAGUUCAGAGUGGCAGCCAGAAACUCAGUGGGAGUUAGCCUGGCCCGAGAGGCAGAGGGAGUAUUUGAGGUCAAGGAACAACUCAUGGCUCCUAAAGUCAUCAUGCCUGACAUUGUGACAGUCAGAGCUGGAACCAAGAUGGUGGUUGAGGCCAUUGUGGCAGGUAAACCUGCACCCUUCUGCAAGUGGAAGCAGGGAAAUGAGGAUGUCCUCACUUCUGAUCGCCUGUCCGUCGUAAAGACGCUGAUGACCUGCACACUUAUCAUUAAGAACGUGACCAGAAAGGACAGUGGCUACUACAGCCUGUCGGCAGAGAACAGCACCGGCAAGAUCAACCAGAUCCUGAGAGUCGUUGUCAUGGACAUCCCCGGACCACCGGGAGCUCCUCUGGAAAUCACUGAACAGGACAUUGAUGCCUGUACACUGCUCUGGAACUCUCCACCAGAAGAUGGUGGUAGCAAUAUCACCAACUAUAUUGUAGAGAAAUGUGAUGUCAGCCAGGGUGACUGGCUCAUUGUGUCCUCAUCCUGCACCAAAACCAGCUUUAGAAUGACCAAGCUGACACCUGGCAAAGAAUAUGGCUUCCGAGUCCGUGCUGAGAACAGGUUUGGCAUCUCUGAGCCUAUCUACUCUGAGAGAAUGAUCGCCAAAUAUCCAUUUGAUCCUCCUAGCGAGCCCAGAAACCUCCAGAUCAACAAGAUCAGCAAGGACUUUGUGAUCCUGUCAUGGGAGCGUCCAAGCAAUGAUGGAGGCUCUCCCCUCACUGGAUAUUGCAUUGAAAAGAAGGAAAGGAAUAGCCUUCUGUGGGUCAAGGCCAAUGAGUCCGUGGUCAAAGCCACUCAGUACACUUGCACUGGCCUAAUUGAGGGUCUGGAAUACACCUUUAGGGUGUCUGCACUCAACAUAGCUGGUCAGGGCAAACCUUGCAAACAGACAGACUUCAUCACCGCCAGGAAUGCUGUUGACCCACCAGGUAAACCUGAGCCCAUGGAUGUGACCAAGAAUUCUGUCUCAUUGGUCUGGAGCCGUCCCAAGCAUGAUGGUGGCAGCAAGCUGAUUGGUUACUACAUGGAAUACACAAAGCUUCCUGAGGAGAAGUGGACACGCUGUAAUGCCAACUGUAUGAACAUCCAGACUGAGAGUUACGUGGUGACCGGCCUGCAGGAGGGCGCACAGUACCAGUUCAGAGUCAUCGCUAAGACCGCUAUCAACAUCAGCCUACCGUCCGAGCUGUCCGAUCCCAUCCCUGUCAUUGCAGAGAAUGUUCCUCCUCGUGUGGAUCUGGGCGUCAACAUGAAGAACCUGAUCGUGAUUAAAGCUGGAGAGAAUGUCAUCCUGGAUGCUGAGGUUUUCGGCAAGCCACUGCCCAAGGUCAGCUGGAAGAGAGACGGACUGCCUCUGGUCCUUGCUGAGGGAAUGAAGAUGGUCCAGAAGAAACAUGUCCAUCUGCUUGAGCUCUACUCCGUCACUAGGAAGGAGACUGGAGACUACACCAUCACGGCUGAGAAUAUCAAUGGAAGCAAGUACGCUACUAUCAAGGUCAAGGUUCUAGAUAGACCAGGGCCUCCAGCCUCAGUAAAAGCUGCUAAGGUCUUUGCCGAUCGCGUUAAGCUGCGAUGGGAGCCCCCACUUGCAGAUGGUGGCUCUGAAAUCACCAACUACAUCAUAGAGAAGCGUGAGACCAGCAGGGCCAACUGGGCACUUGUCAGCUCCAAUAUCCAUGGACAUCUCACCGACUGUUCAGUGGAGAAACUCAUUGAAGGCCAUGAGUACCAAUUCAGGGUCAGUGCUGAGAACCAAUAUGGUGUUGGAGACCCCAAAAUGACUGACGGCAUCAUGGUCAAGAACCCGUAUGAUGUUCCUGGUCCAUGUGACCCGCCUGUCAUUACCAACAUUACUAAAGACUCCAUGACAGUAAGCUGGAAGGCCCCAGCCAACGACGGCAAAGCCACCAUCCUGGGCUACAUGGUGGAGAAACGUGAAGCCACGGAGCUUACCUGGGCUAAGGUCAACCGUCGGCCAGUCAUCGACAGAACUAUUAAAGCAACUCAGCUUACUGAGGGCUCUGAGUACGAGUUCAGAGUGAUUGCCAUGAACAAAGCUGGUCUGGGCAAACCUAGUGACGCAUCCAAUGCUGCGCUGGCUGUUGACCCUGUCUAUCCUCCCGGACCACCUGCCUUCCCCAAGGUGGUCGACUCUACCAAGAGCUCCAUCAGCCUUAGCUGGACUAAACCGGCAUAUGACGGUGGCUGUGAGAUCAUCGGCUACCUUGUUGAGUGUAAGAGAGCUGAAGCUGAGGAUUGGAAUAAGUGCAACGUCCCAAAGAAGCUCCAGGCCACCAAAUUCCUGAUGACUGGCCUGAUGGACAACACUGAGUACCAGUUCAGAGUAACUGCCGUCAACAAGAUUGGAUACAGUGAGCCCAGCGAGGUUCCUGGAAACCACAUGGCCAAGGAUAUCUUAAUCGCUCCUGAAGCUGAGCUGGAUGCUGACCUAAGAAAGGCAUUGGUUCUUCGUGCUGGGGUCACAAUGAGACUCUAUGUCCCACUGAGAGGACGCCCAGCACCAAAGGUGACAUGGACAAAGGUGGACGCCAACCUGAAGGACAGGCAGGGCCUGAUGAUCAAUACGUCAGAGUGGGACACCCUACUGAUGGUUGAGGACAUUAACAGAUACGACGCCGGCAAAUACGUCCUGUCGCUAGAGAACAGCAGCGGCUCCAAGAGUUACACCAUCGUGGUCAAGGUCCUCGAUACUCCUGGACCACCUGUUAACCUGAUUGUCAAGGAGACCUCCAGAAACCAUGCUUGCAUCACAUGGUAUGCCCCGCUGAUCGAUGGUGGCAGCCCGGUCAAGAGCUAUGUCGUAGAGAAACGUCUAGCUGAGAGAAAAGCCUGGACCUGUGUGUCUGCAGAGUGCCCCAAGACUUCCUUUAGGAUCACCAACCUGGAGGCAGGACAGGCCUACUGCUUCAGAGUGCUGGCUGAAAAUGCCUAUGGCAUUGGAGAGGGCUGUGAGACAGCUGGCAGCGUCAGAGCAUCAGAGCAACCUGGUCCAGUGACGGACUUCAAAGCCCAGAAGACUACAAAUAACUCGAUCAGCCUGGGCUGGAAGAAGCCCAUCAGUGAUGGUGGAAGCCACGUGACGGCUUACAUCCUUGAGCAGAGCGAAGGUGAGGAGAAGUGGACGCAAAUCUUGAAAGGCAAGAAUACGUCACACACCAUCGGCGAGCUGACUAUGGGCAAGGAGUACUCAUUCAGAGUCAAGGCACUCAAUGAAUCUGGAGAGGGUCCACCCACUGAGCUCACUGUCGUCGCCAAGGACCAGUUUGUGCUUCCUGACUGCAACUUGAGUAGUCUGCAUGACGGUUGCUGCGUGGUGAAGGAGGGCAGCACCACACGUAUCAACAUCCCCCUUAUUGGAGUGCCCCAUCCAACCGCCACCUGGAAGAAAGGCGACGUGAUGCUUGGAGACACGGGCCGAAUGUGCGUGGAGGCGUCUCAGGGUGUCACGACUCUGCUGAUCAGAGACUGCCAGAGAGGAGAUGCUGACACCUACAACAUCAACGUCAAGAACAGUGCCGGCUCCAAGGACUGCAAGUUCCAGCUGAAGGUGGUGGGCAAGCCUGGCAUCUGCACUGGGCCUAUUAAGUUUGAUGAGAUCACCGCUGAUGGCAUCACCCUGGAGUGGGCACCACCUAAAGAUGAUGGUGGUGCUGAGGUGUCCAACUACAUUGUUGAAAAAAGGAGGACCACAGAUAACAAAUGGGCCACAGUAGCCUCAGCCAUUCAGAAGACCACUAUGAGGGUGAUCAGGCUCCACGAUGGAAUAGAGUACAUUUUCAGAGUGUUUGCUGAGAACAAGUACGGGGUUGGAGAGUAUCUGAGGUCUGACCCAGUCAUUGCACGUCACCCAUUCGAUGUGCCAGAGGCACCUGCUCCUCCAGAAAUAGCGAGCAUCCGCCAUGAGUCAGCCAUCCUGACUUGGGCUGAUCCAAAAGACACUGGUGGCUCCCCAAUUACUGGAUAUCAUGUGGAGUUUAAGGAGAGGAACAGUCUGAUGUGGAAACGGGCCAGUAAGACUCCUCUUAGAGUGAAGGAGUGCAGAGUAACUGGCUUGAUAGAGGGACUAGAGUAUGAGUUCAGAGUGAUGGCCAUGAACAUGGCUGGUCUUGGAAAGGCAAGCAGGGCCACUGAGGCUGUGGUAGCCCUGGAUCCUAUUGAUCCUCCUGGCAAGCCUGAAGUGAUAAAUGUCACCAGGAGCACAGUCACUCUGAUUUGGACAGCUCCUAAAUAUGAUGGUGGCCAUAAGCUGACUGGCUACAUGGUGGAGAAGCUGGAGGCUGGUGGCAAGACCUGGAUGAAGGCCAAUCAUGUAAACAUCCAGGGUUGUGCAUUUACUGUGACUGACCUGACAGAGGGAUCUCAGUAUCAGUUCAGGAUCAGGGCCAAGAACGCUGCCGGGGCUAUUAGUGUCCCCUCAGAGCCUACUGAGCUUCUGACCUGCAAGGAUGAGUAUGAGCCUCCAACAAUUACCAUUGACCAAGACAUGAAGGAUGGUGUAUCAGUCAGGGCGGGAGACACCAUUGUGAUCUCAGCCUCCAAGAUUGUGGGCAAACCUCCACCCACUUCCGUCUGGUCAAAGGGAGGCCGUGAGUUCAAGACCUCUGACAUUGUCACCAUCACCAGCACUCCCACCUCCUCCACCCUCUCAAUCAAGUAUGCAAGCCGGAAGAACACAGGAGAGUACACGAUCACUGCUAGCAACCCCUUCGGUAUUAAGGAAGAACACAUUAAAGUGAAGGUGUUGGACGUACCUGGGCCUCCAGGCCCCAUCGAAGCCAGUAACAUUUCAGCUGAGAAGUGUACUCUGACCUGGCUUCCACCAGACGAAGAUGGAGGCUGCUCUAUCAAGUCCUAUAUCCUUGAGAAGAGAGAGACCAGCCGUCUGCAGUGGACCAAGCUAGCCGAAAACGUCAUUGACUGCAGAUAUGUAGCCAGUAAAUUGAUCAAGGGCAACGAGUACAUCUUUAGAGUGUCUGCUGUGAACCAGUAUGGCACUGGGGACUCAAGCCAGUCUGGUCCAGUCAAAAUGGUUGACAGUUUCCAUCCACCAGGUCCCCCCUCAGCCCCAGAGAUUGAUAAUGUUAGUAGGAAUGCUGUCACCAUUUCAUGGAGGAGACCAGCACAGGACGGGGGAAGUGACAUUAGAGGAUAUUGUGUAGAGAGGAAAGAGAGGAGAGGAAUGAGAUGGGUGCGAGCCUGUAAGAGGACAGUCCCUGACCUGCGCUUUAAGGUGCAAGGCCUAAGUGAGGGAGUAGAGUAUGAGUUUAGAGUCACUGCUGAGAACAAAGCUGGAUUUGGGGAGCCAAGUGAGCCAUCACAAUCUGUAAUGCCCAAGGACAUUGUGUAUCCACCUGGUCCUCCUUCUAACCCCAGAGUUACAGACACUACAAAAACUACAGCCACCUUUUCCUGGGGCCGACCCCACUAUGAUGGUGGUCUUGAAGUAGAGGGAUAUAUUGUUGAAUACAAAAAGGAGGGGCAUGAUGACUGGGAGACAGAAACACAGUACCCAUUGAAAGCUACUGAAUACGUAAUUGGUAAACUUCAAAAAGGAGGCAAAUACCACUUCAGAGUCUGUGCAGUAAACUCAGAGGGAGUUGGUGAGCCUGCAGAAGUGGAGAAAGUGACUGAACUGGUGGACCAGGAGUCGCUACCAGACUUUGAGCUGGAUGCUGAACUCAGGAGAACCCUGGUGGUCAGGUGCCGUGCUUCAAUCCGAAUGUUUGUUCCCAUCAGAGGUCGUCCCGUUCCUGAAGUAACUUGGAGCAAAGAUGAUACCAACCUGAAACAACGUGCACACAUUGACACCACAGAGUCCUACACUCUGCUGGUUAUUCCUGACUGCACCAGGUAUGAUGCUGGAAAGUAUAACCUUUGCCUAGAGAAUGUUGCUGGAAAGAAGACCGGCUUUGUUAAUGUGAAAGUUCUAGACACACCAGGACCACCAGUCAACCUCAAACCUCGAGAGAUCACUAAAAACAGCAUCACCCUCCAGUGGGAAAUCCCUAUAAUUGAUGGUGGUUCUAAGAUUCACAACUACAUUGUUGAAAAGAGAGAGGCCACCAAGAAGGCCUACACAGUACUUAGCACCACAUGGCAGAAAUGUUCCUUCAAGAUUCCAGACCUUGUGGAGGGAACUUACUACUACUUCCGCGUCACUGCUGAGAAUGACCUUGGCAUAGGUGAGCCAGCUGAAACUCCUGAGCCAAUCAGGGUGUCCCAGGCCCCCUCUGCGCCUGAAAACUUGUAUGUUACUGAUGUGACAGCUGACAGUGCCAGCCUGGCAUGGAUCAAGCCCCUUCAUGAUGGUGGCAGUUUGAUCACUGGAUAUGUUAUUGAGGCCCAGAAGAAAGAUACUGACCAGUGGGUCCAUAUGGCCACCAUCAAGGCUUUGGACUACACUGUCACAGAUCUGAUUGAGGGAGCAGAAUAUACCUUCCGCAUUAUGGCUGUCAAUGCAUCUGGCAGGAGUGAUCCCCGCGAGAGUAGGCCUGCUAUUAUCAAAGAGCAGACUUCUGCUCCUUCCUUUGACCUACGUGGAGUCUACCAAAAGACGGUCAUCGCCAAGUCAGGUGACCGUGUCAAGGUGGAAAUUCCAGUGCUCGGCAAACCAAGGCCUGUGGUUUCCUGGAAGAAGGGUGACAUAUCACUGAAGGAGACACAGCGAAUCAACACUGAAACCACACAAACAUCAACUAUCCUCAACAUUGGUGAGAUCAAGAGAACUGAUGGAGGCCAGUACUCCAUGACAGGAAAGAACAUGCUGGGUACAGUGACCGAGACGAUCACAAUCCUAGUCCAUGAUAUUCCAGGUCCUCCCACAGGUCCAAUCAAACUGGAUGAGGUCUCAUGUGAUUAUGUUCUCAUGUCUUGGGAGGCACCUGAGAACGAUGGGGGCGUACCCAUCAAUAACUAUAUUGUUGAGAUGCGGGAGACUACUGGUACUUCCUGGGUUGAGUUGGCGGCUACAGUGAUUCGCACCACAUUCAAGGCAGCCCGACUCAACACUGGAACCCAGUAUCAGUUCCGUGUGAAGGCCCAGAACAGAUAUGGCAUUGGACCAAGCAUUAUCUCUGAAUCAGUGGUGGCUGCCUAUCCAUUUGAUGUGCCAGGCCAGCCAGGCACUCCGGUGGUCACAUCUUUCAACAAGGAUGCAAUGACUCUGAGCUGGAAUGAGCCUUCCUCUGAUGGAGGUAGUGCCAUCCUAGGCUAUCAUGUGGACAGAAAAGAGAAAAACAGCAUUCUGUGGCAGAGAAUCAGCAGAGCACUUGUUGUUGGAAAUAUCUUUAAAUCUACAGGCCUUGUUGAUGGAAUCGCAUAUGAACACCGUGUUACUGCUGAAAACAUGGCCGGUCUCAGCAAACCAAGCAAACCAUCUGAGCCUAUGUAUGCUCUGGACCCAGUCGACCAACCAGGCAGGCCUGUGGCAGUUAAUAUCACCAGACAUGAGGUAACACUGUCAUGGAGAAAACCAGAGGGAGAUGGUGGAUUUUCCAUCACUGGAUACACCGUAGAGCGGAGAGAAAUGCCCAAUGGGCGCUGGCUUAAAGCCAACUUCAACAACAUCUUAGAGACCAUCUACACAGUCAGUGGUCUGACAGAGGAUGCAACUUAUGAAUUCCGUGUGACUGCCAAAAAUUCAGCUGGUGCUGUUAGCGCACCAUCACAAUCAUCAGAGGCAAUCACAUGCAGAGAUGACAUUGAAGAGCCCAGACUUGAUGUUGAUGCAUCAUACAGCAGCAAUGUUGUUGUUAUGGCAGGCGAGGUGUUUAAGCUAGAAGCCAGUGUGACUGGCAGGCCACUCCCAUCUCUGGUAUGGACCAAGGAAGGAAAGGAGCUUGCGGAUACAGCCAAGCUAGAGAUAAAGACAUCUGACUUCAGCACAACUCUAAUAAACAAAGAUUCUCUGAGGAGAGAUGGAGGUGUUUUUACUUUGACUGCCAGCAAUCCCGGUGGCUUUGCCAAGUUCACCUUCAAUGUCAAGGUACUCGACAGACCAGGACCACCAGACUCUCUCACUGUUACUGACGUCACUGCUGAGAAAUGUGUCCUUAAUUGGUUGCAUCCAACACAUGAUGGUGGUGCCAAGAUUGAGUACUUUAUCAUUCAAAGGCGUGAGACCAGUAGGUUGGCGUGGACAAAUGUGGCCACAGACCUUCAGGCAAACAGGUUCAAGGUCACCAAGCUUCUGAAGGGGAAUGAGUACAUCUUCAGAGUCAUGGCUGUUAACAAGUAUGGUGUGGGUGAGCCCUUUGAGUCUGAACCUGUCAUCUGUGCCAACCCCUAUGUCCCCAGUGAUCCACCACAGCAGCCUGAAGUCACUACAAUUACCAAGGACUCCAUGGUUGUCUGCUGGGAGCGCCCUGAACAUGAUGGAGGCAGCAGAAUAAACACCUACGUAAUUGAGAGAAGGGAUAAAACUGGUUUGCGCUGGGUGAAGUGCAAUAAGAGGACUGUAACUGACCUGCGAUUCAAAGUCUCAGGCCUCACACCAGGACAUGAAUAUGAAUUCAGAGUUCUUGCUGAGAACAAUGCUGGUCUAAGCCAGCCUAGUCCUUCCAGUCCAUUCUACAAAGCUGUAGACACCAUUUUCCAGCCUGGACCUCCAGGAAACCCAAGAGUGCUGGACACAACCAAGUCAUCUAUCACCCUUGCCUGGAACAAGCCUGUCUAUGACGGUGGUUCUGAAAUCACUGGUUACAUUGUGGAGACUUGCCUCCCUGAGGAGGAUGAGUGGACAAUUCACACUCCCAAGAAGGGAUGGACAGCUACGUCUUUCACCAUCACCAGUCUAAAGGAAAACCAAGAGUACAAAAUAAACAUCUGUGCCACAAAUUGUGAAGGAGUGGGCGAGCCUGCAGCUGUUCCUGGAUCUCCAAAAGCAGAAGACAGACUGCUUCCUCCAGAAAUUGAACUUGGCGCAGAGCUGCGUAAGGUUGUCUGCAUCAGAGCCUGUAGCACACUCAGACUCUUUGUUCCUAUUAAGGGCAGACCAGCACCUGAGGUAAAAUGGUCAAGAGAGCAUGGGGAAUCACUGGACAGAGCUAACAUUGAAAUCACUUCAUCAUUUACCACUCUUCAGGUAGAAAAUGUUGACAGGUUUGAUGGAGGUAAAUACAUCGUGACUGUAGAGAAUGCCUCAGGAAGCAAGAGCGCUUUUGUUAAUGUCAGAGUGCUAGAUACUCCUGGAGCACCUCAGAAUCUGAUUGUCAAGGAGGUCACUAGAGAUUCAGUUUCCCUUGUGUGGGACGCACCUCUGAUUGAUGGUGGUUCCAGAGUCCGCAACUACAUUGUGGAGAAGCGUGAGUCAACAAGAAAGGCCUAUUCAACAGUCUGUGCCAGCUGCCAUAAGUCUAGUUGGAAAGUUGGAGACCUGGAUGAAGGAAAGAUGUACUUCUUCAGAAUCCUGGCUGAAAACGAAUAUGGUAUUGGGCUCCCAGUAGAGACUCUUGAGCCCAUUAAAGUGUCAGAGAAGCCUUUACCACCAGGUAAAGUGUCCCUUGGUGAAGUUACUGGCACAAGCGUAACACUUACUUGGGAAAAGCCAGACCAUGAUGGUGGCAGCAGAAUCACAGGCUAUAUUGUUGAAAUGCAGGGUAAAGGCAGUGAGAAAUGGACCCAGGUUAUGGUGGUAAAGACCAAUGAGGCUGUUGUAACUGGCCUUACACAAGGAGAGGAGUAUAUGUUCCGCAUCUCAGCUACCAAUGAAAAGGGAACAAGUGACCCACGUCCUCUGAGUGUGCCUGUGGUGGCUAAAGACCUGGUCAUUUCACCAACCUUCAAACUGCAUUUUACCACCUUCAGUGUGCUAGCAGGAGAUGACCUCAAGAUAGAUGUACCUUAUGCUGCCUGUCCUAAGGCUACAGCAACUUGGCUCAAAGAAGGUGUUGUUCUAAAGGAGACAACCAGAGUUAAUGCUGAAACCACCGACAAAAACCUUCUCCUGGUUAUUAAGGAGGCUUGCAGAGAUGAUGUGGGCACCUACACUAUCAGACUGACCAACACAGCUGGAGAGGCAUCUAUAGACAUCAGUGUUGUUGUUCUAGAUAAACCUGGUCCUCCAACAGGCCCAAUAAAGCUGGAUGAGGUCACCGCUGACAGUGUGAUCCUGUCCUGGAAUCCACCAGAGUAUGAUGGUGGUUGCACUAUCAACAAUUACAUUGUUGAGAAGAGAGACACAUCUACCACCAAUUGGCAAAUUGUGUCAGCAACAGUGGCCAGAACCACAAUCAAGGCAGCCCGUUUGAAGACCGGAUGUGAGUACCAGUUUAGGAUUGCUGCAGAGAACAGAUAUGGAAAGUCUUCAGUUCUGCUCUCUGAGACCAUUAUUGCUCAGUAUCCAUUUGAAGUGCCCAGCCAACCACGUUCGGUUGUGGUCCAGUCAGCCACCAAGGAAAGCAUGGUGGUUGUAUGGGAGAAACCCAGCAAUGAUGGUGGAAGCAAAAUUCUGGGUUACCACUUGGAGCUCAAAGAGAGAAACAGUAUACUGUGGGUGAAACAGAACAAACAACUUAUCCCAGAGACCAGAUUCAAGGUUGUUGGCCUUGAGGAAGGUAUUGAUUAUGAGUUCAGAGUCUAUGCUGAGAACAUUGUUGGCCUCAGCAAAGCUAGCAAACUGAGUGAAAUGCAAGUGGCCAGAGAUCCAUGUGACAGACCAGGAAAACCAGAGGCUGUAAUUGUGACAAGAAACAAAGUGACACUCAGGUGGACCAAACCUGAGUAUGAUGCUGGUGUCAAGAUCACAGGCUAUGUGGUUGAGAAGAAGGAGGGAUCUGGCCGCUGGAUGAAGGCCAGUUUCACAAACAUUAUUGAAACUGAAUUUGCUGUCACAGGACUUACUGAAGAUCAGAUUUAUGAGUUUCGUGUAAUUGCCAGGAAUGCAGCAGGUGUUUCCAGUCAGCCCUCUGACUCUACUGGAGCUAUCACUGCCAAGGAUGAAGUUGAUCCACCCAAGAUUGACUUGGAAGCUAAGUACUCCCAGGCUGUAGUAGUUAAUGCUGGUGACUCUUUCAAGCUUGAGGCGUCUACAUAUGGUAAGCCUGUGCCCACAGUACACUGGCUUAAGGAUGGCCACGCGAUUACUGAAGCCGCUCGCCUCGAGAUUAAGAAUACAGAUUUUACAGCUUGUAUAGUUGUUAAAGAAGCCAUCCGUGUUGAUGGGGGACAGUAUACUUUGCUAGUAAAGAAUGUUGGAGGAGAGAAGUCUGUUAACAUCAAUGUCAAGGUUCUAGACAGACCAGGUCCACCUGAGGGCCCUAUCUCAAUCUAUGGAGUCACCAAAGAGAAAUGCUCCAUUUCCUGGAAACCUCCCCUGCAAGAUGGUGGUAGUGAUGUUUCCCAUUACAUUGUUGAGAGAAGGGAAACCAGCAGACUGGUUUGGACUGUAGUUGAACCAAAAGUUCAGACAUUGAACUUGAAGAUCACAAAACUUCUUCCUGGAAAUGAGUACAUCUUCAGAGUGAUUCCAGUCAACAAAUAUGGAGUUGGUGAGCCUCUGGAAUCUGACCCAAUGAUUGCCAGAAAUCCAUUUGUCACUCCCAACCCACCAACUGAGGUAGAGGUCUCCACAAUCACCAAAGACUCCAUGGUGGUGACAUGGGAGAGACCAACCAAUGAUGGUGGCAGCCCCAUCCAGGGAUACAUCGUUGAAAAACGUGACAAGGAUGGUGUGAGAUGGACUAGGUGCAACAAGCGCACGGUGAGUGAGCUGCGCUUCAGAGUGACAGGGCUCAUAGAAAACCACAGCUAUGAAUUCAGAGUUGCUGCUGAGAAUGCUGCAGGUGUUGGCACACCUAGUGCACCAACAGUGUACUACAAGGCAUUAGAUCCCAUCUUCAAAGCAGGCCCACCAAACAACCCCAAGGUGGUGGACACAUCUAGGUCCACUGUUUCCCUGACAUGGGGCAAACCUAUUUAUGAUGGUGGCUGUGAGAUUCAGGCUUACAUUGUUGAGGCUUGCAAUGGGGCAUCUGAUGAGUGGUUUAUGUGUACUCCUGCCACUGGAAUCACGGACACUAAGUUUACAGUGAAAAAGCUUCUGGAGAAGCAUGAGUACCAAUUCAGAGUGUGUGCCAUCAACAAAGUUGGUGUGGGUGAGCAUGCUGACUUUCCAGGAAAAAUUAUUCUAGAGGAGAAGCUUGAGGCUCCUGAUCUUGAACUGGAUGCCGAUAUGAGAAAGAUGAUCAACAUUAGAUCAGCAAGCACUCUCAGGCUGUUUGUCCCUGUUAGAGGUCGUCCAGCACCUGAGGUGAAAUGGGGCAAGGCUGACGGUGAGAUUAAGGAGACUGCACAGAUUGACAAUACUGGCAGCUACGCAUCACUUGUCAUUGAGAAUGUUGACAGAUUUGACAGUGGGAAGUACACUCUAACUGCAGAGAAUGCCAGUGGAGUGAAGUCAGUAUUCAUCAGUGUCAGAGUCCUUGAUUCACCUAGUCCACCAACCAACUUCAUAGUCAAAGAGAUUACCAAGAAUUCUGUCACUCUUACAUGGGAGCCUCCACAUCUGGAUGGUGGCUCAAAGAUUAAGCAUUAUAUUGUUGAGAAGCGUGAAAGCACCAGAAAAGUUUACUCUCCCAUCACCACCUGCAACAGAAUGUCAUGGAAAGUUGAACCUCUUCCAGAGGGUGGUAUCUUCUUCUUUAGAGUCUUGGCUGAAAAUGAAUAUGGUGUUGGUCUCCCAGCUAAAACUAUAGAACCAAUUAAGAUAUCUGAGAAACCUCAGCCACCUGGAAAAGUCAGUGUUGUUGAUGUCACCUGUAGCACAGUAACUCUUGCGUGGGAAAAGCCUGAACAUGAUGGUGGCAGCAGGAUCAGUUACUAUGAAGUCGAACUGGCACCCAAGGACAGUGAAGCUUGGUCUGUGUGUGCUAGUGUUAAGGCAUUGGAGACUGUAGUGACAAACCUACUUAAGGGAGAGGAGUACCAGUUCAGAGUUGCUGCUGUUAAUGACAAGGGCAAAAGUGAUCCCAGACAACUUGUCCAAUCAGUUGUAGCAAAGGACCUUGUAAUUGAACCUGCUGUAAGGCCGAAAGUGAGCAGCUACAGUGUUCAGGUGGGAUAUGACCUCAAAAUUGAGGUCCCCAUUGCUGGUCAUCCAAAGCCAACCAUCACUUGGACCAAGGAUGGAGCUGCCCUAAAGCAGACAACUAGGGUCAAUGUCACAGACUCGGCACGUCACACCACUCUCACCAUAAAGGAUGCUACCAAAGAGGAUGGCGGCAUGUACAGUAUCAACAUUGCCAAUGCCCUGGGUUCCAAGGAUGCUACUAUUGAGGUGAUCACCCUGGACAAACCAGGGCCACCAACAGGCCCUGUCAAGUUGGAGGACAUCAGUGCUGAGAGUAUCACUCUUAGCUGGGAACCUCCUACAUAUACAGGUGGCUGCCAAAUCUCCAACUAUGUAGUGGAGAAGAGAGAUACAACUACAACCAACUGGGUGGUUGUAUCUGCCACUGUGGCCAGAACCACGCUUAAAGUGAGCAAUCUGAAAACAGGGGCUGAAUACCAGUUCAGAAUCUAUGCUGAGAAUAGAUAUGGAAAAAGUUAUGCAAUUGACUCAGCGCCUGUUUUAGCACAGUAUCCAUUCCAGGAGCCUGGCCCACCAGGAACACCAUUUGUUUCUUCAUAUACUAAAGACUAUAUGGUGGUGGAGUGGCACAAACCCCCAUCAGAUGGAGGCAGUGCCAUCUUGGGCUACCAUUUGGAGAGGAAAGAGAAGAACAGUAUCCUCUGGACAAAGAUUAAUAAAAUGCUCAUCCAAGACUGCAGGUUCAAAUCUACUCCUCUUGAGGAAGGCAUUGAGUAUGAGUAUAGAGUUUAUGCUGAGAACAUUGUUGGCAUUGGAAAAUGCAGCAAAGUCUCUGAAGUUUAUGUAGCCCGUGACCCAUGUGAUCCUCCUGGCUGCCCUGAGGCUUUGAUUGUGACCAGGCACUCAGUGAAGCUUAAAUGGACACCCCCACAGUAUGAUGGUGGAAGCUUAGUUACUGGAUAUGUAGUGGAGAAACGUGACCUUCCUGAAGGGAAAUGGAUGAAGGCUAGCUUUGCAAACAUCAUUAACCAUGAAUUCACAGUUACUGGCCUGACAGAAGACAGUAAAUACGAUUUUAGAGUAAUUGCAAGGAAUGCAGCUGGUGCUGUCAGCAAGCCUUCUGAGAGCACAGGAUCCAUCACAGCAAAGGAUGAAGUUGAACCGCCUAAGUGUGAGACAGAUCCUAUGUAUAACCAGACCAUUGUUAUCAAUGCUGGGGAGACUUUCAGCCUGGAGGCCAUUGUGGAAGGAAAGCCCAUCCCCACAGCUCAGUGGUUCAAAGGAAAUCUUGAGGUGGAAAACUCAGCAAGAGCUGAGAUAAAAAAUACAGACUUCAAGGCUUUGCUUGUUGUGAAGGAUGCCAUCAGAGUGGAUGGUGGACAGUACACACUGGUUCUGACUAAUGUGGCUGGAACUAAAACUGUCCCAUUCAGUGUGAAGGUCCUGGACAGACCAGGCCCAUCAGAGGGACCUCUUACUGUGAGCAAUGUCACAGAAGAGAAGUGCUCAUUGUCAUGGCUGCCACCCACGCAUGAUGGAGGCGCCAGCAUUUCUCACUACAUCAUUCAAAAGAGAGAAACAAGCCGCCUAGCAUGGACUGUUGUCUCUGGUGACUGUGGAGCUACCAUGUUCAAGGUUACCAAACUUUUGAAGGGCAAUGAGUACAUUUUCAGAGUCAUGGCUGUCAACAAAUACGGUGUUGGUGAGCCUCUUGAAUCAGUGCCAGUUAUCAUGAGAAAUCCGUUUGUUCCUCCUGGCUCACCUCAGGAGCUUGAGAUCACCAACAUUACUAGGGACUCCAUGACUGUCUGCUGGAACCGCCCAGAGACCACUGGAGGCAGUGAAAUCGGCGGAUACAUUGUUGAGAAGAGAGACAGAGCUGGAGUGAGAUGGACCAAGUGCAACAAACGCAGAGUGACAGACUUGCGUUUCAGAGUAACAGGACUGACUGAGGAUCAUGAAUAUGAAUUCAGAGUUUCAGCUGAGAAUGCAGCUGGAGUGGGUCAGCCAAGCACAUGUACACCUUACCUCAAAGCCUGUGACCCUACCUUUGAACCAGGUUCUCCCACCAAUGCUCAUGUGGUCGACACAGCUAAAGACUCCAUCAGCCUGGCCUGGCAUCGACCCAUCUAUGAUGGUGGAUGUGAGAUUCAAGGUUAUGCUGUAGAAAUUACCAAGGCUGAUGAGGAGGAGUGGACUAUAUGCACCCCACCCUCUGGAGUUAAUGCUACCAAGUUUACCAUCUCCAAGUUGAUAGAGCACCAGGAAUACAAGGUGCGCAUAUGUGCCAUCAAUAAGUUGGGUGUUGGUGAGCCCACUGAGAUUCAAGGAGUUGUGAAACCCAUCGAUAAGAUUGAUCCUCCAGAAAUGAUUCUAGAUUCACAGCUUAGAAAGGGAAUAGUUGUUCGCGCAGGAGGCUCAAUGAGAAUCUGCAUUCCAUUCAAGGGACGUCCUACUCCUGAGAUCAGCUGGGCCAAGGAGGAUGGAGAACUGCCAAGUAAAGUUCAGAUAGAGACUGGUGAAGACUAUACCCAGCUCUCCGUUGACAUCUGUGAUAAAUAUGAUGCUGGAAAAUACAUCCUCAACUUGGAAAAUAGUGCUGGCACAAAAUCAGCCUUUGUCUCUGUUAAAGUUCUGGACACCCCAGGGGCCCCACUGAAUCUAACAGUAAAAGACAUUAAGAGGCAAAGCGUCACUCUGACCUGGGAGCCUCCACUUAUUGAUGGUGGUGCAAGAAUCAAGAAUUACCUGGUUGAAAAGCGUGAGUCCACCAGGAAGGUUUACUCUAAUGUAGACAACAAAUGCACAAAGACAAGCUACCGUAUCACUGGCCUCACUGAGGGAGCUAUUUACUAUUUCAGAGUCUUGGCAGAAAACGAGUUUGGCAUUGGACAGCCAGCUGAGACAGAGGACUGUGUCAAGACCUCUGAGCCUCCUCUGUCUGUGGGUAAGGUCACUUUGACAGAAGUGACAAAAACCACAGCCUCACUUUCCUGGGAGAAGCCUGAUCAUGAUGGAGGCAGCAGAAUCAUGGGCUACUACAUUGAGAUGCAGCCUGUAGGCUCAGAGGAAUGGGUGGUGGCAGCCACAUCAAAAAUCUGUGAGGGAACUGUAACAGGCCUCAGUGCAGGACAUGAGUACCUGCUUAGAGUGUCAGCUUUCAAUGAGAAGGGCAAGAGUGACCCCAGGCCUCUGGCUGCCCCAGUCACUGCUAAAGAUGUAACUAUCGAACCCAGAUUCAAGAUGAGGUUCAACACUUACAGUUUACCAUGUGGUGAUGAUCUGAAGAUUGAUAUUUCAGUGCUUGGACGCCCUGUUCCCAAGGUGGAAUGGAAGAAGGAUGGACAGGCUCUUAAAGAGACAACUAGACUAAAUGUAACCAGCACACCAUCAUCGACUAAACUGUGCAUCAAGGAUGCAAAUAAGGAAGAUUCUGGUAAAUAUACAGUCACAGCCACAAGCAGUGUGGGAACAGCUACGGAGGAGAUUACAGUUAUUAUUCUUGAUAAGCCUGGCCCACCCACAGGCCCUGUGAAGAUUGAUGAGGUGAGCUCAAAUUAUAUGUGUCUGUCAUGGGAGCCACCGCAGUAUACUGGAGGUUGUCAGAUCAACAACUACAUUGUGGAGAAGAGAGACACCACCACAACAGCAUGGCAAAUUGUAUCUGCUACUAUUGCCAGGACAACCAUCAAAGUCACCAAUUUGAAGACUGGAGUUGAAUAUCAAUUUAGAGUGUCUGCUGAAAAUAGAUAUGGAAAGAGUUCUGCAAUUAUAUCUACCGCUGUUAUUGCUCAGUAUCCAUUCAGUGAGCCUGCUGCACCAGGAACACCAAUUAUUUCUGCUGCAACAAAGGAUAACAUGGUUGUUGAGUGGAAAGCUCCCACCAACAACGGAGGAAGUCCCAUCCUUGGCUAUCACCUUGAGAGGAAGGAGAAAAACAGCCUCUUGUGGACUAAACUUAACAAGCUGCUAAUCCCAGACACACGUUUUAAGACUACAGAGUUGGAAGAAGGUAUUGAGUAUGAAUUCAGAGUUUAUGCUGAGAACAUUGCUGGACUCAGCCCAGUUAGCAAGAUCUCUGAGAGUACAGUAGCCAGGGACCCCUGUGACCCGCCAGGCACUCCCGAGGCUAUUGAAAUCACCAGAAACCUUGUGACACUCCAGUGGACCAGGCCUCAGUAUGAUGGAGGCAGUGCAAUCACUGGCUAUGUGAUUGAGAGAAGGAAACACCCCGAUACCCGCUGGAUGAAGGCCAGCUUCACCAACAUAAUUGAUACCCAGUUCACACUCACUGGCCUGACUGAGGACUGUGUAUAUGAGUUCAGAGUCAUUGCCAGGAAUGCUGCUGGCAUUUCCAGCUGUCCCUCUGAAAGCACAGGGGAAAUUACGGCCAAAGAUGAAAUUGAGGCUCCAGAUGCAACCUUGGAUUCUAAAUUCAAGGAUCUGACUGUCGUUAAUGCUGGUGAGACAUUCAUCAUUGAUGCAGACUACACUGGCAAGCCUCUGCCUGAGGUCAUUUGGUUAAAGGAAGGAAAAGAGAUCGACAAAACAACACCAAGAAUGGAGAUCAAGACCACACUCACAAGAACCAUCCUGACAGUCAAGGAGUGUAUCAGGGUGGAUGGUGGCCACUUUGUCCUCAAACUUGUCAAUGUGGGAGGAGUCAAGAUGAUCCCAGUUAAUGUUAAAGUUCUGGAUAGACCUGGUCCUCCAGAUGGACCACUAGAAGUCAAAGGGGUGACAGCUGAGAAGUGUUAUCUGCACUGGAACCAUCCUUCACAUGAUGGUGGAGCAAGUAUCUCUCACUACAUCAUUGAGAAGAGAGAGACCAGUCGUUUGUCAUGGACCAUGGUUGAGCCUAAGAUACAGGCAAUCAGCUAUAAAAUCACAAAACUCCUGCCUGGCAAUGAAUACAUCUUCAGAGUCACUGCUGUGAAUAAAUAUGGCAUUGGUGAGCCUUUAGAAUCUGACCCUGUUAUUGCUCGUAACCCCUUCACCACUCCCAGUGCCCCCUCCAAUCUAGAGGCUGGUGUUGUCACUAGGGACUCCAUAGUGCUUACCUGGGAGAGACCAGAGGAUAAUGGAGGAGCUGAGAUUGAAGGAUAUAUCCUUGAAAAGCGUGACAAGGAUGGCAUCAGAUGGAUGAAGUGCAACAAGAAGAGACUGAAUGACCUGAGAUUCAGAUGCACUGGCCUUACAGAGGGUCACUCCUAUGAAUUCAGGGUCUCAGCAGAAAAUGCUGCUGGUGUGGGAAAGCCUAGUGCACCAUCUGAAUACAUCAAGGCCUGUGAUGCCAUUUAUCCACCAGGGCCUCCAAAUAACCCCAAAGUCACCGACCAUUCAAGCACCACAGUCUCUUUGUCCUGGUCCAGACCUAUCUAUGAUGGUGGAGCACAGAUAAGUGGCUAUAUUGUUGAAAUGAAGGAGGCAGCAGAUGAUGAAUGGAUCAUUUGUACACCAUAUACUGGUGUCCAGGAUACCCACUACACUGUAAAGAGACUGAAAGAGAAUGCAGAGUACAAUUUCCGCAUCUGUGCUGUAAACUGUGAGGGAGUGGGAGAGCCCGUGGACCUACCUGUAUCAGUGAUCGCUGCUGAGAAGCUUGAGGCUCCUGAGAUUGAAUUAGAUGCUGACCUGAGGAAGAUGGUCAAUAUUCGUGCCACUGCCACCUUGCGUCUGUUUGUGACAAUCAGAGGAAUGCCUGAGCCUGAGGUCAAAUGGUCAAAGGCUGAUGGCACUCUGAAUGAGCGUGCCCAAAUUGAAGUCACAAGCUCUUACACAAUGCUGGUGAUUGAAAAUGUUGACAGAUUUGACACUGGCAAAUAUGUACUGACCCUUGAAAAUCUCAGUGGCUUUAAAUCAGCCUUCAUCAAUGUCAGAGUUCUGGAUUCCCCAAGCGCUCCUACCAACUUAGAGGUUAAGGAUGUGAAGAGAAGUUCGGUCUCUCUGUCCUGGGAGCCUCCUCUAAUUGAUGGUGGGGCUAAGAUAUCACACUACAUUGUGGAAAAGAGAGAGCAGAAAAGGAUGGCUUUCACCAGUGUUUGCACCAACUGUGUGAGGAACUCUUACAUAAUUUCUGACCUGCAGGAGGGAGGGCGAUAUUAUUUCCGUGUAUUGGCUGUGAAUGAGCUGGGGGUAGGUCUGCCUGCCUCCACAGAUCAAGUCAAGGUGUGUGAGGCUCCUUUGCCUCCUGGUAAGAUUGUUGUGGUAGAUGUGACUCGUCAUACUGUUACCCUUUCCUGGGAGAAACCUGACUAUGAUGGAGGCAGCAAAAUUACAAAUUAUAUUGUGGAGAUGCAGCCCAAGGGAGAGGACAAAUGGACUGUAUGCAGUGAAGUCAAAGCACUGGAAGCUACUAUUGACGGACUUGCAACCGGAGAGGAAUAUGCCUUCAGGGUAAUUGCUGUAAAUGACAAGGGCAAGAGUGAUGCCAAGCCCCUGGCUACCCCUGUGGUGGUGAAGGACAUCACAAUGGAGCCCAUCAUCAACCUGCUGUUUGAUACAUACAGUGUAAAAGCAGGAGAUGACUUGAAGAUUGAUGUUCCGUUCAGAGGCAGACCUCAGCCUGAGGCGUCCUGGAAAAAGGACGGACAGUUGCUUAAGCAGACAACAAGAGUCAAUGUUCUUUCUUCAAAGACUUCAUCCAAGAUUUUGAUCAAAGAUGCAACCAAGGAUGAUGUAGGAAAGUAUGAGAUUACUCUGACUAACUCAGUUGGCACCAAGACAGCUGAAAUAUCUGUUAUUAUCUUAGACAAACCUGGCCCACCAAGCAACAUUAAAGUGGAUGAGGUGAGCGCUGACUUCAUCUCUCUGUCUUGGGAUCCUCCAACCUAUGAGGGCGGAUGCCAGAUCAACAACUAUGUGGUGGAGAAGAGAGACACUACCACGACCACAUGGCAGAUUGUUUCUGCAACAGUAGCCAGGACAUCAAUCAAAGUAUCACGUCUGACUCAAGGAACAGAGUACCAGUUCCGUAUUGCAGCUGAGAAUCGUUAUGGCAAGAGUCAUGCAAUUGACUCUGCUCCUGUUGUUGCUCAGUAUCCCUUCGAGCCUCCCGGCCCUCCAACCAACCUACAUGUUGCUCAUGCCACCAAGUAUGGCAUGCUUGUGGUAUGGGGCCGACCUGCCAGUGAUGGUGGAAGCCCUGUUAUUGGUUAUCACAUUGAAUGCAAAGACCAAAGCAGCAUCUUGUGGACCAAAGUCAACAGAGCUCUGCUAGCUGAGAACCAAUUCAAAAUGACAGGCAUUGAAGAAGGCCUGCUGUAUCAGUUUAGAGUCUAUGCUGAGAAUCUUGCUGGCAUUGGUCCAUGCACUAAGGCCAGUGACGCUGUAGCCGCCAGGGAUCCAUGUGAACCUCCACGUAACCUUAGAGUCACCAACAUUACCAGGACAUCAGUUUCCCUUUUCUGGGAUAAGCCAGAGUAUGAUAGCAGCGCAAAGGUUACUGGCUACAUUGUUGAGCGUAAAGAACUUCCAAAUGGCCGCUGGCUGAAAUGUAACUUCACCAACCUGCAAGACACCUACUUCGAUGUCACAGGCCUCACAGAAGAUGUCCAAUAUGACUUCCAUGUCAUUGCUAAGAAUUCUGCAGAGUUGUUGAGUGCUCCCUCUGAGAGCACUGGUCCUGUCACAGUCAAGGAUGAUGUGGACCCUCCCACUAUUAUCCUGGAAGAUAAGUUGAGACAGCUGGUUGUCAUUAAGGCGGGAGAGAUCCUAAGAAUUGAUGCUGAAAUCACAGGCCGUCCACUCCCAGUUGUCUCAUGGUCUAAGGAUGGAAAGGAGAUCCAGGCCAAGGCCAGGUGUGAGAUCACCUCGACUAACUUUGCAACCACACUGAUUGUCAGAGACGCUAUUAGGAGGGACUCUGGUCAGUAUGUCCUGACCCUGCAUAAUGUGGCAGGAACCAGGUCCGUUGCUGUCAAUUGUAAGGUUCUGGACAGACCUGGACCUGCCUCAGGUCCUUUGGCAGUGUCUGGCCUCACAGCAGAGAAAUGCACAAUAUCUUGGGGACCCCCUCAGGAGAAUGGUGGUGCUGAAAUCAUGCAUUACAUUGUGGAGAAACGUGAGACCAGUCGCCUUGCAUGGACUCUUGUCUAUGGUGACAUGAAGGCAACCACCUGUAAAGUGACCAAGCUGCUCAAAGGAAAUGAAUACAUCUUCAGAGUCAGGGGAGUAAACAAAUAUGGUGAUGGUGAGGCCCUGGAGAGUGACCCAACAAAGGCCAUGGAUCCAUUCACUGUGCCUGCAGCUCCCACUAACGUCCAGGUCACCUCCGUUACUAGUGAGGCAAUGACCAUAUGUUGGGAAAGACCAAUUUCUGAUGGUGGCAGUAGUAUCGCCGGCUAUGUCAUUGAAAAGCGAGAGAAAACUGGCCUUCGAUGGUGCCGUGUCAACAAGAAACCUGUUUAUGACCUCAGAGUCAAAGCCUCACGCCUUCGUGAGGGCAGUGAGUAUGAGUACAGAGUGUUUGCAGAGAAUGCUGCUGGUCUCAGUGCUCCCAGUAUCCCUUGUCCACUCACCAAGGCUGAAGACCCCCAGUUCUUGCCCUCACCUCCUGCUAAGCCUAAGAUCAUUGACUCUACAAAGUCCACAGUAACAUUGUCAUGGAACAAGCCACUAUUUGAUGGUGGAGCACCUGUGACUGGUUACAGAGUAGAAUACAGGAAGACUUUAGAUGAUGAAUGGAUUGUUGGAGUCCAGAACACCAAGAACACAGAGUUUACAGUGGUAAAAUUGACACCUGGGGCUGAAUAUGUGUUUGUUGUCAAGUCCAUUAACAAGAUUGGAGUCAGUGAGCCCAGUCCUGAGUCAGAUAAACAGAUCGCAAAAGAAAGAGAGGAGGAGCCAGUCUUUGACAUCAGCAAUGAGAUGAGGAAGACUCUUAUUGUGAAGGAUGGCAGCUCAUUCACCAUGACAGUGCCCUUCAGAGGCAAACCAAUCCCCACAGUUACAUGGACUAAGCCUGAUGUUGACCUUAGAGUUCGUGCUGUAAUUGAUACCACAGACACCUUCACUUCCAUCACCUUAGAGAAAGCAACUCGCAAUGACUCGGGCAAAUACACUGUCACAUUGUCCAGUGUAGCUGGAACCUCCUCUUUGGCUCUCAAUGUCAGAGUCCUGGACUCACCUGGAGCCCCUGCCCGUGUAGAGGUCAAGGAUGUGACCAAAACCUCUGCUACUGUCACUUGGGACACUCCAGAGAAUGAAGGAGGCGGACCAGUCAAGAACUACCUUGUUGAUAUCCGUGAGGCCAGCAAGAAAGGCUGGACCAGGUUGACUGACACAUGCCACAGACUGACAUACAAGGUGACAGACCUGAAGGAGGGGGAAGUCUACUACUUCAGAGUAACAGGAGAGAAUGAGUACGGUGUUGGUGUUUCUGCUGAGACCAAAGAAGGAACCAAGAUCACAGAAAAACCAAGCCCACCACCAAAAUUGGGUGUAACUGAGGUGACCAAGGAGAGUGUGACCCUGGCCUGGGCUAAACCAGAACAAGAUGGAGGCAGCAGAAUUACUGGCUACCUGAUAGAAGCUCUGGAGAAGGGCCAGGAGAAGUGGGUUAAGUGUGGUGUAACCAAGUUCAUCCACUUCACAGUUUCUGGUCUGAGGGAGAAUGCUGAGUACUUCUUCAGAGUCAGAGCAGAGAACCAUGCUGGAUUCAGUGAUAUUAAGGAAAUGGUCACCCCUGUAAUGGUGAAAGACCAGUUUGAAUCUCCAGAGAUCAUCAUGAAGGACUUCCCCCACAACACUGUGUAUGUAAGAGCCGGCUCCACUCUCAAGUGUGAGAUCCCACUGACAGGUCGGCCUUUGCCUAAAGUCAGCCUGUCCAAGGAUAAUGUGCCGCUCAAAUCAACAAUGAGAUUUAAUUCUGAAGUCACUCUGGACAGCAUCAAGAUCACUUUGCGCGAAAGCAUUGCUGGGGACUCAGGACGAUAUGAUAUCACUGCAUCCAACUCAAGUGGAACCACCAAGUCUUUCGUAAAUAUUGUGGUUCUGGACCGCCCCAGUGCCCCACUUGGACCUGUGGAACUGUACGAUGUCACAGAAGACAGUGUGAGCCUAAAGUGGCUCCCACCGGCAUAUGAAGGUGGCAGCCCCAUCACCAAUUACAUUAUCCAGAAGAGAGAGACAACAACAGCCAACUGGAUGGAUGUGUCUUCUGCUGUGGCUCGCUGUACCAUGAAGAUAAUGAAGCUGACAACUGGCCUGGAAUACCAGUUCAGAAUCAGAGCUGAGAACAGAUAUGGAAUCAGUGAGCACAUCGACUCACCAACAGUCACUGUCAGCCUUCCUUACACUAUUCCUGAUGCACCAUCGACUCCAGAGAUCACUGCUGUAACCAGGGAGACCAUCACUGUGACCUGGAAGGAGCCUAAGUCAGAUGGUGGCAGCCAUGUGUUUGGCUACCAUCUCCAGAUGAAAGACAGAAACAGCAUCCUUUGGCAGAGAGUCAACAAAAUGGUGAUCCGUGCAACACAUUUCAAGGUCACCAGCAUCAAUGCUGGACUUAUUUAUGAGUUCAAGGUGGCAGCAGAGAAUGCUGCUGGAAUUAGUGCCUUCAGCAAGGUUUCUGAUGCAGUGCUGGCUAUUGAUGCCUGUGAGCCACCCAUCAACUUGCGCAUCAGUGACAUCACCAAGAACUCCAUUAGCCUAGCCUGGCAGAAGCCCAACUAUGACGGUGGAUCCCCGAUCACUGGCUACAUCAUUGAGAAGAGAGAGGGCACUGGUGCCAGAUGGUCCAAGACUAACCUUACCAAUGUCACAGACACCCGCUUCACUGUGACUGGCCUUACCCAGGACGAGACGUACGAGUUCAGAGUCAUGGCUAAAAAUGCUGUUGGCUCAGUUAGCAACUCAUCUAUAACUGCUGGGCCAGUUACAUGUGUGGAUACCUAUGGUGCCCCAGAGAUUGAAAUACCUCAGGAGUAUCUGAAUGAGGUUAAGUACAUGGCUGACUCUAAUGUGGAGCUUAAGUUUAAUAUCACAGCCAAACCUGCUCCCAGUAUUGAGUGGUUUAAGGAUGGCAGAGAGCUUAAGCCCACUGCCCAACUCUCUUUCAAACACACAUCUGAAUCAACCAGUUUGUUCUUGAGGGAAACCACUCGUCUGAACUCUGGAACCUAUGAGGUCAAGGUGAAGAACUCCCUAGGAUCUGCAUGUGGCCUUGUCAGGCUGCUCAUUCAAGACAAGCCAGGCCCCCCCGAUGGAGAGAUUCAGUUUAAGAAGGUGACAGCUGACAACAUCACCAUCAUGUGGUCCCCACCUGCUGACGAGGGUGGUGCAAUGGUAACGCAUUACAUUGUGGAAAAGAGGGAGACCAGCCGCAUUAUGUGGUCCAUUGUCUCAGAAAAGCUGGUAGACUGCAUUGUUAAUGUGCAGAGACUCAUCCAGGGCAAUGAGUACAUCUUCAGAGUCCGUGGAGUGAACAAGUACGGCAUUGGAGACCCAUUGGAGUCCGAGCCAGUAAUUGCCAAGAAUGCAUUUGUUCCUCCUACUGAGCCAUCCAAGCCUAAAGUGACCAUGAUCACCAAGUCCACCAUGACAGUAAUAUGGGAAAGACCAGCAUUGGAUGGAGGAAGCGACAUCGAUGGUUACUACCUGGAAAAGAGGGAGAAGAAGAGUCUGCAAUGGUUCAAGGUGGUGAAGGGCACCAUCAGAGACACCAGGCAGAAAGUCUCCAACCUGGUGGAGAAUAAUGAGUACCAAUACAGAGUUUGUGCUGUCAACAAGGCUGGAGCUGGAAACUAUUCUGAGGCUUCUGACCUCUAUUUGGCCUAUGACCCCAUUGAUCUGCCCGGUGAGCCAUCCAAGCUGUGUGUGAUAGACUCUACAAAGACCUCCAUCACCCUUGGCUGGGAGAAGCCUGUCUAUGAUGGCGGUAGUGAAAUCACACACUACAUUUUGGAACAGAUGAACACAGAGGAGAAAGAAUGGGUGAUCAUCAACCCAAAGGUCAAGACCUGCGAGUAUGUGGUUUCUCACCUGAAACCUGGAACCUACUACUAUUUCAGAGUCUCUGCUGUAAACUGCAAAGGCAAAGGAGAAGACAUCAAAAUGUACCAGCCUAUUCAAGCCAAAGAUAUCUUGGAGGAAGCAGAUUUGGACUUGGAUGUUCCUAUGACAACCCAGUACACAGCCAGGGCUGGACGUGACGUGGAAGUCUUUAUCCCCCUGAAGGGACGCCCAGCCCCUAACAUCACCUGGCGCCGUGGCGAUCGCAACAUUGCCGGUGACAACCGCUACACCAUCAGUAGCAGUGAGCGAGCCACAACGCUCCUCAUCCCUAAGGUCACUCGUGAUGACUGUGGAAAGUACCUGCUGGAGAUUGAGAACGGCGUAGGAGAACCUAAGAUAAUUACAGUUUCCCUUAAGGUUCUGGACAGUCCAUCCACCUGCCAGAAACUAAUCAUCAAGAAUGUGACAAGAGGAAAGCUGACACUCAGCUGGGAGGCUCCUGUUAUUGAUGGUGGUUCCCCUGUCACUAAUUACAUUGUUGAGAGGAAGGCCUCCACCAUGAAGGCUUACCAGGUAAUCAGUGCAGAGUGUGCCAACACAACUUAUAAAGUGUCAGGCCUUGAGGAGGACAUAGCUUACUUCUUCCGUGUAUCUGCUGAAAACGAGUAUGGUGUGGGUGACACUUGUGAGACCACCGAGCCUGUCAGAGCCACUGAAACUCCAGGAGCUGUUAAAGACCUGGUGAUGGUUGACUCCACAAAGAAAUCUGUUACCCUACAGUGGACAAAACCUGACCAUGAUGGUGGCAGCCACAUUACAGAAUACAUAAUUGAGAAGAGAACCAAGGAAGAUCCCACCUGGACUCUGGGUGCGACAUGCAAGCGCUGCAGCUGUGAAGUGACAGGACUCAAGGAGAACACUAUCAUGGAUUUCAGAGUGUUUGCCAAGAACGAGAAGGGCAAAAGUGAUUUCUCCCAGAUUGGUCCCAUCACAGUGGUGGACUUCAUCAUUCCACCGGAGGCCAACAUGAUUGACUACCCCAAUGGAGAACUUGCUGUUCGUAUUGGUCAGAACAUCCACAUUGAGUUGCCUUUCAAGGGUAAACCAAGACCUGCAAUCAGCUGGUUAAAGGAUAACUUCCCUCUGAAGGAGAGUGAUAAGAUUCGCUUCCGGACCACUGACAACAAGACUGCAGUCACAGUCAGAGGAGCCAAGAAGGAACAUGCAGGCCAGUACACCUUGGUUCUGGACAACAGAGUCAUCAAAAACUACUUUGAUAUUAAUGUGAUCACUCUGGGAGCUCCCUCAGUGCCUGUUGGUCCCAUCCGCUUUGAUGAGAUUAAAGCCCAGAGUAUCAUUAUCUCCUGGGAUGUGCCAAAGGAAGAUGGAGGUGGUGAGAUCACCUGCUACAGCGUGGAGAAACGUGAAACCUCCCAGGCCAAUUGGAAGAUGGUCUGCUCCAGCGUUGUAAGGACCACCUUCAAGAUUCCCAACUUGGUCAAGGGAACGCAGUACCAGUUCAGAGUCCGUGCAGAGAACAAGUAUGGAGUCAGUGAACCGCUCACCUCCUCAGACAUUGUUGCCCAGCACCAGUAUAAACCUCCAGGCCCUCCAGGAAAGCCAGUGGCUUACAACAUCACAAGUGAUGGCAUGACCAUCAGGUGGGAGGCCCCUGGCUUUGAUGGAGGAUCCCCGAUAUUGGGCUAUCAUGUUGAGAAAAAGGACAGGAACAGCCUCAUGUGGCAAAAGGUGAACUCCACUAUCAUUUCCAACAAAGAGUACAGGAUCAUUGGUCUCAUUGAGGGUCUGGAGUACUCCUUUAGAAUCUAUGCUGAGAACAACGCCGGACUGAGUCCUGUUAGUGAACAGAGUAAACAUGCGCUCGCCAUCUCCCCUGUUGAUCCACCUGGUAACCCUGUCUGCAUCGAUGUGACCAGGGACUCAGUGACCCUGAAGUGGGACAUCCCCAAGAGGGACGGUGGCAGCAAAAUUGUGGCAUACAGUGUGGAGCGGCGCCAGGGUAGAGGCAAAUGGCUGCGGUGCAACUUCACUGAUAUAAGCGAGACCCAGUUCACGGUGACUGGCCUGUCUGCUGGAGACAGAUUUGAAUUCAGAGUAAUUGCUAGGAAUGCUGUGGGCACAGUCAGUCCACCAUCUAACUCUUCUGGAUACAUUAUGACAAAGGAUGAGAGCAUUGCUCCUGAGAUUGAGUGGUCUCCAGACCAGGUCCUCACUCUUAGGGCAGGAGAAAACGUUAAGCUUGCCUGUAGCAUCACUGGACGUCCCGUUCCCCAGGUUAUUUGGUACAAGGAUGGCAAAGAGAUUGACAAGAGGAUCAUGAUUGACAUCGAGAUUACCACAGACAUUGGCACCAGCAGUGUUUUUAUCCGUGAUGCUGAUAGAAACCACCGUGGCAUCUACACUGUAGAGGCCAAGAACAGCUCUGGCACUAAGAAAGCUGAUGUAAAUGUCAGAGUACAAGAUACCCCUGGACCUGUUGAGGGUCCCAUCCGUUUCACCGGUAUCACAGCGGAGAAGUGCACCGUUUGGUGGAACCCACCAGAGAACGACGGCUGUGCCGCCAUCACUCACUAUGUGGUGGAGAAGAGGGAGACAUCUCGGAUAUCCUGGGCAUUGGUCACCUCCAAAUGUGAAGCUUGCUCUUACAAUGCCACCAACCUUAUCAAAGGCAAUGAGUACCAAUUCAGGAUCUCUGCUGUCAACAAAUUUGGUGUUGGCAAACCACUGGACUCUGAUCCUAUCAUCGCACAGAUGCAAUACACUGUGCCCGAUGCCCCUGGUACCCCAGAUGCUACCCAUGUGACCGGAAGUAGCAUUACCUUGUGUUGGAACAGGCCAAGGUCAGAUGGUGGUAACGAGAUCAAACAAUACAUCUUGGAGAGGAGAGAGAAGAAGAGUCUACGCUGGGUGAAGGUUUCCUCUAAGAGGGCAAUCACUGAGCUAAGACACCGUGUCACCAACCUCACUGAGGGCAACGAAUAUGAGUUCCGUGUCAUGGCUGAAAAUGGUGCUGGCGUUGGACCAGCCAGCAGUACCUCUAGGCUAUUCAAAUGCAGAGAACCAACAAGUACUCCCAGUGCCCCCACUGUAAUCAAGGUCAUUGAUUCCACCAAGUCUUCAGUCAGCCUGGAAUGGACCAAGCCAGUCUUUGAUGGUGGUAUGGAAAUCAUUGGCUACAAUAUUGACAUGUGUAAGGCCAGUCUGGAGGAGUGGCAUAGAGUCAACAGCCAGAUUUGCCUCCACACUAAGUACACUGCCAAGGGUCUAGUGCCUGGAGAGCUCUACAAGUUCAGGGUCAGCGCUGUGAAUGGCUCUGGAGAAGGUGAAGCCUCAGUGAUGCCAAACCCUGUUCAGGCUCUGGACCGACUUACAUCUCCUGAGAUCGACAUUGACGCAAAUUUCAAGCAGACUCACAUUGUAAAGAACGGCGGCACUGUCACCCUCCAAAUUGCCUUCCGUGGCAAACCAGCUCCUCUCGCCACCUGGUCUAAAGCAGAUGGUGAGCUGCCUGUCAUGGCUGACAUCAACACCACAGAUUCCUCCUCUACUUUGACCAUUGAGGGCUGCACCAGGUAUGAGGCUGGCAAAUACACCCUGUCCCUCGAGAACAAUAGCGGGCGUAAGUCUAUUACAUUCACUGUCAAAGUGCUGGACACACCUGGACCUCCAGGAGCCAUCACUUUCAAAGAUGUUACCUGUGGAGCCUUGACAUUGAUGUGGGAUGCCCCUACAAAUGAUGGUGGAUCCCGAAUUCACCACUACACUGUGGACAAACGUGAGGCCAGUCGCCUUGCUUGGCAGGAGAUCAGCUCUAAAUGCUCUCGCCAGAUGAUCAGAGUUACUGGUCUCGAUAUUGGCGUGCCACAUCUGUUCAGGGUGACUGCUGUUAACCAGUAUGGCCAGGGAGAAGCUCACGAGAUGACGGAACCCAUCAUUGCCACAGAAGAACCUGCACCGCCCAAGAGACUGGAUGUUGUUGACACAUCCAACUCCACAGCCUCCCUGGUGUGGCUUAAACCCGAGCAUGAUGGAGGCAGCCGCAUCAGAGGUUACAUUGUUGAAUUCAGAGCUAAAGGCAGUGACCGCUGGGUUGUUAGCGGAGAGACCAGGUCCCUAAAGAUGCUGGUGGAGGGUCUAAUUGAGAACACAGAGUAUGACUUCAGAGUCAAGGCCAAGAAUGAUGCUGGAAUCAGUGAGCCUCAAGGCACCUUCAGCUCUGUGGUCAUUAAGGAGCCUCGCAUUGAACCAACUGCUGACCUCAGCAGCAUCACCAACCAGCUUAUCACCUGCAAGGUCUCCAACAACUUCAUAAUCGACAUCCCCAUCAGCGGCAGGCCUGCACCCAAAGUCACCUGGAAGCUGGAGGAGAUGAAGCUGAAGGAGACUGAUCGAGUCUCCAUCAAAACCACAAAAGAGAGGACCACUCUGGUGGUGAAAGAUGGCAAGAGAAGCGACAGUGGCAAAUACUACCUGAUCCUGGAAAAUUCUGCUGGUGUGAAGACAUUUACAGUGACCGUGGUUGUAGUUGGCAGACCGAGCCCGCCCACAGGCCCUGUGGAAAUUUCUGGAGUCUCCUCGGAGUCCUGCACCUUGUCCUGGUCGGAACCAGCUGAUGAUGGUGGCAGUGACAUCAGCAACUACAUUGUGGAAAAACGAGAGUCUGGCUCUGCCUCCUGGCAAGUAGUAAACUCAAGCGUGAAAAGAACCACUAUCAAAGUGACACAUCUUACCAAGUAUAUGGAAUACACAUUCAGAGUGUGCGCUGAGAACAAGUUUGGAGUCAGCAAGUCCAUUGAGUCUGCUCCUGUUGUCAUCGAGCAUCCAUUUAUUCCUCCAAGUCCACCAACUCGUCCAGAUGUGGUAUCUGUGUCUGCCAAUGCCAUCAGCAUCAAGUGGGAUGUGCCAUACACUGAUGGUGGCAGCCAGGUGACAGGCUACUGGAUUGAGAAGAAGGAGAGGAACACAAUCUUGUGGGUGAGGGAGAAUAAAUUGCCCUGCCUCGAGUGCCAUUACAAAGUCUCCAACCUGAUCGAGGGCCUGGAGUACCAGUUUAGGGUAUAUGCCAUGAACAUCGCCGGACUCAGCAAGGCCAGCGAGGCCUCCAGACCUGUGACGGCGCUCAAUCCUGUUGAUCCUCCUGGUAAACCUGAGGUCACUGACAUCACCCGCUCCUCCGUGUCAUUAUGCUGGACCGUGCCACUCAAUGAUGGUGGUAGCAAGAUUGUUGGUUACGUGGUGGAGAGGAAAGUGUAUAGCACAGAUGAGUGGGAUGACAACCGCUGGCUCAAGUGCAACUACACCACUAUCACAGAGAACUACUUCACUGUCAGCAACCUUGGAGAAGGGGAGACCUAUGAGUACCGUGUCAUUGCCAAGAAUGCUGCCGGUGUCCACAGUUCACCCUCUGAGUCCACUGGACCAGUCACAUGCAAAGAUGAAUACUCUCCUCCCAAAGCUGAACUGGACAGCAAGCUGGUGGGCGAGACUGUCACUGUCACCGCUGGCUCUGACCUCGUCCUGGAUGGAGCUGUGGGUGGUAAACCAGAGCCUACCGUGUACUGGUCAAAGGGAGACAAGAUUUUGGAGCUUGGAGAGAAAUACUCUCUGACCUACACUGCAACCAGAGCCAUGGCCGUGAUCAAGAACUGUGACAGAUACGACACAGGCAGAUACAUUCUGACUGUCAAGAAUGCCAGCGGAAUCAAGACUGCCGCCGUCAGCGUCAAAGUUCUGGAUACUCCUGGAGCUCCGGCUGACAAGAUUGUGAUCAGCAGAGUGACAGAGGAGAAGUGUACAGUGUCCUGGAAGAUUCCUCUGGAGGAUGGUGGAGACAGCAUCAGCCAUUACAUUGUAGAGCGGCGUGAAACAAGCCGCCUCAACUGGGUCAUCAUGGAGACCGAAUGCAAGUCACUAUCAUGUGUCAGCUCCAGGCUAAUCAAGAACAAUGAGUACAUCUUCAGAGUCAGAGGAGUCAACAAGUUUGGGCCUGGAGUUCCUCUGGAGUCUGACCCCGUCAUUGCCAGGAACGCCUACACCAUUACAUCCCAGCCGGGCACUCCAGAGGCUACCGCUGUGGGUAAGGAGCAUGUCAUCAUUGAAUGGCUGAAGCCUGAGAGUGAUGGAGGCAGCGAGAUCAAAAACUACAUAGUGGAUAAACGAGAGAAGAGCAGCACCAGAUGGACAAGGGUGAAUAGGACUUACACCAUCUAUGACACCCGGCUAAAGAUCACAGGUCUCCUGGAAGGAAGCGAGUACCAGUUCAGAGUGACUGCGGUCAACGCCGCUGGAGACAGCCAGCCGAGCGAUGCCUCACCAUACAUCCUCUGCAAAGACCCAACAUAUACCCCAGCUCCUCCAUCAGUGCCUCGCAUCACUGACACAACCAAGCACAGCAUCAGCAUGACCUGGACCAGGCCCAUGUAUGAUGGUGGCUCAGAUGUUACUGGCUAUGUGGUGGAGAUCCUUGAAGAAGGCACUGAGCAGUGGUAUCGCGCCACCGCCAAGGCUCUCAAGACCAAUGAGUAUGUGGCCGCUGGCCUGGCAGCCAAUAAGAAGUACAGAUUCAGGGUGGCUGCCAUCAACAGCAACGGCACCGGCGAGUUCAGUGAACCUAGCGCUGAGGUUGAGCCGUUGGAGAGAAUCGAAAUGCCCGACCUGGAGCUGGCUGAUGACCUGAAGAAAACUGUGUGUGUGCGCGCUGGAGGAACCCUGCGUCUGAUGGUGUUUGUCACUGGCCGGCCGGCACCAGUUGUGGCCUGGAGGAAGACUGGCGUUGAGCUGCAGACCCGUGGCUACAUUGAGACCACAGAUAGCUACACCUCGCUGAUGGUGGAGAAGGUCAAUCGCUACGACUCUGGAAAAUAUGUUGUUGAGGCAGAGAACCCAUCUGGCAAGAAGACUGCCACCAUCCUGGUUAAAGUCUACGACACUCCUGGUCCUCCAGGUUCUGUGAAGGUGAAGGACUACACCAAGGAGUCCGUUGUGAUCACCUGGGACGUCCCGAGCAUUGACGGUGGCGCCCAUGUCAGCAACUACAUCAUAGAGAAGCGAGAAGCCGACAUGAAGUCAUACAAGACUGUAACCACUGAGUGUAGGAAAACCUUGUUUAGGAUCACUGGUCUGGAGGAGGGAGCCCACUACUUCUUUAGAGUCCUGCCAGAGAACAUCUAUGGUGUCGGAGAGCCUUGUGAGACAGCUGAGGCCGUGCUGGUAUGCGAGGUGCCUUCUGUGCCUCUGAACCUCCAGAUUGUCGAUGUCACCAAGUCCACUGUCACACUACAUUGGGAUAAGCCACUGCAUGAUGGUGGCAGCAGGCUGACGGGCUUCCUCAUCGAGGCCUGUAAGGUGGGCUCAGACAGAUGGAGUGCUGUGGCAACAGUUAAGGCUUCAGUGUCUCAGUACACUAUCCAGUCUCUGAUGGAGAAUGACCAGUACCUGUUCAGAAUCCGAGCCACCAACAGCAGGGGAGCCAGCGAACCCAUGGAUACAGUCACUCCUGUCACAAUCCAGGACAUCAAGGUGAUGCCCAAGAUCGACAUGACCAACAUUCCUCAAAAGAUUGUCCAUGUGCACCGUGGCAAACCAAUCGACCUCAACAUCCCCAUAAAGGCCAAACCUCCUCCCGUCUGCUCCUGGUCCUUUGGCGGCAUCAAGCUGAAGGACAGCCUGGACCGCAUUAAGAUUGACAGCAACGGCAAAUACACUCAUCUUGUCAUCCGCGAAACAACCAUCAAUGACACAGGAGACUACACACUUGAGGUGAAGAAUGCCAUUGGCAUGGCAACUGAGGUCAUCAAGGUCAUCAUCCUCGACAAACCUGGCAUCCCUGUUGGACCAGUGAAGAUUGAGGAAGUUGAUGGCGUGUCAGUGACAGUCAGCUGGGAACCUCCAGAGAAGGAUGGUGGUGCCAACGUCAGUGGUUAUGUGGUGGAGCAACGUGAUGCCCACCGGCCAGGCUGGUCCACCGUCUCAGAGUCAGUGACCCGACCCUGCUUCAAAUUUACUAGACUCUCUGAGGGAACCGAAUAUGUGUUCCGCGUUGCUGCCAUGAAUCGCUUUGGUGUUGGUGGCUUCCUACAGUCUGAGGUGGUGGAGUGCAAGAGUGCUAAGACCAUUCCUGGACCUCCAAGCAGACCAGAGGUGUUGGAUGUCACCCACGAGGGCAUGACCCUGACCUGGCAUCCACCUGAGGACAACGGUGGCUCCACCAUUGCUGGCUACAUUAUUGAACGAAAAGAGGCCCAUACUGACAGGUGGAUGAGGAUCAACAAGAAUCCUGUCACCAUGACUAGGUAUCGCUCCUCCGGCCUGAUAGAGGGCCUGGAGUAUGAACACCGGAUCACUGCUAUCAACUCCAGAGGAAAUGGCAAACCCAGCGAGAGCUCUGCAAUCACCAUCGCCAUGGAUCCCAUUGAGCCUCCAGGUCUUCCAGUUCAGCCCAGAGUCACAGACACCACAAGGACUUCAGUCUCUCUUGCCUGGCUGCCACCUGAGGAGGAGGGCGGUUCAGUCAUUAGUGGUUACUUUAUUGAGAUGCAGAAGGUUGACCAGGUGGAAUGGACCCUGUGCAACACUACGCCCAUCAAGAUGUGCGAGUACACCCUCACCCACAUGCCCCAGGGUGCCGAGUACAAAUUCAGAAUCAUUGCCUGCAAUGCAGGUGGUUCUGGAGAGCCUGCUGAAAUCCCUGGAGUGGUCAAAGUCCAGGAAAUGCUUGAUUAUCCUGACUAUGAGCUUGAUCGUAAAUACGAGGAGGGCUACGUGGUGCGGCAGGGUGGAGUCAUCCAUCUGUCUGUGCCCAUCAAGGGUAAACCCAUCCCUACAUGCAAGUGGACCAAGGAUGGUCGCGAUAUCUCUCACCGGGCCAUGAUUGCCACUCAUGAUGACAUCACUGAGCUGGUCAUCAAAGAAGCACACAAAGAUGACACCGGUACUUAUGACCUGGUGCUGGAAAACAAAUGCGGCAGGAAGGCCGUGUACAUCAAGGUGAAGGUGAUAGGUCGCCCUGAUGUCCCAGAGGGACCUCUGGAGUUUGACGACAUUCAGGCCAGAUCAGUCCGGGUCAGCUGGAGACCACCAUCAGAUGAUGGCGGCUCUGACGUCCUUGGAUACAUUGUCGAAAGGCGGGAAGUACCCAAGGCUGCCUGGUGCACAGUGGAUGCUCGGGUUACUGAGACCUCUCUUGUGGUGAAGGGCCUGAAGGAGAAUGUGGAGUAUCACUUCAAAGUUUCCGCCGAGAACCAGUUUGGCAUCAGCAGAUCUCUCAAGUCUGAUCAGGCUAUCAUGCCAAAGACACCGCUUUGCCCACCAGAACCUCCCAGCAACCCACCAGAGAUCAUGGACGUAACCAAGACUACGGUGUCUCUGUCCUGGGCCCGGCCAAGGGAUGAUGGUGGUUCCCGUGUGACAGGAUACUACGUGGAGAGAAGGGAGAUUUCAACAGAGAAGUGGGUCCGCCACAACAAGACCCACAUCACUACCACCAUGUACAAUGUCACCGGUCUCAUCCCUGAUGCAGAGUAUAUGUUCAGAGUUGUGGCUCAAAACGACAUUGGGCAGAGUGAGCCUGGUCCUACCUCAGAGUCUGUGGUUUGCAAAGAUCCAUUUGAUAAACCCAGCCAACCAGGAGAGAUUGACAUCAUCUCAGUCACCAAAGACUGCAUCACAAUCCACUGGCUCAGGCCCGAGCAUGAUGGCGGCAAAGAGAUUCUGGGUUACUGGAUUGAGUUCAGGCAGGCUGGAGAAAGUGCAUGGAAGAAAUGCAACAAGGAGCGCUCAAAGGACCGUCAGUUCACAAUGGGCGGCUUGAUGGAGGCCACUGAGUACGAGUUCAGAAUCAUUGCUGAGAAUGAAACAGGAUUCAGCCGACCUCGUCGCACACCCAUGGGCAUCAAGACCAAACUGAGUGUUGGAGAGGCUCCAGCUUUGAAGGAAGAGAUCCAAGAUGCAACCACCAAGCUGGGCGAGUCCGGCACUCUGACCUGUGGGAUCAUUGGCAGACCUCUGCCUGAGAUUAAGUGGUACCGUUAUGGCAAGGAACUGAUCCAAAGUCGCAAGUACAAGAUGAGCUCAGAUGGCCGCAACCACUCCCUCAGCAUCCUGACAGAUGAGCAGGAAGACGAAGGCUUGUACACCUGUAGAGCUGUCAACGAGGCUGGAGAGAUCGAGACCAGUGGCAAACUGCGUUUGCAGGCGGCGCCACAGUUCCACCCAGGCUUCCCUCUGAAGGAGAGGUACUUAGCUGGAGCUGGCACCAGCCUUCGCCUCCAUGUUGUAUACAUUGGGCGUCCCAUCCCCCAGAUCAUGUGGUUCUAUGGCAAGAAGCCUUUGAACUCAUCAGAAAAUGUGAUUAUUGAGAACACUGAAAGCUACACCCACCUGGUGGUGAGGAACGUACAGAGGAAGACCAAUGCUGGCCGCUACAAGGUGCAGCUCAGCAAUGUCUAUGGAACCAUUGACACUGUGCUGCGUGUUGAAAUCCAAGAUAAACCAUCCAUCCCUGAGGGCCCUGUUGUUGUUGAUGCACUGCUGAAGAGCUCAGUUGUCAUCAGCUGGAAGGUUCCCCUGGAUGACGGCGGCUCCAUGAUCACCAACUACAUUGUGGAGAAGCGUGAGGCCAAAGAAGGCGAGCAGUGGAACCUGGUGUCCUCCUCCGUUUCUGGCACCACCUGCCGUGUCCCCAACCUGACAGAGAAUGCUGGGUACUACUUCAGAGUCUCUGCCCAGAAUCAGUAUGGUGUCAGUGAGUCUCUGGAGAUCCCAGCUGUGGUCAUCAUUAAGAGUCCAUUUGAAAAACCUGGCAUCCCACAGCAGCCCUUCAUUAUGAGUUCUACUCGGGACUCCUGUGUUGUCUGCUGGAAACCUCCAAGCAGUGAUGGUGGAGCUAAAAUUACCAACUACUACCUGGAGAAACGUGAGAAGAAGCAGAACAAGUGGAUGUCAGUAACUACUAAGAAGGUUGUGGAAACCCACUUCGAAGUCACAGGCUUGAUUGAGGGCUUUGAGUAUGAGUUCCGUGUCAAGUGUGCGAAUAUCGGUGGUGAGAGUGACUGGAGUGAGAUCUCUGCACCUAUCAUCCCCAAGUCCGACCAGGCUCCUCGUGCUCCUGGAUUCAGAGAAGAGAUAAGGGACAUGACUGUCAAAUACCACGCCAAUGCCACAUUUGUCACGAAGGUUGUGGGACAUCCCAAGCCUGUGGUAAAAUGGUACCGCAGUGGAAAGGAGAUCAUGGCAGAUGGAACCAAGAUCAAAGCACAGGAGUUCAAGGGAGGCUACUACCAGCUGGUCAUCACUACUGCUGAUGAGAAUGAUGCCACAGUUUACCAAGUCAGAGCAACCAACCCCUCAGGAUCCAUCUCUAUGACAGCGAACCUGGAGGUGGAAGUUCCUGCUAAGAUUCAUCUGCCCAAAGAGCUCCAGGGAAUGGGAGCAGUUCAUGCUGUCCGUGGCGAUCACAUCACCAUCAAGAUCCCAAUCUCUGGCAAGCCUGAGCCUGCAGUCACUUGGCAGAAGGGUCAGGAAAUCCUCUCCAAUUCUCCAUAUCACCAAGUCAUCACCACCCGGUCUUUCACUUCCCUGGUCUUCCAAAAGGGAAUGCAGAGGAAGGAUACUGGCUACUACAUUAUUACUGCAAAGAACAGGUUUGGAAUGGACAAGCAAACCAUUGAGGUUAACGUUGCUGACAUACCUGAAGCACCAAAGAAACUAGUUGUCAGUGACAUUGCUCGGGAUUCCAUCACCUUUACCUGGGAGCCCCCUGCCAGUGAUGGUGGAAGCGACAUUAUUGGCUACAUUUUGGAGAAGUGUCCCACCACUGCUGACAGGUGGAUCCGUGCUGGACAGACCACUGACUGCAGCAUCACUGUUGUCAAUAUUUUCGGAAAGACCAAGUAUCAGUUCCGCGUCAUUGCCGAAAAUCAGUUUGGCCUAAGCCCUCCUUGUGAGCCAACUGAGCCCAUCACCACAAAGGAAGACAAGUCUGUGAUUAGGAACUAUGAUGAGGAGGUGGAUGAAGCCAGAGAAAUCACCAAAGACGAGGCUCUGUUCUACAAGGUGAAGGAGCUAUCCUCUAAGUAUACCAUCUCUGAGGAACUUGCUCGCUGUCAGUUCGGGGUGGUCCACCGCUGCACAGAGAUUGCCACAAAGAAGACCUUCAUGGCCAAGUUUAUCAAGGUCAAAGGAACUGACCGUGAGUUGGUUCUCAGGGAAAUUGAGGCCCUUAAUGUAGCAAGGCACAAGAAUAUCAUCUACCUACAUGAAUACUUUGAAAGCAUGGAAGAGAUCAUCUUGAUCUUUGAAUUCAUUUCCGGAGUUGACAUCUUUGAGCGCCUUGGCACAGGCAACUUUGAGCUUACAGAGCAGGAGAUUGUCCGCUACCUGAGACAAGUCUGCUCUUCCCUCAAGUUCUUGCAUAGCCAUAACUUUGGGCACUUUGAUAUCCGCCCAGACAACAUUGUCUAUACCACAAGAAGAAGCACCAACAUAAAGAUUAUCGAGAUGGGCCAUGCCAGGCUGUUGGUGCCAGGGGAGAACAUCAGAAUGCUGUUCUCAGCCCCGGAGUACUGUGCCCCUGAGGUCCACCGUCAUGACCUGGUCACAACAGCCACUGAUAUGUGGUCUGUUGGUGUAAUGGCCUAUGUUCUGCUCAGUGGCCUGAAUCCGUUUGCAGCAGAGUCCACUACGAAGAUGAUUGAGAACAUCUCCAACUGUGAGUAUGUCUUUGACAGUGAAGCAUUUAAGGACAUCAGCCUUGAGGCUAUGGACUUUGUGGACAGACUUUUAGUCAAGGACAGGAGGCUCCGUAUGACAGCCCAUGAGGCUCUGGAACAUCCAUGGCUCAAAAUGAAGAUAGAGCAUGUCAGCAAUAAGAUCAUUAAGACACUGAGACACAGAAGGUACUAUCAGAGUCUGGUAAAGAAGACAGAUACUAUUGUAUCAGCAGCUCGUGUGGCAUAUGGUGGUGCUUUCAAGAACCAGAGAGGAUUGGCUGUGGGUAAAGUGAAAAUUGGAACUGAGUACCAUGGUCUCCGCACUGGUCCAGUCAUGCAUUGCUCAGCUGAGGAAGGUGGCCAUGUCAGAUUCACUUGUAGCAUUGUUCACUAUGACAAGAGUACACAGGUGUCAUGGUACUUUGGUAACCGUCAGCUGCACCCAAGCCCCAAGUAUGAAAUUACUUACAGUAAUGGUUUUGCCAGCAUCUAUGUAAAGGACAUUGAAGAAAGUGAUGAUGGAGUGUACAAAUGCAAGGUGGUCAGUGAUGAUGGAGAGGAUAGUGCUUAUGGAGAGCUCUUUGUUGAGACAGUGAGGAGCAUCAGAGAGCACUAUGUAAGCCGCUCCAUUAAGAAACUGAGGAGGAGAGUCGACAAGACUAGGCUCCUGCAGAGACCACCAGAGUUCACUUUGCCUCUCUACAAUCGCACUGCCUACAUUGGAGAAGAUGUCCGCUUUGGUGUCACUAUUACAGUGCACCCAGAGCCACAUGUAACAUGGCUUAAGAAUGGAGAGAGAAUCAAAGCAGGUGAUGAUGACAGCAAGUAUACGUUCACCAGUGAUAAGGGUCUGUACCAGCUGAUGAUCCACAACUUGGACAUGAAUGAUGAUGCUGAAUACACCGUCAUGGCCCACAACAGGUUUGGGGAAGACAGCUGCAAGGCCCGUUUAACUGUGACACCUCAUCCUGUGAUGGAGGAAACUAUGAGGCCCAUGUUCAAACGCCUGCUGGCUAAUGUUGAGUGUGUUGAAGGACAUAGUGUCCGCUUCGAGCUCAGAGUCUCCGGAAUCCCAACUCCUACUCUGAAAUGGGAGAAGGAUGGUAAACCUUUACAGUUUGGUUACAAGGUUGUUGUCAUACAGGAGGACGUUGACUACCAUAUUUUGCACAUCAGAGAGACUCUGCUUGAGGACUCUGGUGUGUACAAGGUAACUGCAACCAACUCUGCUGGCUCUGCAAGCUGCCAAGCUACACUGAAGGUGGACCGCCUUACCUAUACUAGGAGAGAGUACAAGAAUGAAGAGGAGAAAUACAGACAUGUACAGAAACAAAUUGAAAAGACUAACAAGAUGGCUCAGCAAAUUGUUGCCACUGAGGAGCUCGUACCUCUCAACCCCACAGCACAAGAGGCUCUUAAAUUUGCUGCAGAGAUUUACAAGCCUGCAGUCAGCACCAAGAACAUUGAAGGAGAGUUUGACAUCACUGAGGAGAAGUCUGAGACCAAGAAGCUGGAGGAGGAGAGGAGGAUCUUCAUGCCAUAUGAGAUACCUGAACCUGUAGUACAUGAUCCCAGAGUUCUGGAUGAGGACAAAGGUAUCAAACAGUUUGUGCCUCUCUCUGACAUGAAGUGGUACAGAAAGCUGAGAGACCAGUAUGAGAUUCCAGAGAGGAUGGAAAGAAUUGUACAGAAGAGGCAGAGACGUAUUCGCCUGUCCAGGUGGGAGCAGUUCUAUGUCAUGCCCCUGCCUAGAAUCACCGACCAGUACAGGCCUAGAUGGCGUAUUCCAAAACUCACUCUGGAUGAUCUAGAGACUGUAAGGCCCGCCCGCCGCUCACCCUCUCCUGAAUCUGAGGUCUCUUUCAGAUCCAGGAGGAGAUCCCUGGGAGACCUUAGUGACGAGGAGCUGCUGAUGCCUGUAGAUGACUACCUCACCAUGAGGAGAACAGAGGAGGAAAAAACUAUGCUGGAGGAUGAACUGGAGCUCGGCUUUUCUGCCUCUCCUUCUGGCAGCCCUGUCCGUUUUGCCGUGGAAGGUGAAGAGAGGAGGCAUGAGGUCAGGCGAGAGGCUGUCGAGGUUGCCGAGACGAAGAAGAAACGCACCAUUUCUGAGUUUACGAGAAGGAGACGGUCCCUGUCUCCCACAUACAUCGAGCUGAUGCGACCAGUCUCAGAGCUGAUCAGACCACCACGUGCAAGGCCUCCUAUGGAAGGAGAGGGAGAGAUUGUGGGGAGGAGGUCCCCCACUCCUGAAAGGACCCGUCCACGUUCUCCCAGCCCCAUUAGGUCUGUUGAGAGGUCAUCCCGCUCCUCCUCAAGGUUUGAGCGGACUGCUCGCUUUGACAUAAUGUCCCGCUAUGAGGCUAGAAAGGCUGCUCUGAAGUCUGAGAGGAAAUAUGAGGUGGUUAGCCAGACACCUUUCAGCCUGGACCAUGCUCCCCGUGUGACUGUCAGGAUGCGCUCUCAUCGCAUACCAAUUGGCCAAGAUACCAAAUUCACCCUGAAUAUUCAAGCCAAGCCAGAGGCUGAGGUGAAGUGGUUCCAUAAUGGAACUGAAAUCUCUGAAAGCAGUGAGAAAUACAUCUUCAUGAACAUGAGCGGCGUUUUGUCCAUCGUUAUUCUGGAAUGCCAGGAAGAGGACAGUGGCACUUACCGUUGUGUGUGCUCUAACUCCAAGGGAGAGGCUUCUGACUAUGCCACACUUGAUGUGUCAGGUGGAGGCUACACUACCUUUUCCUCUCGUCGCAGAGAUGAGGAUGCUCCCAAAGCAUAUGUCCCUGAAGUCACUCGAAUCGACCAUUACCACACCACCCACUUCAAAGCUGGCUAUUCCUCCCAAACCCACCUUGAGGUAGAAGAGAGCAAGUCUAAGCUCACAGAGACACAUGAGGUUGUAACACAGGAACGAUAUGCUGCCUCCUCUCAGAGGUACUCUUCUGCUGAAAGGUACUCCUCUGCUGAGAGGUAUUCUUCUGCUGAGAGGUAUUCUUCUGCUGAGAGGUUUGACUCAUCUAUUAAGUACGCCUCUACUGAAUACUUGUCAUCUGAUUCCUCAUACUCAUCUGACAAGUUUUCCCUGACUGGGAAACACACCAAAUCUGAAGCAAAACUGAAGUCAUCAUCUGCUGUUGUUGCUGAAGAAGUUGCUGUCCACAAGGUGAAGCCAUCUCUUCCUGCCAGAAUCCUCACAAAGCCCCAGUCUGUGACCGUUGCAGAGGGAGAGACAGCCAGAUUCUCCUGUGAUAUUGAUGGGGAGCCUGCUCCCAGUGUAACAUGGAUGCACGAGAGCAGAGCCAUCGUAUCAUCUCACCAUGUCCAGGUCACCACCACUCAGUACAAAUCCAGCCUGGAGAUCUCCUCUGUGACUACCUCCAAUGAGGGCAGUUAUACUGUGGUUGUAGAGAACUCAUCAGGCAGACAGGAGGCUCACUUCACCUUGACCAUCCGCAGACCAGCUCCCAAAGAGGAGGUCAAGGCUGUCAAAUCCCCCGAACCACCUGUAAAGUCACCCACUCCUAGUGUUAAGUCACCAGAGCCUUCAGUAACAUCACCUGCUCCCUCCAUUACUUCCCCUGUACCUAGUGUAAAGUCACCAGAACCCAGUGUCAAGUCUCCAGAGCCUUCAAGUAAAUCACCAGCUCCAAGUGUGAAGUCACCAACACCCAGCGUGCAGUCACCAACACCCAGUGUGAAGUCACCAACACCCAGUGUGAAGUCACCAACGCCCGGUGUUAAGUCACCCACACCAAGUGUGAAGUCUCCUGAACCAGAAGGGGUGAAAUCUCCUCGGAGUGUCAAGUCUCCUGAGCCAUCUACACCUUCUCCAGCUCCCUCUUUGAAAUCACCAGCUCCAAGUGUCAAAUCUCCUGAACCUGAGGGAGUUAAAUCCCCACGAGGUCUAAAAUCUCCUGAACCCAGACUCAAGUCACCACCACUAAUCAAGUCUCCUGAACCUGAGGAAGUAAAGUCACCCCGGGGUGUCAAAUCUCCAGAACCUGCAGGAAUUAAAACACCAAAAGGAUUCAAAUCCCCAGAACCUGCUGGAAUAAAAACACCAAAAGGCAUCAAGUCCCCAGAACCUUCAGGUAUCAAAUCACCGAGGGCCUUGAAGUCCCCCGAGCCUGAGGGACUGAAAUCACCUCCUAGGAUGAAGUCUCCUCCUCCAAUCAUGUCCCCCAAGAGGGUUAUGUCUCCACCCACCGUCAAAUCCCCAAUCCCAAAACCUCCCAAGGUCCUGAGUCAGCUAGUAGCUGAGGCAUGUGAGGGCUCUGUGAGGAUGUCUUGUGUCUGCGAGAGCAGCGUCAGGGAGGUGGUGUGGUAUGUCAAUGGGAAGAGGCUUUCACAGAGCAGCCACUUUGAGAUGCACUACUCUGAGGGUUCCUGCAGCCUUCUAAUCCAUGACUUGGCAGACAGUGAUCAAGGAGAGUACACUUGUGAGAUGACCUCAGAAGGAGGAGUAUCCAAAUCCUCCUUCUCCUUUACUGGACAGGUGUUCCAGUCUAUUCGCAUGAAGAUCACAGCCUACCAUGAGCAGCAGCUGGCGCUUAAAGGAUCAAUGAUGAGUCACAAGGAGUCAUCAUCAUCCAUGAUGAUGAAGAAAGAAAUGCAUACAGUGGAGGAGUCGUCGUCCUUCUCUUCCUCCUCCCAGCAGGCGAUGAUGUCAUCCAUGAUGGAAUCCAGCUCCUUCAGCAGCAUGGCAGCUGAAAUGAAGUUUGAGACCAUGUCCAUGUCCAGCAUGUCCUCCAUGGCAUCUGAGACAUAUGCAAUGAGCUCCAGCAGUCUCAUGGAGAUGGCCUCCCACAUGGAGGGAUCUUCAUUCAGAGCAAUUGGUUCUGCUCCUAGAAUUGAGGCUCUCCCAGAAGAUAUCAGCAUUGAGCCAGGCAAAAUCUUGACAGUCGCGUGUGCCUUCUCUGGCGACGCCAAACACAUCGAGUGGUCCCGCAGUGGCAAAACCAUCGAGGUGACUGCUGGUGGACGCUUUCACAUCGAGACCACAGAGGACCUGACCACACUCAUCAUCACUGGGGUGAGGGAGGAAGACGCUGGAACAUACACCCUCAAACUAUCCAACGAGCUUGGGUCAGACACAGCGACUGUUCACAUUAGCAUUCGAUCAGUGUAA